UGCUUUGGGUCCGUCCCUGAAAGUGUGACUACAAACAGCAUAUGCAUAUAUAUAGCAAACAAAAGCAAAACAGAGGACAAGGACAGCUGGAUUGAUUGCUCUUAACGGUCCUUCUUACACCCCCCCCUUCUCCUCCUCCUCCUCCUCCUUCUCUUCCCCCUUUCCCUUUUUAAUGAACAGAACUAAAAGCCCACCGCAAAAUUGCAAACACAAACCUAAAAGGAAAGGCUCGGGGUUUGUUGUUUUCAGCAGAAGCAGCAGCAGCAGCAGAAGCCGCAGCAACAGCAACAUGGAUGUUUUGGCUAGUUAUAGUAUAUUCCAGGAACUGCAGCUUGUCCACGACACCGGUUACUUCUCGGCUUUGCCGUCCUUGGAGGAGAACUGGCAGCAGGUGAAGCAUUUACGUUACUCCCGUGAAAUCUCUUAAAUGCAAGCGCUGGUGAAUCAGAGCGGCUUUUCUGAUUUUGUUUCUCGUUUUCUGUGAUCUUGUCGUCUCCCCCCCCCCCCUUUAAAAAAUAAUCAACACUGUCAUAAAUGUUAUCAAUAGCCAUGCAGUCCUGUUGAAAGCUGCUUGCAUUAAAUCCUAGAUCAUAUAGUAAUCAGGGAGCACUUGAGGUCUGGUGGAAGUUGUUCUUUCGAGUGUGUUUUUUCAUAUUACAUUGUGGUUGUGCUAAUUUUUCCAAAAUAAAAAAGUUGCUCCUCCUUUCAUUGCUGUUCCCUUUAAAAUAAAACGGGGAGGGGGGAUUGCUUUCAACCAGUGUUAACAACUAACAGCUGGUGGAAGCUGAAUAGAUUUUUCAGAUUUUUUGCAAGGUAAUUGGUGUGUCAGGGCAAGUCAGUUCCUUUAUUGGAGAGACUUGAUUGCAGAAGCCAAGGCACACACUGCAAUAAUUUUUUAGAAAAGAAAAUCCUUUGUGUUACUUCGCUUCCAUUAAAAAAGAAAGCUUGUUUUCUCUUAGAACAAUGACAGUUCAAGCACACGCAGAAGAGAGUUUAGACAGCAAAGGGGUUUAGAAAUACGACCAGAGAUGGAAAUUGGGUAAUGAGGUUAAACCGAACUGAUUGACAAUACGGUGGAGAGAUGGGGAAUCCAGAGAGAGAUAGCGGACUGGGUGUGAAAUCUCUGAUUAGCCUAAAUAUGUACAAAGAUGGGAAGAGGAAAUGACUAGAAACCAAAUGCAUCAGCUGGGAUCCUUCGAUACAGCUGGAAGGGGUUUUUUCAUUAGGGCAAAAUAUGACCUAAAGUCGUGCUGCUAUGAGUUACCCUGCUGGGUUUGGUUACAAGUCUAAGAUUAUUUAGCCAUUGUACAAACUACUGUGUCUUCAUUUGGGGGGGGGGGAGCCUGGCCUGUGUAGUUUAGGAGAUAGAUGUAGUUGAAGAAGCAUGUGGCUGCAAAUGUAACUUGCAUACUGCACUCCCCCCCCCCCAUGACAGCUGUAGGGUGAGUGAGAUAAUGAGGUGCCGGAUUUUAUCUUCCAGUUGUCCAAAUGAUAUUGAUUAGCAUGAUUCUACAAUGUACUUUUAAAGGUGUGUUUUGUGUGUGUUUAAGGAGACUGCACACGUGCUCUAGCUGUCUGCAUCUAUUGUUGGAUAUUAUUGCCGUGGAAUUGUUAACCGCUUUGAUAGUUGACCGGCAUUAUUGUAGGGGUUUCUCAGCCUUGAGUUCCUGCUUUCUUUCGGGAAAGGUUUCCUGGCAAAAUACAACACUGGCAGGCAACGGGGGACAGUUCAGGUCUGCUUUAUUCUUAAAGGAAGAGCAGCCUUUUGUUUGCCUGCUUGCUAGGCAUAGUCAUUGAUGAGUCACAUCUGGUUUUCUCCAUGUUUCUCCUUUAAGGGACUGAUUCAGUUGGAGAGGCGAAUAAUGCCCCACUUAACAGUUCUUCCAGUUUGCUUCAAACAGCAGUGCCCUUGCUGUUGAAUCAGUUGCAUAUUAAUAACAGUCUAGACAGUUCAAUGCGAGAUAAUCUGUUGACAUAGCCAGCAUGCCUCAGGCAGAUACUGUAUGCUACACUUUGUGAGGUUGUCCUAGCUCACUGAAAGGAAGCUGACUUGUUUUAUGCCACACGUCGCCAAAUGCUACAUUUAAAGGAUCAUGGCUUGUUCUCUGUAUUUUGAGAACUCAGGUGUUUGACCUACAUCCUUUAGUGCAUCUUUGUUUCAUAGUCACACGAACCUUUCAAUCAAACCAUUUUUGUUUCUUACACGAGCUCAUCGCGCUGUAGAGUAUUCUUUUGAGUUUUCCAAGUGCCCCAUGUACAUUAUCUCAUUAAACGUCACGGAAAGAAAAAGAACCCGAGAGGCAGGGCCAGUGCACAAUAUGGUGUGUCUUGGGACGGAGGCAAGUUAGAGAAUAGUGGCUCCUCUAAAGCCUCAGUAAAGCUGAAGAGAGAUUUGAAUUCAGGACACCACAUUUCAUGCCAUUGAACAUGUAGUCCCAGGCACGUCUACUUAGAAGUAAGUUGCAUUGAAUUCAGUGAGGUGUUCUCCCAGGUAAGUGGGUACUGGAUUGCAGCCAAAGGCACUAAAAAUAAAAAAUAGGAUGGGUACAGGGUGAUAGGAUGGGUACAGUGAUUCAGCUGCACAGAAAUAAUUUGUAGACAUUGGUGCCAUGGUGGCAGGAUUUGGGGGGUGGGGUGGCAGAUGUCCAGUGGCCCAUUCAGCAGCCUGGGCAGGGGGCACCCCUCUCCAAUGCAGCAGGUCAGGCUUCUUGUCACAUUUUGUAGUAAGUGAGCAUUAUCAUCUAAAGAAGAGGGAGACAUCAGACAAGCAUGUCCACAGCCUGAGAUCACCAAAUGGACCCAUUCUUGUCUAGGCACGUGCUUUGCUUUCUCGCUUUCCCGCAGGCACCACGAUUUCCAGACAUGCGUCCACAAAAAUCACGACAAACAAGUUCCUAAGAUUUUUUUACAGAGCAGGGCUAUCGGCCAUCAGCAACUCACUGCAAAUUAUGGACUCUUAGCUAACAUCUCUUAGUAGGGUGACUUGUAUGAAUCUGUUCUUCUGUGUGUGGGGGGUUGGUGGGUGGAGAUCUUGAAUGUUAUUGUUCUGUAUAAUACCAGUAAAAGAUAAAUAAACAGUUUGAAAAAGAUAAUUAUAGCUUUGUUUUUAAAGGGAGCGCCGCCGUGGAAUCCUCAUACGCUUAUGAAAACUGGGUUUUGGGGGGUUGGAGUGCAGCAAAAUUGCCACAGUUGCUUUCAGUUUUACUGAAAUUUAUUCUAGGACAACCCUUAUUCAUUUUAUAUCUCUGUGCUUCUGGCCCACCCUUUCUCCCAGUGGGUUGCCCAGGGCAGCUAACAAUGCAGUAGAAAACCCCAACAUUCAAUAAAACUACCUUGGUGGGAGGUGGCAGAGGGGGCGAAGGAGAGAAGCAGGUGGGGGCGCGUCUCUGAUUCCUUUUCCCUUCCUGCUGUCCUCAGCAUGGCCAGAUCUCAGCAGCAUUUGGGGGUGGUCCUCCAGGGAUUAGAAUCACAGCAUUCGUCCUCUACCACUCUAUUCAGAAGUGAGCCCUAUGGACUCCCAGGUAUAUGGGUCUAGGAUUGCAGUUCAAGUGAUUUUUGCAAUUGAUUCCAGACAUGGAUUCCCAAAGCACAACUCUUUCAAAAAAAUCCCCCACCAUUCUUGGUUUGGUCCACUUCUUCCAUCUUGGAGUUCCUAAAUGGUGGAAGGUUACAGUUCUGUUAUUGAAGGGCUGUGGUUUUUUAUUCAGCUGUACGAAGCUUCUUGCUAAAAUGAAAUCUUCAACCUUCAGCACGUAAUAGAACGAGGGAAGACUCUGGUUUGAACCUUAAGGUCUUAAAAUCAAAAGAAGAGCAUGGAUCAGGCCAGAUGCCCAUCUGAUCCAUCAUCCAGCUAAUAAAUAGGCAGUUCUUAGGCAAGCCACAGCUUCUGCCUGCGACAUGGACAUGGAAACAUGAAGUCCAAUUACAGAGAUGUUGUAAGGAUUACUGAGAGAGUGUGCAUGAAAUUGCUUCUAGACUACCCAGGAAAAGCACUGUGUAAAUACUAAAGGCACACACUUGGCAAAGGUGAGGUUGAGAACUUGCUUAAAUCUCUCCCAUUGAAAUCCAUGGGACUUCAAAAUACUUACAUCUGUGUAAGUUGCAUUCAAUAAAAUAUGCUUAGGGGUGCAGCUUUCUGUGCUCCAGUAGACAUUUGGUUGUGAUUGACAGCUGUGGAGAACUGUAUCUUUCUUCUGUCUCUCUGCUUGCCUGCCUACUGCUUUGCAGCAACUUUGUGUAUACAGAACAGAAAAAAGUUGCAUGUAGUGUAGCUGUCAAGUGUCAUAACCUAAAACCCCUAUGGUACUGUGUCUGCAGCAAUAACCCAAGACAGUUGCUAAAUAAUCACUGGCUGUCACCCAUCCUCCUUUCUGACACACACACACACACACACACACACACACACACACGGCCGUUCCCUGUAGCUGAAGGAAGAGGAAGUUCUUAGGUCUCUGCUUCUGAGAAUGUACAGUAGUUGCAUGGAAAGUUACAAUGAGGCAAUUUCUGAAUAACUUGUUAAAUGUGGAGCAGGCAGACUCCUUUCGGUGGAAGAGAAUUGAUGUCCGUUGCACGCUGGUUUUAAGCCAAAUUACUUUGGCAGGGGCUGUUGGUGCAUACCUGAUAGCAAAAGGUGAAACAUAGAUUGGACUGAUGGCUUUAUUUCAGUAGGAUUCGGCAGAGCACAACUCCCUAUGGAGCGGAAUGAAAAAUGUGAAUUCUUAGCCCUUGCAGAGUGAGCAAAUUUGGGGGUUUUGUUGUCGGAAGGAUCAUUUCGGCCGUUUCCAAAUGCUCAAGGAGCCAGCGGUAAGAGAUUAGAGUAGCCCCUCUGACUUUGGCUGGGAAGACGUACGUUUAAAUAGAAGAGCUUUGCUGGUUCAGGAAGAAAGGCCCGUCUAGUCCUGUUUUCACAGCAGCCUGGUCAGAGACCUCUGGGAAGCCCACAAUCUAGAUUCUAGACCCAAGCCCAAUAGUUCUCAAGUCUCUCCUCUUGGUUGCUCUGAGCAGGUCAUAUUCUCUCGCCCCCCCUCCCCCGCCACCUUAGUCUGUCUGUUCUCAGAUUAAAUUUGUUGAAAAGAGCCAGCAUCUUUGUUCGUGCAGAUGUUCCCAAGGCAGAUUGUCAAAUUCUUGUGCAAGACUGAAGCAUCUCAUUGCAACAGAAACAGGAGUGGGGCAAAGAGCAAAUGGCUGUGUUGGACAGGAUACUUGGAUCAAAUGUUAUCUCUUGAAUGAAAUUAAAUAUAGACUUCUAAGAUCUUGAUUGAACCUACGUAGAAGAAUAUUUCACGGACAGGAAACAGCUUGUUAUCUGCAGCUAUCCUGUGGCUGGGUGUUCUGUUGGGUUCAACACAUGCCUUGAUCAUGCUUUUUAAAAUUGGUGGGUGGGUUCAGAAAGUAAGCUUGGAAUGUUUAUAAAAGAGCGUGUGUGAAAUUUUGGCUGGGGUGUGAGAUUGUUGCCUGUGAUGUGGAAUAAUAUGUUGGGUGCAGCUUACAAUUUGUUCAUUUAAAUUCCUUAUUUGCUCCAACUCCUGGUCUCAGCGCAGAUCUUUAAUAGCUCCGUGAUGUGGGUGAGACUCACAGCACAACACCUGAAAAUUGGUUGCAUUGGUUAUAUCAAUGAUCUGCUAUCUGUUUCAUGAUCAGCUCAUCUCCCACUAGCAAGCCCCUCGACUUUAAUUUUAAUGACACGUGUGUGUCCUAUGUCUACAGACACUUAUCGGUGUUUAGGAUCCUUGCUCACAGAAUCAUAAGAUUGGAAGGGACCCUGAGGGUCCUCUAGUCCAACCCCCUGCAGUGCAAGAAACUCCAUUAAAUCAGCCAUGGCAGAUGGCCAUUCAGCCCUCUGCUUAAAAACCUCCAAUGAAGGAGAAUCCACCACCUUUUAAGGGAGUCCCUUCCACUGUUUUACUGUCAGAAAGUCCUUCCUGAUGUUUAGUUGGAACCUCAUGCCUUGCGCGGGUGGCGCUGUGGGUUAAACCACAGAGCCUAGGACUUGCCGAUCAGAAGGUCGGCGGUUCGAAUCCCCGCGACGGGGUGAGCUCCCGUUGCUCAGUCCCUGCUCCUGCCAACCUAGCAGUUGGAAAGCACAUCAAAGUGCAAGUAGAUAAAUAGGUACCACUCCGGCGGGAAGGUAAACGGCGUUUCCGUGCACUGCUCUGGUUCGCCAGAAGCGGCUUAGUUAUGCUGGCCACAUGACCCAGAAGCUGCACGCCGGCUCCCUCGGACAAUAAAGCGAGUUGAGCGCCGCAACCCCAGAGUCGGCCAUGACUGGACCUAAUGGUCAGGGGUCCUUUACCUUUUACAUGCCUUGCAACUUGAAGCCAUUGGUUGGGGUUCUACCCUCCAGAGCAGGAGAAAACAAGCUUGCUUCAUCUUCCAUAUGUCAGCCCUUUAGAUACUUGAAGAUGGCUAUCAUAUCUCCUCUUUUGGAUGUUUAAAACAAUACCGUUCUUCCUGUUCUGCACUGUUAUGUUUGGUAUGUUCUGAAAAGGUGGGAAGAGGAUCUCUUGUAAUCAUGGAAUUUCACAAACACAAGAGAUGGCUUUCGCCCAGCAGCCUUCCCCACCCCCCCACCUUUCAGGCAUGCUAAGGAUAACCAGAUAUAACCUGCACGCUACACAUGGGAACGUACUGUUUCUCUGCUCCUUGACACUUUGGUGAGUUGCAGUUGGUCAUGCUUACUCCAAUGGGCAGCACCUCUAAGGUCUUUCCCUGUCCCUGCUAUCUGAGAGCCUUUCCAGCUGGUGAGGCCAGGGAUUGAUCCUGGAACCUUUUCACAUUCAAAGUGUGUGUCCUGUCACUGAGCCAGGUUCAUACGAUGGGGCAUCAGUGCUCUGUGUUGCUUCUGGUCCCUCACCAGGCUGAGCAGGAACAGAAUAAAUCAUGCAAAACAAUCCCAAUAUAUGCCCAUUUGCUGCCUGCAUAUUUUACACAGGUUACUGAAUUCCAAAUUCAGCUUCUCUUGGCACAGAAUUUUGGCAGUACUGGUGUGCAACUGCAGGUUUGUCUGUUUGCUUUCCUCCUGGGGUUGGAGGGUAAGUUUAAUGCACAAUUAUGUGGUUUCAGUGGACACUUAGCAACAAUUUUGCACCAUGUGCAAAUGGGCAGCUACAUGCCUUGCAUAAUACAGGUAUUUGCGGUGUAUCUUGCAACUUGCUGCAGCCAUAGUUAUGUGCGUUAUUCUACAUGGCAUGAUGACUCGCAGUCAAGCACUGAUCCCCUGUGAGAUGUGCAAGUGGUCAAAAACAGAAAAAUGUGGAUACAAUGUGCACAUUAUAGGCAACAUCAGGAUGUGCACAGUUAGCAAUACAGGUGUGUAAGUGAUAGUUUCUGGAUGUGUGAAAAGUCUCUGUGUUGAGAAGCACAUUGGGCUGGCUUGAGGUGGCAUGAUCUUUCCUUGGGUCUCUUCAAAACCACUGGACCUCCAGCAUGAGGAAUGAGGUACAGUAUGAAUGGACCAAGCUAAUUCCAGGUUGUUGCUGCUCUUAAGGCAGAUGAUUUUUCAGACAUUGUGAUGGAAGGCCUGUUAAGUAAAAAAAUGUUUGUUGGAAGGGAGGAGAGACCCUUUGCAUUGGCCAGACCUAGUUUUGAUUUGUAUGUGAUAGGCCAGGAAUGGUUGGACCUGUGUCUCUUUCAGAUCUUACUGUACUACAGUCACCCUGGAGAGUAUUCAGGAGUGAUGAGGGAUGCAGCCCAGUGGCUCCUGGAGGACCAAAGGUUUCCUAGCCCAUGGAUGGACCUUCAUUUUAGAGAACAUUUUUUUGUCUCCUCAUUGUUUCUGUUUUUAUGCACACACACACUUCCCAAAUAACUAGGUGUAUGUCAAGUUAGCUAAGCGCUGACUUCAUUCACACAGCACGUGGUAUUUUUGCAGAGCUCUCCCUGAGUUCAGUGAGGCUUGCUUGAGAAAACGUCAUGCUGGAUUGCAUUGGUGGUUUUUUGUUUAAAAUGGUCUGCUUAGUAGGUUCUCUGUGUUAACCAAAAACAACGCGAGGAUCAUCCUAUCUACACACACUGGGCCAUAUUAACACACUCUCUUUGGCAAUACACACUCACUUAGGGGAAGGGAGAGAGAGAGGUCAAGAAAGCGCCUCUGUUCUACCUUACCGUCAGAAGGCUAACCUUACCCUUUGAAACAAGAAAUCUCAAAAUAUGCUUUUUCAUGCAGGCUGCAGGUUCUAAGCACACUUCCUUGAGCACAAGCCUUAUUGAGCACAGUGGGAUUUGCUUCUGAGUUAAGGUGCAAAGGUUUUUUUUCCUGUCAGUCCUAUUGGCCGUUUGGGAGUAGCAGUCAUAAUUUUAGGGCAGCUCGUAUUUCCCCCUCUUGAGAUGUUGCUGUAAAGUGAUGGGAGAGGCUGCGAGGUCGUCUGGGGCUAUGGAAGUAUUACAAUGGCAGGACUAAUCUAGCACAACUCUGUUAGCCAUUAAGCUGACUUAUAUUUGGCAGACGGGGCCAUUUUGCUGGCCGGUCGAAAAUUUUCCGCUGCUACUGGAAAGGAAUAAAUCACAGGGCGGAACAUUCCUUCCUUCAUGCCAUUCCCCAUUGUUCUAGAAUAAUGGCAUACUUGGCCACUCCAUAAACGAAACUCAUCUCCUUUAAUAUUGCUAUUUCAUCUUGGUUCCAGUCACAGCAAAACACAUUUCUAAGUGCUUAUUGUACAUCAUGCCCCGCGAGAAUAGCUUGCAGGAAGAGUUGACUUCCAAGAACAAGCAGCCACCUGUGAGCUACGGAGGAUUGGAAAAGGCUGUUGAAUAAGCUAAAACACUUCCUGUCACACUUGCACACAAUGCAGGAUGUAAAGUAAAAGGGUUUAAGGUGAUUUGUCUUUGACGUGUUUUGGCUGCAGAAACCCUGGUUACAAAUUAUGGUUUCUCUGCGUUACAAGUCUCCAGGCCACCAUGAGGGCACAAAGGAGGCAACUCCAUAUACUAAUGGCGCUAUGGAUUGCUGAAAUACAUUUGCUAAAAGACCUGUGGGAGAAUCUUCCAUGUGAGCCUGCUUGAACUGUGGGAUCCACAGGAGGGGGCUUGUUGUGCACCAUUCAAUCUUUUUAGAAAUCUUAUUAGAUCUUGUAGAUCAGAGCUGGGUGAAAGGUAGGUCAGGAUGUACUGGUAGAUCUCUUGGUUGUUUGCAGUAGAUCAGUAAGGGUUUCUGCCUCCCAAUGAUUUAACAGUGCCAAGUAAAAUUGCAAGAAAGGAAAAAGAAAGCAAUGCUGGCCUUGUGGGGAUUACUUACUUUUUAUAUAUAUAUAUAAUAUUUAUUAAUUUUCCAACAAUUUAAACACAACACUACAAAAAAAGCAUAAAAAAGAAGACAAUGCAAUACAAUACAAAAACACUACAAAACACUAACACAUAAAACUAAUAAAACAAAAACAAAACCAUUUCAUUAUCUUAUCUUUCGUUCACUUGUUUCCACGACCUCCUCACACCUCCCUUUUCGUGUUCCACUUCUGUUAAUUGUUUCAGCAAUUCCUUUCCAUCUUCCUCUGUUUUCUAUCCUAUAAUUAUCUUAACACAUUCUAACCUUAUUUUCCCUUUAAUACUCUAUUAAUCUAUUUAUACUUAAUUCCUUAUAACAUUUCUACUAAAGCCAUAUAACUUCAUUCCAACAUUUUUCUAACAUUCAUUAAUUUUACAGUAUUUCUGUAGAUAAUCUUUAAUUUUUUCCCAAUCUUCUUCCACCGACUCUUCUCCCUGGUCUCGGAUUCUGCCAGUCAUUUCCGCCAAUUCCACAUAGUCCAUGGGGAUUACUUACUUGACCCUGUGGUCCUCUCCAGUGAAAUAUGAAUAUUAGUUGGUUGCCUUUGACUAGGUCUCUCUGCAGGUCUGCUCGCCUGUUUCAGGAUUUGUGUUCGAACUGUAAAUUUGAAGUAACUAAACUAUGGAUUUGUAUUUGUAUAUGUUUAUUGGACAAAGUAGAUUGUCAGCUCAGGGGCAGUGUUAGAAACUCAGAUAUAUAAGCUAGGCACCAAAUGGCUCUUUAAACCAAGGUGUACGUGGCCAAAAUGGAAUGUCUAGUUGCCAUUGUCUAGUUGUAUGGAACUGAGAGCUGGACCAUAAAGAAGGCUGAUCGCCGAAGAAUUGAUGCUUUUGAAUUAUGGUGCUGGAGGAGACUCUUGAGAGUCCCAUGGACUGCAAGAUCAAAACGAUCCAUUCUUAAGGAAAUCAGCCCUGAGUGCUCACUGGAAGGACAGAUCCUGAAACUGAGGCUCCAAUACUUUGGCCAUCUCAUGAGAAGAGAAGAUUCCCUGGAAAAGACCCUGAUGAUGGGAAAGAUUGAGGGCAUAAGGAGAAGGGGACGACAGAGGACGAGAUGGUUGGACAGUGUUUUCAUAGUUACUAACAUGAGUUUGGCCAAACUGCGGGAGGCAGUGGAAGACAGGAAUGCCUGUUGUGCCCUGAUCCAUGGAGUCAAAAAGAGUUGGACACAACUAAGCGGCUAAACAACAACAAGGUGCCAUUUUGGGGCCAGACAGCUCUAAAGUCUUAUUUUUCAGAUGACAGACUGGCUGUGAUUGAUUAUCAGUUGAAUGUCUGGCUAGUUCAGAUGACAACCUUGAGCUAAGUGAAGAGCUUUGAGAAGAAAAGUCACUUGAUCCAGGGGCAGUCUACUUAUACACUGGCCUAUUCUGACCUUUUCUUAAUGUAGGGAUAUCCUUCACAACUGUGGGCAGGGCAGUGGGGUGGGCAAAGUGAUGGCAAGCUCCAACAAUUGACCAUUAACGUUGUUCACUGCUCCUGCUCAGGCUGCACAGAAAAAGCAUUUUGGUUUCUGAAAUUCGUUCUGAUUGUGCAGAUUAUAUAUAAUUGAUUGAAUUCUACAGGAUGUGGUAUUGGUGUGUGAAAACAGUCUAGAUCCAAUGAUCCCCAGGCACGCCGCUUCAGAUGGUGGAGACGUCAGGCACCUUCCUGGCGCCCAGGCAUCUUCUCUUGGUUGCAAGUGGCUUGUUGUUGUUGUUUAGUCAUUUAGCCAUGUCCGACUCUUCGUGACCCCAUGGUCCAGAGCACGCCAGGCACUCCUGUCUUCCACUGCCUCCCGCAGUUUGGUCAAACUCAUGCUGGUAGCUUCGAGAACACUAUCCAACCAUCUCGUCCUCUGUCGUCCCCUUCUCCUUUCCCAACAUCAAGGUCUUUUCCAGGGAGUCUUCUCUUCUCAUGAGGUGGCCAAAGUAUUGGAGUCUCAUCUUCAGGAUCUGUCCUUCCAGUGAGCACUCAGGGCUGAUUUCCUUCAGAAUGGAGAGGUUUGAUCUUCUUGCAGUCCAUGGGACUCUCAAGAGUCUCCUCCAGCACCAUAGUUCAAGUGGCUCAUAGUCAGGUGCAAAAUGUGCCUGGCCACCUGGCUAAUUUUGAACACUCUUCAGGGGGUGCAGGCAAUAUUUUGCAUCUUGCUCUGGUCAAUGGAUAUUGGGAGUUCUAUGAAAAACACUAAGUCUGUGGUGUCGUGCUCAGGACAGAGCCUCCUCAGUGUUGGUGCUGUACUUACAAAGUUGCCACCCAGGUGAGUCUGCUCAGGCACACCUGGGGCCCACCCUAUUCCCCCAGACUGUGAUUUGUGUUAAUUGCUUUUAAUUUCUGACCUUUAAUUUGUACCCUGCUCUGGGGCUUGCUGGUGAAGGGUGGGUUAUCCAUUUGAUUAUGAUAAUACUCCUGAUUAAUUUGAAAUGCAAAAAAACCUGCCAUAUAUUCCCUGUUUGUUAUGUUUCUUUGUUCCUGGUUUUUUAAUAAGAAUGAUGAGCUAAUGUGUUUUAACUUAAAUAAAAAAAUUCAACGGGUAGGAUAUUGGACUUGCACAACAAAUGUCAGCAUGGCCUCUAGCAAAACAUCCUAUAUUGGUGUUUCCAGGCAUACAGGGAUUUCUUUGUUGUUCAGCUUUUGUCAGGAUUUCAUGCAUCUUCCCUUGAGGCAAAGUUUCUGCCGCUAGAAAAUCACGUUCUUCCUGUAUUCAAACCUCAACGUUUUUUGUCACUGUUGAAAGUGUGAUUCCUCCCUUUUUUCCUCCAGAGCAAUAAUUCUGAGCUGUGGCAGAAUGUGGGAAUUAUUGUACAGUUAUAGCACAUUUUGUGCCGUUCGCUUUACCUGAGUGUCACAUUUUAAAUACGUUUAAUUAUGACUACAGCAUAGGCAGGGACUGCUUUUCUUGUUCAUCGUGAUUAUGUUCCCCAUGCCACCUUUCUGGGCUUGCCUUUCCUGAACUUGUGGGACAGCUCCCACUGCAAACUGCAGGCAUUGCAAAAAAAGGCUUUUACCUGGAGUGGGAGAGGAUCUCUCAGAUGGAGGUGGUGGGAUCUUCUCCUGUCUUGCUCCUUCUCUGCCUCGCAAAUUGUACAUGACUGCUUGGUUUGCGUUUGCUGAGUGUAAACAAGUAGGUGGAAUUGAUUUAACCUCAGUAGCUAAAAGUGGCAGAAAUGGAGGGGCGUUGGGCCAAGGUGGUUAAUGAGGUAUAGCAAGCGGUUAAAUGCAUGCCAAUUCCUAGGGCUGGUGGCGAUGGCAGAAGCAAGUUUGCCUGCAUUGGCAAGUCCUCGUGCUCAGUCCCUUAUCUUCCCAAGCAGUACAGAACAGAUUGCAGGGAUGUGUAAGUGAUUGGCAUGGGAUUCUUGCUCUGUCUUCACAAUCCACAGUUUCCACUGGGCUGUGGAUUCUCCAGGGUUCUAGGACGUGACGUGUCUUCAUUCCCACAUAGUGUAAUCAGUAUUUGAAACUCGGAUAUAUAAACCAGGCACCAAAGGGUUACCAAGGUUACAGUCACAAAAACGGAAUGUCUAGUUGUCGUUUUGUGGCCAGGCGGCUCUAAAGCCUUGUUUUUCAAAUGACGGACAGGCUGUGAUUGAUUAUCAGUUCAGCAUCUGGAUAGUUCGCAUGACAACCUUGAGCUAGGUUAAGAACUUUGAGAACUUAAAGAAGAAAAGUCACUUGAUCCGGGGACGGUCCACAUAUAUAUUGGCCCAUUCCGACCUCUUUUUCUUAAUGGUGACAUGAAACAUUCCUAAUGUAGGGAUAUUCUCAGCAACUGUGGGCAGGACAGUGGGAUGGGGUAACUUGAAGACAGUCGAUUAUAACUUUGUUCACUGCUUCUGAUCAGGCUGCACAGAAAAAGCAUUGGGGUUCCUGAAAUUCAUUCGGAUUGUGCAGAUGAAAUAUAUCUGAUAGAAUUCUGCAGGAUGUGUUGCUAGCAUGUGAAAACAGUCAAGAUCCAGUGAUCCCCAGGCAUGCACCUCUAGAGGGUGGAGAUGCCUGGCACCUGGCUAGUUUUGAACACAGGUAUAAUAAGGCUCAGGGACGCGGGUGGCGCUGUGGGUUAAACCACUGAGCCUAGGACUUGCCGAUCAGAAGGUCGGCAGUUCGAAUCCCCACAAUUGGGUGAGCUCCCGUUGCUCGGUCCCUGCUCCUGCCAACCUAGCAGUUCGAAAGCACGUCAAAGUGCAAGUAGAUAAAUAGGUACCGCUCUGGCAGGAAGGUAAACGGCGUUUCCGUGCGCUGCUCUGGUUCGCCAGAAGCGGCUUAGUCAUGCUGGCCACAUGACCCGGAAGCUGUACGCUGGCUCCCUCGGCCAAUAAAGCGAGAUGAGCACCGCAACCCCAGAGUCGUUCACAACUGGACCUAAUGGUCAGGGGUCCCUUUACCUUUAGCUUUAUAAUAAGGCUCAAAACACAAAGUAACACCUUCACAGAUAAGAACAUAAGAACAGUCUGCUGGAUUAGCCCUUCAACUCCAGCAUCCUGUCCUCACAGUGGCUGAACAGAUGUCUGUGCGAAACCAGCGACCAGAACCUGAGGACAAGCGCCCUCUCCUCGCCUGUGGUUUCCAGCAACUGGUACUCAGCAGCGUUGUUGCCUCCAGCUGUGGAAGGUAGAGCGUAGCCAUUGCAGCUAGUGAACGUUGAUAGCCAGCCUUCAAAAUUAGCAGGGUGCCAGGUGCGCUUUGCGCCUAAAGAUUCUCCAUUCGCGAGCACCUCUUAAAGUCUGGGUGCCAUUUUUUGCACCUGGCUGACACUCAAGGAUUACUGAAAUGUGUGUGCUUUGAAGCCUCGAAGUAUAUUUUUAAGGAUAAACAAUACGUUAAGGAGUUUAACAAUAAAGAGUAGAAAGUAUGGUUUUGAAAGUAUGGUACCAGUAUUUUUAUUGUAAACAACAAAUUAAGCAUGUAUUCACAAUUUCUGCUAAAAAUGUGAUAUUAACAAUGUCUCACUUGUGUGAAUUGCGUAUUAAUUCAUCAAAGGAAAAUAAAAAAUUGUUGCUGACACCCCCACACCCCUGUGGCGACUAGGCAUUCUGUUUUGGCGCCCUCAACCCAGGUCCCAGAAAUCAUUCGGCUUUUCUAUCCCAGUUUCUAACACUGUUUUUUAUAUUAUUAUUGUAUUUUUAUUAAAGAUUUUCUUCGUUUACAAAAGUGUGUGCAAUGUCUCUCUCUCUCUCUCUCCCCCCCCUCCAAGUAACAUUUUUUACAGAUCAGUUUCAAUUGUUGAGACAUUAGGAAGAAGAAGGGGAAGGGGGGGAGAUGGGGGGUCGGGUGACGAUGUUUCUGUUAUACUUAAUAUAGGUAAGGUUUGGUGUCGGCGUUGCUCGUGCAGGUUCUCUGCUGUUCACUUGUGUUCCUUUGGUGGUGAGAGAGGUUGGGGUUGGCCUAGGGUGCAGUUGUUUGUUUGUGAUUGGCUGUGGUGAUCUUUGUUUUCAUGUGUGAGUGGGGUGGGUGGGUGUUUUGGAUCAGGUUAGCCAUAUUGAUUUGUAUGCUGUUGAUGGAUUUUUGUCACUGUCUUGCUGGGAUGUGUAUGUGAUAAAGGGGAGCCAUACCGGGGUGAAGACAUCUUCUUCUAUUUGUCCCCGUGUCAGUUUCAGUUUAUUGCUUACCGUAUUUUUCGCCCCAUAGGACGCACCUGACCAUAAGACGCAACUAGUUUUUAGAGGAGGAAAACAAGAAAAAAAAUAUUCUGAACAGUGGAUGUAUGAUUUUUGUGGUUCAUGCUGUGGCCACAGACAUGUGAUCUGACAGUGAAUUUGGGGUAGCCCAAUGCAAAAAUCCUGAGGAUCCAUGUGGAUCCAUUCUUUGUAACCACAUUUUUGCACCAUUGCAGCCCCAGGAAACAGUGGGUGCGUGAUUUUUUUGGUGCAGGCUGUAGCCAUGGACAUGCUAUGUGAUCUGAUGGUGAAUUUGGGGUGACCCAAUGCAAAAAUGCUGAGGAUCCAUGUGCUUUUAUCUCCCCGCUCCCAGGCAGCCUCCUUUAUCGUGUCCCUUAUCUCUCUCCCAAUUGCUUGCUGAUCAGCUGCUUCCUUUCAACACUCCCUUCCCUCUUGUUUGCCUUAGCGUCUUUCCUUAGCUGGAGCAGUUUUUUGUUCCUCCUUUUCUUCUAAUUUCUCCCCUCAUUGCUUGUUUUAGUAUUCCUGUCUCCUCUCCUUGCAAGUUCGCUGUCUUUACCUCCCCCGGCAGCCUCCUUUACCAGCAGCCUUAUCUCCCGAUCACUUGCCAAUCAGCGGCUUUGUUUCAACACCCCCUUCCCUCUUUUUUAAAAAAAGCAUGAUCUGCUUUUCGCCCCUGGGCAAUUUGGCACCAGGGACCACGCAUUCACUCCAUAAGACACACAGACAUUUCCCCUUACUUUUUAGGAAGAAGAAAGUGCGUCUUAUGGAGCAAAAAAUACAGUAUUUUUUUCUAGUAGGGCUGUUUCCCAUACUAUUUGGCACCAUUGGACAGCUUCUAACACUGUUGAUCACCCUCUCCUCCACCAUGAAUCUAUCUGAUCCUCUUCUAAAGCCAUCCAAGUUGGUGUCCACCACUGCUUCCACAGGGAACGAGUUCCAUAGUUUGACUCUGCUGUCCUGCGUGAAGGAGGACUUUCUUUUAUCCCUCCUGAAUUUUCCAACAUUCAGCUUGGUUGGGUGUGCAUGAGUUCUAGUGUUGCUCCGACACAUAAUGCAUCCCUGCAGAGGCAGCAGGAAAUCCCUGGCUUACUCAAACCUUUUGUUACCUUCUGAGUUUUUUGGGCUGUGUUUUGUGCUGUGCCACUGCCAGUUGUGUUCCCUAUGGCCAAGCGAAGGUGCAGGUCACUCCAUGAAACCAGAUGAAGAUUCGUGUUGUAGGAGAAACAGGUUGCUUCUAAAUCUGGAGGCCUGAGACCCCAAGCUCUCCUUCUCGUCUGGAAGCUUCCCCCCAUGUCAAAUCCCAGAAGUCUGGGAGCUAACUAGUACAGUGGUACCUCGGGUUAAGAACUUAAUUCGUUCUGGAGGUCCGUUCUUAACCUGAAGCACCACUUUAGCUAAUGGGGCCUCCUGCUUCUGCUGUGCCACCGGAGCACGAUUUCUGUUCUCAUCUUGAAGCAAAGUUCUUAACCCAAGGUACUAUUUCUGGGUUAGUGGAGUCUGCAACCUGAAACGUAUGUAACUUGAGGUACCGCUGUAUUAGAAAAGAGGAUGGGAAAAGGCAGUCUCAUUCCAAGGCUACAGCUGCCCAUUAAAAGCCGGUGUCAGACUGAACCCCUCCUCAGAACAAAUGGUAUGAGAAGUCUUAGACUCAAGUUGCAAAUGUUUCUUCAACUGUAGAAUGCGCUGCGCCUACUGGGCACAAAAUGAUAACGAAGCACAGUCGUAUCUUGGUUGUUGAAUGGAUUCAGACUUCUUAAAACAUUUGACAGCCAAGGCGCGGCUUCUGAUUGGCUGCAGGAGCUUCCUGCAGGCAAUCGGAAGCUGCGUUGGACAUUCGGCUUCCAAAGAACAUUUGCAAACCGGAACACUCACUUCCGGGUUUGUGGCAUUUGGGAGACAAAACGUUCGAGACACAAGGCGUUUGGGAUCCAAGGCACGACUGUACAGCUUCUUUGGGUGGUAGGAAAACUAGCAACAUUGGACAUGUUGAAGGUUUUCUGCCUGCAUAAGGAGCUGUCCCUUAGUUUGGAACUUCGGCCUUCACCGGAUGACAGCGAGAGCUGGUGAAACACUUGAUAGUAGGAUGAGCUUGCUAACGUGCUCUUGGUGCAGCUGUGUCUGUAGGAUCAAGCUCAUGGCUUGGAGAUGCCCACGGGUCCCACCUGGUCACUGGGUUGCGCUGCAGCACCCGCAAAGCUGUGGAAGUAACCAUUGUUGUCGUUUAGUCGUGUCCGACUCUUUGUGACCCCAUGGACCAGAGCACGCCAGGCACUCCUGUCUUCCGCUGCCUCCCGCAGUUUGGUCAAACUCAUGCUGGUAGCUUCGAGAACACUAUCCAAUCAUCUCAUCCUCUGUCGUCCCCUUCUCCUUGUGCCCUCCAUCUUUCCCAACAUCAGGGUCUUUUCCAGGGAGUCUUCUCUUCUCAUGCGGUGGCCAAAGUAUUGGAGCCACAGCUUCAGGAUCUGUCCUUCCAGUGAGCACUCAGUGCUGUUUUCCUUCAGAAUGGAGAGGUUUGAUCUUCUUGCAGUCCAUGGGACUCUCAAGAGUCUCCUCCAGCACCAUAAUUCAAAAGCAUCAAUUCUUCGGCGAUCAGCCUUCUUUAUGGUCCAGCUCAUUAUGGUCCAGCUCAUUAUGGUCCAGCUGGACCAUAAACAAGGCAGUGACCAUAGGUUCUGGCAAAAUCGUACGAGAACUUGCCAAAUUCGUGUGAGAUCUUGUGCGCUGUGCCGGUGGCAGAGGUGGUGCGCCUCCUCCUCUAGGGCUUCCCCAGCCCAAGGUGGCUGCCUCACCUUGUCUCAGGUGUGGGCUGGCCCUGUGCUUUGCUUUUCAAUACAUUGGACGCGGGCUGCCUGAAGGAUUGCUUACCAGCUCGGCUUCUUGGAUGGCCGUAUUCUGGGUGCCAUCUGGAACUGGAAGUGAAGGCCUUCUCGGUGGUGGUGCCCUGGCUAUACCCACUUUUCUACCUUGUUGGUAUGAAGCAAACCCCAUUUUAUUUCUCAGGUGUUUUCAGCCCAUGAUGAACUUGGUUGUGGUUCUGUUUUCUCAUGCUUCUUUACUGUUAGCUGAGCUAACUGUGGUGCUUCUGUUGACUUGUAUUUUGCUUUUGUGUGUCGCAAAUCUUUCUUUAACUCAAGAAACAAACGAUGGGCUUUGUGACUCUUUGUAGACGGGCAGCUUACGGGGGGGGGGGAGCACUAGGAUCCUUAAACAUUCCAUUUUAUCAGCUCUGCUCUUUAAAAUCUGUGACUCAAGGACAUCCUUAAUUAUUCCAGAGAAAAAGAAACAAAAGUGGAAAAACCUCCAUGAUGUGAAUUUUGAAACGUUUGCUAACCUUUUUUUUAAAGCAUUCCCCGCAAUACCUGAGGAAUGUAGGAGUUUGUUUUUGUCUUACAUAAAAUAUUUUUGAAAGGAAAGGAAAUUCCCAAAGUGCAGAAUCUCUGGCACUCUAAACCCCCCCACACUCUGCAGACAUGAUGUGCUCUCCUAAAGACCCACAAAUCCAAGAUCUUCAUUCAGACAGGGCUUUGAAUCGUAAUUCCUAGUAAGAUUUCAAAAGGUGUUUUUUUUAAUAAACAUUAAAAGGACUGCAAGACCUGAGAGAUAAUGUUGCAAUCAGAGUUACCCCCACAAGUUGUUCUUACGUGUAGUUUUUAAAAAGGGUUUCAUUUGUGUGGUUUGGUUUUUUUGAGUAUAACAUAAUUGUCAAGCAAAUCUUGAAUGUUUUAGUUCAUUAGAUGUGCUUCUAUAGGUCCAAUAUAUUGCGGAUGGUUGCACUAUGGCAUGGGUAGGCAAACUAAGGCCCGGGGGCCAGAUCCGGCCCAAUCACCUUCUAAAUCUUGCCCACGGACGAUCUGGGAAUCGGCGUGUUUUUACAUGAGUAGAAGGUGUGCUUUUAUUUAAAAUGCAUCUCUGGGUUAUUUGUGGGGCAUAGGAAUUUGUUCAUUCCCCCCGCCCAAUAUAGUCUGGCCCCCCACAAGGUUUGAGGGACAGUGGAACCGCCUGCUGCUGAAAAUGUUUGCUGACCCCUGCACUAUGAGGUCUGCCUAUGUGUGUGGUCUCACUGAAGUCGAGAUACCGGUACUUUUUCGGCAGUUUCGGCAUGGAAACUGCAACCAGGGGCAAAUUUUGCAAACAUGACGUCCAGUUCAGAGCCAUUAAAAUCAAUGAGAGUUUAGUCAUUGACUUCAAUGAGGUGUGGAUUGGAUUUAGGGAAUAUCUGCUAGUCCUAACCAUGGCAACCACUGUGGCUAUUUUCUUGCCUUGUUUCAAAACCAGCUUUUUCCUCAAAAGGCUCACGGCUAGUCAUGUGUCUUUUGUGCUGUCUCUCUCUCUCUCUCUCUCUCUCUCUCUCUCUCUGUGUGUGUGUGUGUGUGUGUGUAGCCAUUUAAUCUCGGAGUUGCUCUGGAAAAUUUACAUUGCCCUGAAAAGAUUCCAGUCGCUAAGAGCUGCUAAAUCGAACUCGUUGGCACAGAGAAGCAAGAAGGGGAGAGUGCAAAGGAGCAUUUGAUGCAAAAAAAACCCCCCAGCAUCUUUCAAAUAUUGUUUUGUCUUUGACAUAUAGCUGCUAGAAAAGUGGUGGUAACUGUCUAAUGGAAGCCUGGACUAGUGCCACCUAGGACAAAUUUUGCACGUUACUGAGCAGAUUGGAAUGGCAAUGAAAACCUGCCGUCAGGCUUUUUUGGUCCUUUUUUUUAAAAAAACGCUGCAUUUGAACAUUAAAUAAUUAUGGAUGCUGUGUGCACUUGCAGACUCGUGCGUUAUUACUGUUUCUUUCAGGAUUACUAUCUGGGCAAGGCUGUUCCACUCCAGUGUCCUUGCUAGGGCUCUGAAAGACAGCCGGGAGUGGGUUCAAGGCUCUGUUCCAGCCUCUUCUGCCGGAGUCUCCAUGUUGUGUGACGAGAAUGAGGAAACGGAAAGACGUCAAGUCUCCAGGGGCUGGCGGCAGUGGCUGCUCUCGCUGUACAAGGGUGGGAGACUGGAUGUCUGAUAUUCACUGGGCUCUGCUUACUGGAGAACAUAAGGCAGCGGUUGGCAAGGCUUACCAGGCAUGGGCCGGAUCACUCCCACAGAGAUCCUCUGUAGGCUGGACCGCCGCAGUGCGACGCUGGAAAUUGAGUUUGCGCAUGUCCGCAGCGCCGGAAAUCGCUUCCGCGCAUGCCCAGACCCCGAAAAUCUCGCCUGUGCAGAAGCGAUUUCCGGCGUCUGGGCAUGUGCAGAAGCGAUUUCUGGAGAGUCCCGGCUGUACCGGUUUAGCGCAGCGCACGGGGACUCGCCAAGUGGGCAACUCGGUUCAGGGGUGGUUCGUGGACUGGUUAAACGGCCUCAGUGGGCUGCUUUUGCCCAUGGACCUUAGGUUGCCAACCCCUGACAUGAGGUUUCUGGGAUGUUCACAUGAUUGUCUGCCCCCCCCCAUUAGAUUAACCAUGGAGACAUUUUGGUUGGCUUGCUCGUUUGUCAUUGUCAACUAAAAUGGAAAAAGCAGUUGGUAAUUUUGUGUGCGUAGGUGUGCAAAUCUUGCCUGGUCGACAGCUUGUCUUUAUUCUCACAGGUGGUCACCAAAAGGACUGUUUAUAGGUGUGAUCUGUGGUUGAUGUAUGCUUGUUUGAAAGGAAGGCCACAUCCACGCCAAUUCAGCAUCGCACCAGUGCAACCUUCUGCUUUCCUGAUGGAACAAUCUCCCCUUUCCCCACCCCUCGUUGGGGGUUCUCUUGAGCCUCCAGAGCAGAUUUGUUUUUUGUUUUUUUAUAAGAUAUUUAUUAGGAUUUUUUUUAAAUAUUACAAUAAAAAAUUAAAAAGAAAAAAAAAGUACAAAAUAAAAAUAAUUAAAAACACUCAAAUUUUCCAUUGCUUAUUUUUCCUUAGCUUGUUUCCCGGACCUCCUCAUACCUCCCUUUUUUGUAUUCCAGUUCAGUUUGUUGGUUCAGCAAAUCCUUACCCUCUUUAUUUAUCCUAAUCUUUGGUCUUAAAAUAAUAACGUUAGAUUUUUACCUCUUAACAACCCAUUUUUCAUAUUCCCUUAAAGCAUUACAGCUAGAAACCACUUAAUUUCUAUCCAACAUCGUUCUAACAUUCAUUAAUUUUACAAUAUUUCUGUAGAUAAUCUUUGAACUUCUUCCAAUCUUCUUCCACCGACUCUUCUCCCUGGUCUCGGAUUCUGCCAGUCAUUUCUGCCAGUUCCAUAUAGUCCAUCAGCUUCAUCUGCCAUUCUUCCAGAGUGGGUAAAUCUUGUGUCUUCCAAUACUUUGCAAUGAGUAUUCUUGCUGCUGUUGUGGCAUACAUAAAAAAGGUUCUAUCCUUCUUUAGCACCAAUUGACCGACUAUGCCUAGGAGAAACGCCUCUGGUUUCUUCAAGAAGGUAUAUUUAAAUACCUUUUUCAGUUCAUUAUAUAUCAUUUCCCAGAAAGCCUUAAUCCUUGGGCACGUCCACCAAAGGUGAAAGAAUGUACCUUCAGUUUCUUUACAUUUCCAACAUUUAUUAUCGGGCAAAUGAUAAAUUUUUGCAAGCUUGACUGGGGUCAUGUACCACCUGUAUAUCAUUUUCAUAAUAUUCUCUCUUAGGGCAUUACAUGCCGUAAACUUCAUACCUGUGGUCCAUAACUGUUCCCAGUCAGCGAACAUAAUGUUAUGUCCAACAUCUUGUGCCCAUUUAAUCAUAGCAGAUUUCACCGUUUCAUCCUGAGUAUUCCAUUUCAACAGCAAGUUACACAUCUUUGCCAAAAUCUCCUCCAGAGCAGAUUUGGGAAAGGCGCAAAGGAUGUGCUGGGGGAGGAGAGUAGCGGGAAAGCCCUGUUGCCUUAGCCUAGCGGGAGUCCGUCUGCUGGUUUCUCCUAGCACCCCGGGUUGGUUGAAUCCAGCCCUGUAUGUUUAAAGCACUCUUAUACCACUUUUAACAGUCAUGUAUUCCCCCCAAGAACCCAGGGAACCAGUGUUAGAAACUGAGAUAUGAAAGCUAGGAGCUAAAUGGCACCUUAAACAGAGGUUAUGGGCGCAACAACAUAAUGUCUCGGCGCACUUUUUUUAUAUAACAAAGAAUACAAAGCUGAAAAUGAAUGAACUGCAGCUAAAAUAUUAUGUUCAUUUUUCAUAUGGUCUAGUCCUGCCCCUAAAAGGGACGCGGGUGGCACUGUGGGUUAAACCACAGAGCCUAGGGCUUGCCGAUCAGAAGGUCGGCGGUUCGAAUCCCCUCGACGGGGUGAGCUCCCAUUGCUUGGUCCCUGCUCCUGCCCACCUAGCAGUUUGAAAGCACAUCAAAGUGCAAGUAGAUAAAUAGGUACUGCUCCAGCGGGAAGGUAAACGGCGUUUCCGUGCGCUGCUCUGGUUCGCCAGAAGCGGCUUAGUCAUGCUGGCCACAUGACCUGGAAGCUGUACGCCGGCUCCCUUGGCCAAUAAAGUGAGAUGAGCGCCGCAGCCCCAGAGUCUGUCACGACUGGACCUAAUGGUCAGGAGUCCCUUUACCUUUACCUAGUCCUUCCCCUGCCCACCCCCCUAAUAUUCUUAAAAGGGUCUCUUAUCUAGUCUUCAGAGAGUAACUGGAAGUGGGGAGGCAGAAAAGGGUCUUCCUUUCCUUCCAUUCUGCAGUUUUAAACUGAAAUCUUAGGUACAGUACUGCACCCAGAGCUCAGAAGCUGCUCGCGCUCAUAAAAUUCAUAGAAUCAUAGAAUCAUAGAGUUGGAAGAGACCACAAGGGCCAUCGAGUCCAACCCCCUGCCAAGCAGGAAACACCAUCAGAGCACUCCUGACAUAUGGUUGUCAAGCCUCUGCUUAAAGACCUCCAAAGAAGGAGACUCCACCACACUCCUUGGCAGCAAAUCCCACUGUCGAACAGCUCUUACUGUCAGGAAAUUCUUCCUAAUGUUUAGGUGGAAUCUUCUUUCUUGUAGUUUGGAUCCAUUGCUCCGUGUCCGCUUCUCUGGAGCAGCAGAAAACAACCUUUCUCCCUCCUCUAUGUGACAUCCUUUUAUAUAUUUGAACAUGGCUAUCAUAUCACCCCUUAACCUCCUCUUCUCCAGGCUAAACAUGCCCAGCUCCCUUAGCCGUUCCUCAUAAGGCAUCGUUUCCAGGCCUUUGACCAUUGUGGUUGCCCUCCUCUGGACACGUUCCAGUUUGUCAGUGUCCUUCUUGAACUGUGGUGCCCAGAACUGGACACAGUACUCCAGGUGAGGUCUGACCAGAGCAGAAUACAGUGGCACUAUUACUUCCCUUGAUCUAGAUGCUAUACUCCUAUUGAUGAGGCCCAAAUUCCCCACUGCAAAAUGCGCCUAGAACAAUGGGGGUUUCAAACACUGCAGGGAACUGUAGUUUAUUAAUGUUCUAACGACUUUCCGAAUCCCUUACAAACUAUGGAUUCCAUGGUUCUUUGGAGGAAGCAAUGACUGCUAAAGGGGCAUAAGACUAACAUCCUUUACCUGCAUGGUGCAGGUGGGACCCGGGUAUCCUUGAAUUCAACGAGGUGUGCAAGGAAAUGCACAAAGGAUCAGGCUGUUAGUCUCUAAGGUGCCAUAGUAAAUGUUGCUUUUUACAGGGAGUUGGGCCAUGCCAGUUAAUAGUCAGAAUAGAAAUAUUUCUCAUCCAUAAUUCCCUACUUAUCAGAGACAGCUUUGUGACUACUGUGUUGACUCUGUGAUGGUAGAUAUGAUGUUUCAGGCCUCCUUGCUAAAAUAUUUGUUGCUGCUAGAUGUUCCUGUUUGCAGAUAAUCUUGAUGUUUUAGGUUUUGUUCUGUUGUUUGAACGCAAGCAAAAUAAAAUGCUUACUAUCUUAUCAUAUUGCUCUGGUUCGCCAGAAGCAGCUUAGUCAUGCUGGCCACAUGACCCGGAAGCUGUACGCCGGCUCCCUCGGCCAAUAAAGCAAGAUGAGCGCCGCAACCCCAGAGUCAUCCACGACUGGACCUAAUGGUUGGGGUCCGUUUACCUUUAUCUUAUCAUAUAUAAUAUGAGAGAGAGAGAGAGAGAGAGAUGGGGAGGAGAGAGCAAGAUACGGGUGCAAUACAUUGUGACUUGGAAGAACAGACACUUGAAAGCCAACUGAUAAUUUAAUUGUUUUUGGUGUGUAUGUGUGUUUGUGUGUGUUUGUAAGGUGUGGGUUGAGAAGGAUAUGUAGGCACCUUGGUUCUUUAAAGAAAGCCUUGAUUGUGGCUUCUUUAUUUGAGACUCAAUUUACACAUCACCUGAGCAUAUGAUGGUCACCCCAAAACUCUGUAUAUCAGCAUUUUUAAGGGGCAUUUGCACAAGUCCCCAGCAUUACAUGUUCACUUGCAUAUAGAGGCAUGGCACAGUGACCAUGUGCCAUUGAUUUUUCAGCUGCUCUCGCAUGGCAAGUGGCUUUUCAGCAGCUAAGGUGUAAGACGGUAUUGGAAAGACAUGAGCUGCUUCUGUUUCCCUCCUACCUCUUACUUUACAUAAAUAGAUAUAAAAUGGAUCUGGGAAAAGUAAGGAUGCCUACUAACUGGACCUGGAUGUAGAAUGCCAAUGCUCCCUUCUGAAUUUGUACCUCGGAGCCCUUGUGUCAACUGAGGGCAGGAGGAGUCUCGAAGUUACAACACACUUUACUUUUUCUUUGCAAAUUGUGCAUGGCAGGGAAGGUGGUGGAGGACUGUCAACACAGUAACCUUCAGCUUCUCCUUAGUGGCCUUCAAAGACAUUAUCUUGACAAGGAAGAGGCUAAUAGUGAAGAUCAGGGAGUCCAAGCCCAUGUCUUCCUAUCGCUUGCCGGCAUGUGACGUUAUGAGGCACUUUUGCACAUUUGCUGUAGCUGGCCUUCUUAGGCUUUUAUUAAAACCACCAGUAACUUAAAUCAUUGCUUAUGUAUUCAAUUACGGCUGCAAGAAUACUGAGAGCCAGAAGUUGGAAAUGUGAAACAACACCUACAAUAAUAGAUUGGCAAUCACUCAUGCUAGAGUACUUUCAAUUAGCGAAGCUGACCGGAAAAGUCACAGGAGCCCCAAAUCAAAAAAGAUUCAGAGAAUGGAGACUAUUCAAAGAAUAUAUUAUCCUAGCAGAACUGAAUUAUACUUGUAUACAGUGGUACCUCAGGUUACAUACGCUUCAGGUUACAUACGCUUCAGAUUACAGACACCGCUAACCCAGAAAUAGUGCUUCAGGUUAAGAACUUUGCUUCAGGAUGAGAACAGAAAUUGUGCUCCGGCGGCGCGGCGGCAGCGGGAGGCCCCAUUAGCUAAAGUGGUGCUUCAGGUUAAGAGCAGUUUCAGGUUAAGAAUGGACCUCCGGAAUGAAUUAAGUACUUAACCCGAGGUACCACUGUAUAAUAAACAAAUGGAAUAAAUAUACUAGAUGAAUAUACAGGAAAAGUUAUAAAACAAACUGUGCGAUAAAAUUAAGACAAUAGAAAAAGUACAAUGAGAACGAUCGGAAGUUUCUUUCAGAAGACUUUAUUAGAAAAGAUAGGAUGUUAUAACCAAUAUUCAUUUCUUACUGUUAACUCUUUAUUGCUUUUUAUUUUUAUUUUCUUUAUCUUUUUCCUAUUAUAUUUUUGUGUUUAAUUUUUAUGUAACUGUCUGUAAUAUACAUGUAAGAUGAUAUUUUAAAUCAAUAAAGAUGAAUUUAAAAAAAAGUAACUUAAAUCAGUUUUGGCUUUGCCUUGGUUACAUUUGGAGAGAUUCCAGGCAGUUUUUUAUUUCUUAAAUCGAGGGGUGCUGCCCUUCCGCUGCCACUGCCUCCCAUAUCUGGUGGGAGGAGCACCCAUGGGGGGGGCACCAUCUCUUGGGUUUAUGCUGCCUGAGUUGGCUGCCUUGAGCUGGGGAACCUUAAAACUGAGAAUUGAUGAACACUGCCUGCCCACCAGCUAUAAAGUCCAUGAACGGAAUAAUCUUGGAAAGCUACCAGCGGCCUCAGACAUAGAAAUUAUCUUUACAUAACUUCAAGGUGACACAGAACAAGUUCCUCUUUCGCUGACCUCCACCUUGAUUUGCAAGAUCGUUUACUCAGAACUUUGCCGGCUAAUCUAUAUUCUCUCUUGAAUGCAUCCAGGCCAUAAAUCUGCCUAGUUACGCAGGCAACGCUGCUUUUUUCCAAAGAAGAUAAUAAAACAUGAAUCCACCGCCUUCAGUUUUGAACCAGACCAUUGUAAAACCGCUCUUUAAUACCCGGUUAGUUUCUCAGUCUUUCACUUUGAAAUCUGUGUAAAUAUGGGUGUUCUGCUUUUAUUAAAGAUGGCUGGGAUUCUUGCAUAAGUAUCCCAUGCUCAAGAAGACAAGGAAGGCUCUUUUUGUGUAUAAGAGUUUCGUGAAGUUGGCCCAAACUGGCUGAGAUAAGUGCUCCUGUCGUGAAGAAUGCAUUUCUGAGCUCAGGAUGGUGCCCUAAGAAUGUGACCUUUUAAAAACGUGAUGGUGCAUAGCAGGAGAGCUUUGAAACGCGCCUAUCCUGACAAGCAUCAGAAUAUUUAGCAAGAGUGGUAAAUAAAGUCGUACCUUGGAUCCGAAACGCCUUGGUACUCGGAUGUUUUUGCUCCUGAAAGUCGCAAACCGGAAGUGAGUGUUCCGGUUUGCAAACGUUCUUUGGAACCCGAAUGUCUGAUGGGGCUUCUGCAACUUCUGAUUGGUUGCAGGAAGUUCCUGCAGCCAAUCAGAAGCUGCAGUUUGGUUUCCGAACGUUUUGGUAGUUCAUCAGGGAUUGGAAAACUCGAAUGUUGGUUCAUGCUAUAUCUCUUCAUAGUAUGAAAACAUCUAUGGCAACAUUUGUCUUGUUAAAAGGGCAAUGAUUGGAUUUCUGAGCAUUAAACAGACUGGGUGGAAUCUAUUGCAUUGAUGAACCUGAAACUCUGAUUUCAAGAUCAGCUGGGGGGGGGUGUUAUUAGCGGAAUACCGCAGGUUAGUGGUGCUGGUACUCCUUCACUGGAGUAUUCUAAAGCGUUCCUUGGCACGAGAUUUAAAAAAAUGCUGGUUAGUCCUCUUGGCUAUUAGGGAUUGGGGUUUUUCCUACUAUGUUGCACCGGGUCUUUGUGAAAAGACCCUCUUGUCCACUGCUAAUCUGUCCUUAAAAGGAGGACUUGAAACUUGUUUGCUUAUAGCAGGAACACUAAUAGUGGUGUGUGUGUGUGUGUGUGUGUGUGUGUGUGUGUAGAAAACCAAUACAGUGGUGCCUCGGGUUAAGUACUUAAUUCGUUCCAGAGGUCCGUUCUUAACCUGAAACUGUUCUUAACCUGAGGUACCACUUUAGCUAAUGGGACUUUCUGCUGCCGCCGCGCCGCCGGAGCACGAUUUCUGUUCUCAUCCUGAAGCAAAGUUCUUAACCUGAAGCACUAUUUCUGGGUUAGCGGAGUCUGUAACCAGAAGCGUAUGUAACCUGAAGCAUAUGUAACCUGAGGUACCACUGUAUAUUUUAUACCUGGCAACCAAUGCACCCCUUUGGCUUCAGAUGGUACCUGGGUAGACGAGUCUGAAAAACCGGGGACACAAAUUUUCACAGUCCUCUACUGGCUAAGGCGGCUCAUUCACCAAAAGUAAUGUAUUUAGUGUAUGGGACGCGGGUGGCGCUGUGGGUUAAACCACAGAGCCUAGGACUUGCCGAUCAGAAGGUCGGUGGUUCGAAUCCCUGCGAUGGGAUGAGCUCCCAUUGCUCGGUCCCUGCUCCUGCCCACCUAGCAGUUCGAAAGCACAAAAGUGCAAGUAGAUAAAUAGGUACCGCUCCAGCAGGAAGGUAAACGGUGUUUCUGUGUGCUGCUCUGGUUCACCAGAAGCGGCUUAGUCAUGCUGGCCACAUGACCCGGAAGCUGCACGCCGGAUCCCUUGGCCAAUAAAGCGAGAUGAGCGCCUCAACCCCAGACUCGGCCACGACUGGACCUAAUGGUCAGGGGUCCCUUUACCUGAAGGUGUAUACUCAGUUCUGACCAAACUAAACCUGCUAGAGCAAAAUAUAUAUCAAAAGUUUGGUCAGCUUGUGUCCCAUUCUUUUUAGACUCUUCUGCUUAUGUACCUUCUGAAGCCAUAGGGGUGGUUAACAGGUGUGGAUUUUUUUCAGCUCUCCUUCCCCACUAUAAAAGUGAGGUUUUGGUGAAAAAGGACUAACCCGUUGCUUUUUAAAGACCGGUAACUGUGACGGGCACAAAGCCCAGGCUGAAAAGCUCCCAUUGUCUGUGGGCCGCAGAUAAUGGCAUAACUUACACCUAAGUACAUAUAAUUGUCACAUUGGUAAUUGUUUGUUUUUCCUUCUUUUGCCUCCUUUUCUGUGAUGGCUCUUCCUCUCUCGCAAGUCCCUUGUAGCAGGGUUUCUGUCCUUGUUAUGCUUAACUAUUAAAAAUGUGUACAUUGGCCCAAUGUAUUGUCUGAAUAGUAGGAGUUAAUUAAUAAUAAUAAUAAUAAUAAUAAUAAUAAUAAUAAUAAGUGAACUCUGGGAACAGGAUGAAAUGAGUGGGGAUGAGAAAUGGAAAGAUGCAGCCUCAAAUAAAGUACCAUAUUUUUUGCUCUAUAAGACUCACUUUUUCCCUCCUAAAAAGUAAGGGGGAAUGUGUGUGCGUCUUAUGGAGCGAAUGCAGGCUGCACAGCUAUCCCAGAAGCCAGAACAGCAAGAGGGAUUGCUGCUUUCGCUGCGCAGUGAUCCCUCUUGCUGUUCUGGCUUCUGAGAUUCAGAAUAUUUUUUUUCUUGUUUUCCUCCUCCAAAAACUAGGUGCGUCUUUUGGUCUGGUGCAUCUUAUAGAGCGAAAAAUACGGCACUUGUUUCUCUUCUUUCUUCUCCAUCUCAACAACUGUAAAAAGCUGCAACAUCAUCUAGACUGAGAUCCAAAUGGGGUUCAUUAAUCACCAGCAGCAGCCAUGCUGAAACGGAAUUAACAAAAUCAUGUGGUCUAUGUAAUUUUUCAAAACGGAAGAAUUAAUACUGACUAUAACCAACCCCUUCCCCCCUUUGAAGUAAAUAAGUAAAUGCACUUAAUGAUUGGGGAUAGGAUAGCCCAAGGUUGUAUAUAUUUAUUUAUAUUUUUGUCCUGCUCUUCCUCCGAGGAAUUCAAGGUGAUCGGCUCCUCCCACCCCAUGGAUACUCACAACAGCCCUGCUGUAUAGGUUUAGGUAUAAAACUAGCAAGAUCACCCAGUGAACUUUGUGGCGGAGUGGGGAUUUGAACCUCUCUUGUUAGUCUGAUAUUCUAACUUCUAUGCCCCCCUGGCUGUUCCUGUUUGGUUAGGUAACUUGUGUAUAUCUAUUGCACACUUCUUCACUUUUCUAGAUAUUUGUCUUAUUGUAUCUGAGUUUGAGGAGCAACUUGGGGAGAAAUUAAGUUUGGCUAAUCAGUCGGGCUUCUGACAACAUCUAACAUGGUCAAGUUCUGAUCUGUGGCUGGGUCUCUAGGCAUUGCCACAGGAUGAAUAUUGAACACACUUGUGUUUUUUUAAUUUAUUUUUGCCUAUAAAUAGCUGUUUUCUUUACCUCAGCAAUUUCUGUUGAUCUUUCCUGGAGGUUUGCCAGCUUGUCAAGAUCUUUGCUCUGCAAUGAGGUGCACAAAUAUAAGUAUAGUAUUGCAGGGAAAGGAAAGAGGAGGACCUAAUUUAUAGUGCUAUUAUCGAUGGCCAUUUUGCCUAGUAUAGUGUGGUAUCAGUUUCCAUUGCCUUCAGUAUUAUUAUAUUAUCUAAGGUUCUGCUUUUUUCAUUGCUGUUGAAUUUGUUAUUUAGUCGUUUAGUCGUGUCUGACUCUUCGUGACCCCAUGGACCAGAGCACGCCAGGCACUCCUGUCUUCCACUGCCUCCCACAGAUUGGUCAAACUCAUGUUCGUAGCUUCGAGAACACUGUCCAACCAUCUCACCCUCUGUCGUCCACUUCUCCUUGUGCCCUCCAUCUUUCCCAACAUCAGGGUCUUUUCCAGGGAGUCUUCUCUUCUCAUGAGGUGGCCAAAGUAUUGGAGCCUCAGCUUCAGGAUCCGUCCUUCCAGUGAGCACUUAGGGCUGAUUUCCUUCAGAAUGGAGAGGUUUGUUCUUCUUGCAGUCCAUGGGACUCUCACGAGUCUCCUCCAGCACCAUAAUUCAAAAGCAUAAAUUCUUCAGCAAUCAGCCUUCUUUAUGGUCCAGCUCUCACUUCCAUACAUACUGGGAAAACCAUAGCUUUAACUAUACAGACCUUUGUUGGCAAGGUGAUGUCUCUGCUUUGCUUUGCUCUUGAAUUGGGAAUGGACAAAAGUGUUAACUUCCGUUUCUCUGUCAUUUUUUCAGUCUUAAAUUCACCAUGCCCCAGUUCUGUCUAUAUUUGUGAAUUCUCUCUCACGCACACAAGCAUCGCUGCAUUGCAUGGGGUUGAACUAGAUGACCCUCGGGGCGUCACUUCCAACUUGAAUUUAAUCUAUAAUUGUCUGUUGCAUAGUAUAUUUAUUUCUGCACCACAAAAUUCAGGGAAGGUUUUUUGUUUUGUUUUUUGGGGGCGAUACAUUUCAUUUUUUUCCAUUUCCUCUUUCUUGAGUUCGCAACCUAGUUGCAGCAAGACCAUCUUUGGAAUACAGUGGUACUUCUGGUUGCAAACAGGAUCCGUUCCGGAGGCCCGUUCACAACCUGAAAGGAACGCAACCCACGUCUGCGCAGGUCGCGAUUCACCGCUUCUGUGCAUGCGCGUGAUUUCAUUUUAAGCGUCUGUGCAUGCGCGAGUGGCGAAACCCGGAAGUAAACCUUUCCAGUACUUCCGGGUCACCGCGGGACACAGCCCGAAGAAACAUAUCAUGAAGCAAACGCAACACGAGGAAUGACUGUAAUGUUUGAUUUGAAUGCAUGUUUGAUUUAUAAAGGAGAUAACUCCAACUUUAAGUCUUGCACGAUAGAAGUAUUCCACACCCAAAAGAUGUUCUUGGCCACAACCUCACCAUACAUUUUAGAGCGCUGUGAUGCCCCUUUAAGCAGUUGUGACUUCCCCCAAAUAAUUCUGGGAGCUGUGGUUUGUUAAGCGUGCUGUGAGUUCUUAGGAGACCCCUCUUUCCCUCACAGAAUUGGAAUUGUCAGAGUAGUUUAACAGCAAAUCCCUUCUCCCAGGGAACUCUGGGAAUUGUAGCUUUGUGCAGGGAAUAGGGGUCUACUAACAGCUCUAAACACCCUUAGCAAACUAUAGCUCCCAGAAUUAUUUGGGGAAAGCCAUGGCAGUUAAAAAUGGGGUCCUAGUGCUUUUAAAUGUAUGAAUGUGGCCCUUGUCACUAAUUAUUAUCAUUAUUAUUAAUAAUAAUAAUAAUUAAUAAUACCGCACCCAUCUGGCUGGGUUUCCCAGCUACUCUGGGAGGCUCUCAACCGAAUAUUAAAAACACAAUACAAUAUUAAACAUUAAAAAAAAAACCUUGCACAUAAACUGUAGGAAUGGCAUUAAAGGUAAAGGGACCCCUGACCAUUAGGUCCAGUCGUAGCCGAAUGUGGGGUUGCGGCGCUCAUUUCGCUUUAUUGGCUGGGGGAGCCGGCGUACAGCUUCCAGGUCAUGUGGCCAGCAUGACUAAGCUGCUUCUGGCGAACCAGAGCAGCGCACGGAAACGCUGUUUACCUUCCCGCCGGAGCAGUACCUAUUUAUCUACUUGCACUGCGUGCUUUCGAACUGCUAGGUUGGCAGGAGCAGGGACCGAGCAACGGGAGCUCACCCCGUUGCGGGGAUUCGAACCGCCAACCUUCUGAUCAGCAAGUCCUAGGCUCUGUGGUUUAACCCACAGCGCCACCCACACCCCUAAGGAAUGGCAUUACUGAGCCUUAAAAAACACCGCAAGGCAUUGUUAUCUAUAGAAAAACUAUUAGAACGGAUGCAACAAACUUGAUUCUUUAUGCUCUGACCAUCUGGAACCAUCUAAAGCAGCUCUGUCAACCUGGUGGCCUUCAAAUAUUUUGGACUACCACUCUCUCAGAGGCCUCAGACAGCAUGUCCAUCUGUUGUAGUCCCAAACAUCUGCAGGGCACCAGGUUGGUUUGGUUCCUCAGGUCUAGGUCUAGGUCCAGUUCUUCAGGAAUUCCCUCUAGACAUUGCUCUGUACGAGAAAUGACCUCUCUGCGGGAGCUACCUGUCAGACGUGACGAUCAGCGGUCAGGCCAUUGCUAACUCCAACUGCUAAAUAAGCAGCACUUAAUGGGGAUAUAUAAACUGAGAGAGUGCUGAAAGCACAUGAGCUGCUCACAUGACUUAACAACACCCCUUCCCUAAUCCACACUGAUUUCCAUUUAAUAUCUGGCGGGAGGAGCGGAGAGCCUAAGGGGAUUGUAAAUAACUAUAACACCAGCCAGCUGCUAAUGACCAGAAAGGGAUAUCCAAGCUGGAUGUGAAACGCAGUGUGAAUAAUUGUCUUUAGAAGUUUGACUGCAGUAUUCUGUCGAGCUUACUACAGUGAAGACGCCUGGCCAGUCAGACGAGGGGAUUUUGGUCCUCCGUCUCUGCACAUUUCAAAUUUGCUGCAAGUAGGGAAAGACCCCAGGCUUCAAGUUUGGGAGGUUUUGGAGGCUGGUUAAAAGGGAUAGCAAUAUAAUUAGUAGAGUUGGUGUAAGGGAACCCUGAAUCCAGUGAAUGCUACAGGGAGCGCAGCAUUUUUUAAAUUUUUAUUUUAAAUAUAUUUGUAUAAUUCUCAGCAUAAGAUGGGGCUGUCACUCAUUAGGGUGUCUGGAGAUUGUCUUUUUGCUGAAGACAGAAAAUCUGAACGGUGCUGUCCUUCAGCCUAGAGGUAAAGGCCAUAAAAAUAUGCCUAUUAUUAUUAUUAUUAGCCACCCUACACCCCUCCGGUCCCAGGGCAGCUUACAACCAUUAAGACACAGUAUUAAAACAACUUUUAAAAUUUCAGAAAAAGGGUGGGUCCUAAAAAAAAGGCACCUCAGGUGUCAGAAGCCAGGGUACAGAGAUGCCUUAACAUCUGAUGCCCGAGGCAACACUGUCUCAACUGCCUAAUGGUAGGGCUUGUUCUGAUUAUGAUUCUUAGGCUACUUGAAACUAUGUGUGUGGAAGGGCACUGAACCAGACAUUAAUAAAAUAAAAAGGAAAUCCUUUUAAACAUUUCAUAAACUAUACUGCUCUACUGUAACUCCAUGUUCAAAUGUAUAAUUCCAUGCAAACUCAGGGACCUACAUUACAACAUAGCUUGCAAACAUCAUAUAAACCUUUAAAAGACACAACAUUGUCAUUUCUGUUUAGUUCCCUGUAAUCCAGAAAUGCAGACUGUAUUUCAUUAUAAUCCCUUUAUCUUAUUUCCUCCAUUCAUUUUCCUGCCUGCUCAGCAACCUGAGCGCAGCCGCACAGAAACUCGUGGGGUAUUUUUAUCCUUCCUUCCAUACCUGAAAUAGCAUUCUCCUUCCAAGCGAAAAGGCUUGCCACAAGGAGGGCUCUCUGGAAGCUUGUCAGAGAACCCACACUGGAAAACUCGCCUGAAAUGGCACCCUUAAAUUGGAGCUCAUAGUCUAUUCAUACGAAAAGGAACUUUAUUAAAACCCACAGCCUCUUUUCCAAUAGAGAAUCACAAUCUGGCUUUGCUGCAACGUAUGUGUAAGUUUUGCCUUGCUCUUUCCAUAUGACUGGCAAUUAGCAGUUAUGAAUAAGCCUCUCUCUAAGCCAGAGGUUUCCAGCCUUUUUGGGUCUACGGCUCCCUUGACCAACUACGUUCUUUCUGCAGCACCCCUGUGGGGCUCAGAAGCCCAGAUAUAUCACCCCUUGCCUGCAGAGCUGGCAGCCCCUCACCCUUUUCUGAACACCCUCCCUGGUGGAGUUUUCCCUCGGCCUCCUCUCUUCUCCCCUCUCCUUGGGAGUCCUCCAGGCAGCUGCUGCUGCCCCUGCUCUCUGAGCUGCUCCCCACCUGCCCCAAAGAGAGGUGCCUCUUCACACUGCCCCACAGAGGUCUGGGAAGCACCCCCUGCCCAGCCCCAGAGGCACCAUUCCCCUGGGGAGCUUGUAGCCAGGGCUGCUGCAACAAACAGCUGUGCAAGCCUUUGGGAAGCAGAGAUGCAAGAGAUCAGAAGGAAGAGGGACAGAGGUCAGUGUCGCCAGCGGCACCCCUGAGCAUCAUUCAAGGCACCCCAGGGUGCCACGGCACACUGGUUGAAAACCACUACUCUAAGCAAUCAAAAUAGAGCCUUAAUAGAGCCUAUAAAGAAUGCAAUGGGUUUUUUCUUUUUAUAAUCCAUUGAUACCCAAGGCAAGAUUUUGAGGACUGCUGAUUAAGUAGCAGAGCAACUUAAUCAUCUUCUUUUGUCUUCCUUUCCAUACGUAACAAAUCUAAAUCUAAAUCGGAUGUUUGUAUUUUCAUCAUUUCAUAUUGUGCAAUAACAAAUAACUUUUGCUUAAACAAUGAAUGUUUGGCUCGUUAGAUGCUGCAAAGUCAUUUGGACUAAACAACUUUCUAUCGGUUGAUGGUUUCAGCAACUGUGGGCAUAUUGCCAACGAAGAUCUGGAGGCAGUAAAUAUUUCCAGCUCCAUCUUUUACGUCAACUCAGAAAUAAGUUCUGAGUUCAUUGGGUACUCCUAGGCCAGUGGUUAUAGGGCUGUUGUAGCCUAAAUCUGCAGUCAUUUUAGGUGAUCACAAGCAAUCCUGUUUAUAAUUCACAUCUUCAGUACAGUACUUGAUUCUUUAAGUUAUUUUAUGUAUCAAAAGAGUUUGCCCCCAAUUUCUAAAUUAGGGUUACACUAUAACUCUCUUUCUCUUUGUACGUGUUACUUAAUCAAUAGUACUUUUUUACUACUUAUUUUCUGGUCAUGCAUGCUACAUCAAUUGUAGCUGAGAUUUCAUGUUAAAAGUAUCUGCCGUUAAAAAUGCUUAGUCAUAAGUUCAUGUCAGAGAAGAUGCCAGAAAUCAGUGUUUGAGCAAAAGUUGCAUAUUUUGGUCUGUUGAAGCAAUGAUCUACUCUAACCAGGCUGAGCUGGAAUUCUAGCCGCAGACUGAUUGUCACAUACUCAACACACAUGCAUUCUAGAUUUCUUUCCAUUUUUAUUUAUUUAUUUAUUAUCUUUGCUUCUGUACUUGAAGGAAAAGAUUUUUUCAGGACUUGUUCAACCUUCCACCAGCUAUUCAGAAGUACAUUUGCAGGGGGCGCUUGACAAGCAGAGCAUAUAUUGGCGGCGAGGUGAAGAAACAGAGUUGUGCAACCUCUUGCCUGUUACGGUUACUAUGGAUGCUCUUCUCCUUCCCUGUGGCCUUGUACAGUCUAGCUUCAUUUCCUGGAAUCUAAUUGCCCUGGACCAGCAGUAGAUGUUUCUCCCCCUCUGGGGAACGCAUCUACCGUUAGAGAUUGCUGUACUUCGGCACCAUGGGCCUGAUGGCAUGCACAUGCUUCCUUUCAACUGGUGUUUAUCUGCACCGUUUUCCUAAGCCUUUAAACGUGUAUUUCUAAUAAUUAAGGAAACGUUUAUGAGGUGGGAGGUUGGCUGGAGAGAGGUAGCCUUGCUUUAUGGUCUUGCACUAAUAGUGUGUGGCAGAGCUAGUAAUGAGACACCCUCUGGUGAGCAGCUUUGAUUCAGCUGUUGAAACUUCAGUGUUUGAUUUUAUGGGCUUUUAUGGGACCAGAUGCUCAAAAUGCCAUAAACUGACACAGCUUCUCAGACUUCAGUGGACCUUUCUCGUAAAUCUGGGUGGUUAUUGGUUUGUUGUUGUUUUUUUGAGGGGGGUGGGUUGCUUCUGACUAAACAGUUUGGAAGCACCUGCUAUGAAAAUGGGAUGGGGCAAGAAGCUGCAUAAAGGCACCAGAGAAAGUUGCUGAACAGCAAAAUCACACAAGAUACUGUGUGAUAGCAGGCAAGAUGCAGGAGACUGUUUAAUUUUAAAAAAAGGGGGGGUGCAACUAUCUCGUCUUGUUUACUAUAGGCUGUAUUGAGAAAGUGUAUCUGCUUUAGUCUCUAAUCCCCCAGUAUGAGUCAAUAUUUAAAUUGUAGGCAAAAUCUUACUGAGAGCGAAGUCGUAGUCUCAUUGCUACUUAGGUUUCAGCGGGGGAAUAAAAAAGGCAGGCAGGCAAUCAGUAGCUUAGACGAGAUGGUUGGACAGUGUUCUCGAAGCUACCAGAAUGAGUUUGACCAAACUGCGGGAGGCAGUGGAAGACAGGAGUGCCUGGCAUGCUCUGGUCCAGGGGGUCACGAAGAGUCGGACACGACUAAACGACUAAACAACAACAGUUCAGAAUACAGCAGCUGGAUUAAUAACCAGGACUGGGUGUUAUGAUCAUAACACAGUAGUGUUGCACCAAUUGGGUUUUGAGAAAGUGCCUUUUAAACCACCUUGCUUUGACUUUAAUGCCCUUUAUGGCUUUGGCAUGCCUGAAGUGCCCCUUUCUCCAUAUGUGGCUACCCAUAGAACCCCUGGACGCUUAAGUCCAGCCAACGGCGACUAUGGGGUGCAGCGCUCAUCUCCGCUUUCAGGCCAAGGGAGCUGGCAUUUGUCCACAGACAGCUUUUCCAAGCCAGCAUAACUAAACCACAUCUGGUGCACUGUGACAGAAGCCACAGCACAUGGAAACAUUGUUUACCUUCCCACUGCAGCAGUACCUAUUUAUCUACUUGCACUGCCGUGCUUUUGAAUUGAUAGGUUGGCAGGAGCUAGGACAGAGUAACCGGAGCUCACCCUGUUGUAGGGAUUCGAACCGCUGACCUUCUGAUUAGCAAGUCCAAGAGGCUUGGUGGUUUAGACCACAGCGCCACCCGCAUCCCUGGCUACCCAUAUGUUAAGCUCUUCAUAAGGGAUCUGCAGGUGCCCCCAUUAUCCACGCCAGGGAUGGGGCCUUCUCAGUGGCGGCACCCAGCCAAUGGAAUGCCCUCCCCAGAGAGGUCCACUGAGUGCCUACUUCAUUUUUAACAAUGGGAAAUGAGUUUUUGAAUAUGUGUUCAGGAUUCUUAGGCUUAAUCUUUGCUCUUCUGAUGGUCACCACUUGGCUUUAAAUGAUAAAAUGGUUACUGUUUCCUGUUAAGUGGGGAUCAGCCUGAGUGAAUCGGGAGAGGACGUUACUGUGGGAGUGUCUGUUUAUGUAAACAGGGAUUGUUGCGGCAGAAGAAAUAUUCUGAAUAAGCCACCUUGAAAUAACCUUGAGUAUGCCAGGUGGUGGGUACAAAUUGUCCAAGCUAUUAACACUUUCAUUACAUGGUUUUUAAUUUCUAAAGACUGACCAGGGCAACAGAUACAGAUUUCUUCCUUUCUUAUCAUUCUUUCUCCCCAACCCCAGCAGGAUAUGUGUUUUUUCUGGCAGGAUUCUUCUCCCUUUGGAUAUUUCUGCAUUUCUCAUGCUGCUCAUAAAGUGUCACCAUUUUAAGUGACCCUCUAUAUUAACUAAGCUUCAACUUGCAGAUAUUGGCUGUUUGGAGUUUUUCCUAGUCUCUGACUCGUGCUUUCUUAUUUGUUCAUCCUUGGGUUUCUUUCAUAUUAACUUUCCAGUGUGUCAGGGAAAAUGUCUCUGAUGAAACAGUUUCUGUAGAGACAAUUAUUUCUAACCCCCAACCCCUCAGGCAAAUUCUUAGCGGUAGGGGGUGGGGUGGAGGUAGAGAGAGAUGCACUUUUUUCUCUACCUCUCAGGCUCAGCAAAGCUUAUAAAGUGGUUUCCCUCCUUUUCUCUAUAAUACAGUAUUGAUUUCAGCUAGGCUUUCAGGCAGUAGGUGUAGUUCUCUUUCGUUUAAAUGCUUGUGCAGUUUUAAAAUGCAUUUUCCAUUUACCUUUAAAACAAAGGAUGUUGGGUUAAAAUGCGCAGUCCUUUUAUAAGAAUUCAGAUGUCCAGUUUUGCUCCUCUGUGCGUGCUUUCUCUGAGAACUUCCUGCUUUGAAUUCCUUUAAAGCUCCUCCAAACAUUCGGAAAAAGUGCAUGGAUGGUACAGUUCUCCCAGCCGCAUUCUGAAAUGGAGCGGUUCUGUGAGGACUGUACCACGUGCUUUCUCUACACUUCCGAACUGGAAUUUAGUCAAGCAUCAAGGUUAACACGUGAUUAUAACAAGAUCUGAUUCCGUGCCCUUGAGAAGCAAGGAGGCAGUUAGUGAGUGCUUUCUGCUGCAGGAAUGUGGAUAAACAUGCCCUUACGGGAACAGGAGAGGCUUCUUGUUAAGGUGAGCAGAACAACAGUAGCAGAAUGGUGUGAGAGAAAAUGUUCAAGGUAUUUUAUUUUAAAAGCUGCUGGUCAUGACCUUGCUUGGCAGAUUACUCUACCUGAGAAGUUGCGCUAAUAACAAAAUUGUGGAUAAAACUUGUUCAUAUGACUGUCUGCCUAUUGACAGCUUUCUUCAGUCAGGGACAGGACCAGCGUUUUUGGUGGCUUUUUAAAGUUUUGAGUAUGGAACAGAACAAACUAAAAACAAAGGGCUUUAAUUUCAGUAUUGCCAAGCCCUUGCUGAAACGGUUGACCUGGCAGUUAAGAUGCAUUCUGCGUGGACCGUGAGAAGCAGUAGCCAUCAUGAAUAUAUAUAUAUAUUGAGGCAAUUUUCACAAUGGUUGUCCUGCCCCCUUCAAGGGCCAGUUCAGACAUUCAGCUGCAGCUGGACUCCUCUGAAAUUAAAACACACAUGCAACUAGCUGAUCUUCUCCUACACAGACGCUUGUUUUGUGGCCUAAGAGAGAGGGCAUGUUUAUAAAGCUUUCCUGCGCAGCUGCUUUGAGCCGAUUCUUCCUUAUCUCAGGUGUCCCCAGGCAAAUAAUUUUACAAGCCUGGUUUAAGCAGAGGGCGCCAACAAAAGCCAUGGGAGACACCUUGAAAUUAACGUAAUUUUCAUCAUGCUUGAGAUACCUAAAAUAAUAUUGAGGCUUCAAACCUGAAAAGGCCCUGCUGGUUCCCUUUUAGACUUCAUUGGUAGAUUAAAGCAGAUUUUGUCAAUGCCUGUAUGGAAGAUGCUCUCUGAGACAUUGCAAAUGGAGGCGCCGUGUUAUCUACCUCAAUAAUUAAUGACUCUGUGGCAUUUCUCAUAAGAGCAAAUGUUCAUGCUGUUAUUCAUUGGCCUAAGUGUUUUCCUUAGUCAAACUAUUAGCUCUGGAAAUAAAAAGCAGAGACAGGGCAUGGAGAAAGGGGGAAAGAGAGCAUUUAUUUUAUGCAUUCAGACUCUAAUUUGGGUGGGCAUCUGAGUGUUUAUCUUUUUUAAUAGGUUGUUAUGAUGCUUUUUAAUUCAGAUAUAUAUUCAAAUCAUUCUCUGUUCAUUCUAGGUUCAUUCGUUCCUCCCCACUGGUUAACUCAGUGGGAAUACCAUCAGAUCUCUCCAUGGAAUUGUUUCUUGUAUUUGCUUUACUACUUGUAGAGUCCAGUAGGUAGGAACUGUAGACUGAGAAUGGUGGAAACUCUUGACUUGGUCCUCCACCGUUCCUUGUUGCAGGAUCAUCUGGGCUUGACACUGGAAGGAUCAAAAAUGAUGUUGUAUCGAGCCUUUAUUGUGGUAUUUUGAAGUCUGCAGAGGUGGGGCAUGAGAGAGGUCUUGAGAAAUGGGAAAGGACUGAAAAGCAGGAAAUCUGGGUUGAUUCUGAGCACCAGCAGCUUCUGAAUCUUCCUACUGAUGUUGGGGAUCUGAAACAGGUUUCCUUUCCCUGUCCUGACAAGGUUAACAUGGCUGGCUAUGACUGAAGUAUUGGCACAUGCCAGUUCCUCAAAAGACACAUUGAGUGAAUUUAGAGUACACAUUUUGCAGCUAUCCAAGGUGCUCAUCUGCCUGAAUGUGAAAGAAAACAGCCUCACAGCUCCAUUCAUAUACAGUCGUACCUUGGAAGACGAACAGCCUAGUUCUCGAAACGUUUUGGCUCCCGAAUGAUCGAAACCCGGAAGUGAGUGUUCCAGUUUUUGAACGUUCUUUUGGAAGCCGAACAUCCGACGGGGUUUCCAUGGCUUCCACUUGGCUGCAGGAACUUCCUGCAGCCAUUCAGAAGCCGCACUUCAGUUUUCAAACUUUUGGGAAGUCAAAUGGACUUCCAGAACGGAUUCCAUUCAAUUUCCAAGGUUAGGUAAAGGUAAAGGGACCCCUGACCACUAGGUCCAGUCGUGGCCGACUCUGGGGUUGCGGUGCUCAUCUCGCUUUACUGGCCGAGGGAGCCGGCGUACAGCUUCCAGGUCAUGUGGCCAGCAUGACUAAGCCACUUCUGGCGAACCAGAGCAGCACACAGAAACACUGUUUAUCUUCCUGCCGGAGUGGUACCUAUUUAUCUACUUGCACUUUGACGUGCUUUUGAACUGCUAGGUUGGCAGGAGCAGGGUCCGAGCAACGGGAGCGACUGUAUAAUAUAGAUACUUUUCUUUUGUUCCUUAGUAAUGUUAAGAAUGAAUACAUGCAAUGGAAGAAUGUGCUGUAAUUGGCACAGUUCUAGUGAAAUGCACAGACACAUUUGAUUGGAAUGUGGUGAAUCCAAUGCAGUUUUCCCCAACACUGGGACGCCAAAUAUCCCCGGCUUGCUUGGCCAGUGAUGAUGGGAGAUGUAGUUGAAUAACAUAUGGGAACCCAAGUCUGGGGAAAUUGUGUGAAGGGGCUGCUAUGCUAGUACCGGGAAUGUUUUUUUUUCUUUGCAGAAGACCUUGCUAGCAUAAGGAAAUCUAGAGGGAGGGCCGAUCCUGGCAGUGUGGGCUAGGAGCACAGCCCUGCUCCUCAGUACUCCUCUGUUGCCCCUUUCAUACCUGUUCACAAACAGCUGCUUUUACAGAAGCUUCCAUGCAACCAGAAUACCCAGUUACGUUGGCAUCCAGGUACCAAUGGUUUGGGCUGCCUGUCGGUCAGUCUCUCCCUUUCCCUCUCUCCCCCUGCAGAUGGCCACACUGACACAUGGGUACCCCUAGAUCAGGGCCAAUUGCGGGCUGUGUGCCAGGAGCUGUGCCCUUAGGGCAGAGCUUUCCAGACCGUGUCGCGACAUGUUAGUGUGUCGGCUGCAGUGUGUAGGUGUGUCGUGCAAACGCUCCCUCCACUCCUCCCGGGGCUGGAAAAGGGUUAGUUUAACCUCCGGUUUGCUAGUAAAACUGAAUUACUGCAUCGCAAAAUGAUGCAUGUCUAAAUAGUGUGUCAUCAACAUGAGUGCCUGGAGGCAGUUGGAGGAUGGAUGGCGGCUAACAGAUUGAGGUUGAAUCCUGACAAGACUGAAGUACUGUUUUUGGGGGACAGGGGGCAGGCAGGUGUGGAGGACUCCCUGGUCCUGAAUGGGGUAACUGUGCCCCUGAAGGACCAGGUGCGCAGCCUGGGAGUCAUUUUGGACUCACAGCUGUCCAUGGAGGCGCAGGUUAAUUCUGUGUCCAGGGCAGCUGUCUACCAGCUCCACCUGGUACGCAGGCUGAGACCCUACCUCCCAACAGACUGUCUCACCAGAGUGGUGCAUGCUCUAGUUAUCUCCUGCUUGGACUACUGCAAUGCACUCUACCUUUGAAGGUGACCCGGAAACUGCAAUUAAUCCAGAAUGCAGCAGCUAGACUGGUGACUGGGAGUGGCCGCUGGGACCACAUAACACCGGUCCUGAGAGAUCUGCAUUGGCUCCCAGUACGUUUCCGAGCACAAUUCAAAGUGUUGGUGCUGACCUUUAAAGCCCUAAACGGCCUCGGUCCUGUAUACCUGAAGGAGCGUCUCCACCCCCAUUGUUCAGCCCGGACACUGAGAUCCAGCGCUGAGGGCCUUCUGGUGGUUCCCUCAUUGUGAGAAGUGAGGUUACAGGGAACCAGACAGAGGGCCUUCUCGGUAGUGGCGCCCACCCUGUGGAACACCCUCCCUUCAGAUGUCAAGGAAAUAAGCAGCUAUCCUAUCUUUAAAAGACAUCUGAAGGCAACCCUGUUCAGGGAAGUUUUUAAUAUUUUAUGCUGUACUGUUUUUAACAUUUGAUUGGGAGCCGCCCAGAGUGGCUGGGGAGACUCAGCCAGAUGGGUGGGGUAUAAAUAAUAAAUUAUUAUUAUUAUUAUUAUUAAGCUCUGCCUUAAGGCAUCCCUGCCCCAUCUUGCCCCUAACACAUGACUUUGAGGUUCAGGCAUGCCAUUUGAAUGGGGUGUGCAGCUGUAGAGCAUACAGUACAUUGGUCAUCCUCUGCAGUAUGUAGGAAUUUCAUGGGAAAUGGUUGGGAAUUUCUCAUGAAAUGAACUGAGGAUUUCUCACCCAACCAACUGAUGAAUCAAGUUUUCCCUGUAGAAAGUUUGAUUCUUUCUUAUGCAGCAUCCAAAAAGGGUUGACAUUGGAAACUGUGUCUACAGUAUAACGUGGGCAUUUCACAUAACAGAUCUGGGGCACUUUUGCCCUUUGCAAAUCACAAAUGUGUUUCCUGUGUGUACACUCUAUUGCACAUCAUAAAGCAUGAGCAAACAGGUCACCCACUUUUACAAGGCCAAAUCUGCAUAACAGGAUUUCAACAGGUGCCGUCAUGAACAAGGAUCCAGCCGCGUAAAUUGGGUUCUUCUCCUCCCCGCCCCCCAAUUUUCUUUGUCACUUUACUGAGAUAUUUAGUGUGGCCAAAGCACAGUCAUGUAUAAUUUCACAGUUUUCAGGAUGCUGAUGCGAAAGUAAGCAAUCAUUUUAACAGAGCCAUAUACUCUAAAUUCAGCCUUUUAGAUUUCUGCUUAGAGGUUUUUUUAACUUUGUACUUCUGCUAAGAGUUUAGCACUUUACUGUAUCACUGUGGACAUAAUUGGAGAAUGCGCAUGAUGGGAAGAAGAAUUUGAAUUAGCAAUCACUAAUAGUUUAAACUAUCUGUUACCUUCCUAAGGAAUCACAUUUGGCCACAGAAAAACAUUGCUUAGUUUCCUUGAUCUCGUUCGCUAACUUGUGUUUUCAUCUCACCUUCUUCCUGUCUGCAUAGUCUCUUUGUCUUUUGAAGUUUUGAUAUUUCAGUUUUCCCUGAAACAUUCCCAAUUUAGGGAUAUGUGUGUGUCAUACAUGCUUCUUAAAGGAAUUCAAUGCUCUUUUUAAUUGCUUCCAUACUCCCAAACCUUAGGGAAUCGUGUUUUUCAGACAUUCUCUUGUAACCUCAAGAGCUAGAAUGUAACUUUUUUAAAAAAAAAAUGAAAGCUGAGGUUCUUUUCUAAUUGCCUGCCUGGUGCCUGGGGCAUUAAUAAAAACAGCAGAUAUUGCAAUAGAAGUGAUAAUAUUGCAGCACUGAUUCCUAGGGCUUUGUAUUAUGCUUCUUAGUGCUCAUGUGGUCUCUGCCUUCAACAUCCACAAGGGUAAGGCAAAUCUCUCAUUGGCUUCCUAAAAGCUGCAAUUGAAAGUUAUCACCCGGGAUUUUUGCAGUGAUUGGUGUGACAGUCACAUGAAGCACAUGGCUGUCUGGCUUUCCUUUAAACAUCUUGCCCUUGUGCAUUUCACUUGAAGGCCACCUCCCAUUCAGCGAAGAGCACCGAUAACUGCUUGAAAAUGGGAUAUAAAACACGCACGAUUGGUUUGCACCAUUUAAAUUUCUGUAGCUAUAAUAAUUUAAUAAUAAUAAUAUUUAUUAUUUAUACCCGCCCACCUGGCUGGGUUUCCCCAGCCACUCUGGACGGCUCCCAACAGAAUAUUAAAAACACGAUAAAACAUCGAACAGUAAAAAAUUCCCUAAACAGCUUGCUAAAAACAUUAGGGGCCAGAUUCCAUGAAGUAGUUCCAACUAAGGUCUCCCGCUAGUGGAAUGGGACUUGCCACCCUCCUUGCUUUCUUUUCUGGGGGGACUCAGGGGGACGCAUACCCCUAAACAUUUUGUGAAUCUAAGUUUGGCCUCAUUGAGGGGCAGUAUUUCAAUAUGAGGAGGAAAAAGAGAGUACCCCUAAACAUGCAGGGGGAGGGGAGGAGAGGUUGUUCUGUUAGACAAGCAGAAAUCCUUGCUCAACUAUAACGUUUGUUUUAGUGCAAUACAGUCAUACCUCGGGAUAAAUGUGCUUCAAGUUAAGUAUUUCCGGGUUGUGCUCCGCAGCGACCCAGAAGUAACGGAGUGCAUUACUUCUGGGUUUUACCGCGUGCUCAUGCACUGACAGUCAAAAUGAUGUCACACACAUGCACAGAAGCGGCGAAACGUGACCCGUGCAUGCGCAGACGCGGGUUGCGUUCGCUUCAGGAUGCGAACGGGGCUCCAGAACGGAUCCCAUUCGCAUCCCGAGGUACUACUGUACUAAAUUCCUUGCUAGGUGUGUACCCAAGAUGUGCUAAGCAUGCUGCAAAAAUGGAUGGAUGUGGAAUGGGUGGAUGUGACCAGCAUCUGUUUCCAGACAUCAUGUGUAUCAUACUAAUAGACUUACAAGGAGCAGCUAGUGCUUGUGGAUCCCUAUAAAUGGUACUCUUCAAGCCAGGCCUAAGUUUACAGCUGCUUAUAUGUGUCUAGACUACCUGUGUUUCUUCCUUCGGUUUGGAAAGAUUUAAGAGAGUGCUUUUAUUGCAGCUGGUUUUAAGCAGCAGUUUGAGGCCUGAUGUGAAACUGACAUCCCACCCCCCAAAAGGCCAGUGUGUUGCUUCUUUGCUUCUUUGCAUGAGGCCAAGAAAAGCUCCUCCUGCUGCUCUUAACCAUGAAUCUUCCUCCCCUCCCCUUGUAAUAGAAAACUCAGGUGCUUGACUGGAGAUAAAAAUGAUUGGCAAUACUGAAUGGGGCUGCUGGGAAACGAGAGAGGAAGCGUAAGAAUGCUCAGAUGAACCUUGAGUUAUGCAGAAGUAAAAACAGCAACACAUUUCUUUAACACCUAAAGGGGCAACCCUUGCAAAGAAAAGCCCAGUGCAGAUUAAGCAGGCUGAGUCCAUGGAAUGUCAAAUCACAUCAACCCUGCCCAUUGCCAGUCUGGCUGGGGCACUGAAGUUCAACACCUUGGGGAAAGCACCAGUUCCCCAACCCUGUCUUAGACUUCACCACUGUCGAUCACACUCCACCCCCUGCUCUGUGAGGUUCCACCCCAGCCAUCUCAGGAUCUGAGCCUCAGAAGACCUGGUCUACAUACAGGCGGGGGGGGGGGUGGAGGCAGAAGAAGCUAAGGUUGGUAAGGAUCUUCCUCAAAGACAAGGUAAAGGUAAAGGGACCCCUGACCAUUAGGUCCAGUUGUGGCCGACUCUGGGGUUGUGGCGCUCAUCUCGCUUUAUUGGCCGAGGGAGCCGGCGUACAGCUUCCGGGUCAUGUGGCCAGCAUGACUAAGCCGCUUCUGGUGAACCAGAGCAGCGCACGGAAACGCCAUUUACCUUCCUGCCGGAGCGGUACCUAUUUAUCUACUUGCACUUUGACGUGCUUUCGAACUGCUAGGUUGGCAGGAGCAGGGACCGAGAAACAGGAGCUCACCCCGUCGUGGGGAUUUGAACCGCAGACCUUCUGAUCAGCAAGCCCUAGGCUCUGUGGUUUAACCCACAGCACACUGAGCUUUAACUUCUGGGAAGAGGGGGCAUUGGGCGAGGGUUCUCACCUAUGCCCCAGAAUGGUAGUUCCCACAGAGAGAUAGGAUCUCUACCCACCCCCCGCAAGCUGGAACAAUCAGGCGCCGACUUCUCAUUUCUCUUUAAGGAACCACAUUCUUCUUCAAACCCUGUCCAUCACGCCAUGCAGUGACUCUGGCAACGAAUAACAUCUAUCAACUUCUCUUUAUCUUGUAGCAGCUGUGCCACGUCAUUUAUCUUUAGGUGUCUUUUGUUCGGUAUCAAUCUUCACAGUACAAAUCUGUCUCCUCUUUUAGCUUGCUGCUUGCUAGUGUAAAGUGGAGCUAUGGUUUGGAUUUUGUUUUUUUACUAGAGGCUGUAGGUGUUCCUUCCCCACCAUUUAACGGGUCUUUGGUAUGAUGCACCAGUGAUACAGUGGUACCUCAGGUUACAGACGCUUCAGGUUACAGACGCUUCAGGUUACAGACUCUGCUAACCCAGAAAUAGUGCUUCAGGUUAAGAACUUUGCUUCAGGAUGAGAACAGAAAUCACAUGGCGGCAGCGGGAGGCCCUGUUAGCUAAAGUGGUACCUCAGGUUAAGAACAGUUUCAGGUUAAGAAUGGACCUCCAGAACGAAUUAAGUUCUUAACCCGAGGUACUACUGUAUUUGCCAAGGCUCAAGUUGGAUUUAGUGUACAGUGGAAAUAGUACCUGUUCUUAACCUGAGGUACCACUUUAGCUAAUGGGGCCUCCCAUUGCGCCGCCGCCGCACAAUUUCUAUUCUCAUCCUGAAGCAAAGUUCUUAACCUGAGGUACUAUUUCUGGGUUAGCGGAGUCUGUAACCUGAAGUGUCUGUGACCCAAGGUACUACUGUAUUUUUAAGUAAGGCUUUUGUUUUGAAGCACUGAGCCGGAAAACCUUCUUUAAAAAUAUGGCUAAUCUCUUAACUAUCUUUAGUGUUGCUACUGCCAACAAUUCCAAGUACCGUAUUUUUUGCUCUAUAAGACUCACUUUUUCCCUCCUAAAAAGUAAGGGGAAAUGUAUGUGCGUCUUAUGGAGCGAAUGCAGGCUGCGCAGCUAUCACAGAAGCCAGAACAGCAAGAGGGAUUGCUGCUUUCACUGCGCAGCAAUCCCUCUUGCUGUUCGGGCUUCUGAGAUUCAGAAUAUUUUUCUUCUUGUUUUCCUCCUCCAAAAACUAGGUGCAUCUUGUGGUCUGGUGCGCCUUAUAGAGCGAAAAAUAUGGUAGAUUGCAGAAAUUGGUGUAAUAGAGAUCUGCAAGAAAAUUGACAGAAAACUUUGUGCCAUUCCAGGUUACUUUGUGCAGAUCACUGGCAUACAUUAGCGCUUUCGAGCCCAUUCCAGACACAGUGAAUAUCUGUUAGGCAAAACGUAUCCUUGUAUUCCAUCACCAGGACUUCUCUGUUUUCUGAGCACUGCUAUGUUGGUUCUAGUAUCUAGCACGGAAUAUACAUUUCCUGAGAAUAUCACCAGCUUCCCUACUCAUAACAGGCUUAUAGCUUUGGUGGUUAUGGAGGAAAUAUGGCCCGUAACACUAGCAAGUUUCCUAGGAAAAUGGGAUUUGGAAAAUUUUCCUAUACAAAUUAGGAUACUUUGCAUUGGAAAACUUUCUGGGGCCCAAGAGUGCUUUAAUUUGCUGUGUUCGGUUUACAUGUAUUUAGCAAGCAGAGCUAGAAUGUUGAAGCUUGUCUAAUGUUAUAGUUGCAGUUGGCAUGCAUUCAUUGUGACUAAUGCAUUUAUGAAAUAAAAUUUCCCACGAAGAAACAGAUAAAGCACGUUUUACAAGUAAUGUUUUCUGGGGGGGGGGGGAAUAAUCACCCCACGUUGCUAACUAGCACACCCCAAAAGGUGGGCCUCUUGAACAGCGCAGUGAAAUGCAACAGAAAAAGCCAAGUGGGUACGAGUAGAAUUGGACAGAUGAGUCUUAAUGCAUUUCUGAAUGUUUUGUGCAAUGAAAGUUUCUACAGCAGAAUAGAAAGUUUCUAGUGCUUCACUGGCUGCCAGUAUGCUGGUGGAUCGUGUGUGUGUGUGUGUGUCAGUGGCAUAGCGUGGGUUGUCAGCACCCGGGGCAAGGCAAGUAAUUUGCGCCCCCUAACCCGUGGAUUUGCGCCCCCUAACCCUAACCCCCAGAUGUUGCGCCCGGUGCGGCCGGCCCCCCUGCACCCCCCACGCUACGCCACUGGUGUGUGUGUGUGUGUGUGAGAUUUUUUUAAUACUAAUAAUAGCAUGAAGCACUGUAAACACCAAAUAAUGAGUAGCAAUCACCAGGAAUAAAGCAAAAUACAGUCAUUUUACAGACACCUCAGAAAAUAAUAGCAGUGUGUUAAAUUAAAUCACCAAGCCAAAAAGAUGCAUGAGUCCCACAGGGUCUGGGUAAGAUGGUGCGUCAGGUUUAAGGUCUUCCACCUAGCAGUUCAAAAGCACACCAAAGUGCAAGUAGAUAAAUAGGUACCACUACAGCGGGAAGGGAAACAGCGUUUCCGUGCGCUGCUUAGUCAUUCUAGCCACAUGACCCGGAAGCUGUCUGUGGUCAAACUCCGGCUCCCUCGGCCAAUAGAUGAGCGUGCAACCCCAGAGUCGUUCACGACUGGACUUAACUGUCAAGGGUCCCUUUACCUUUACCUAUUAGCAUAUUUGGGACUCUGAACAACUUGGGACCGGAUUCCUUCAGGGAGGCCUUACACUUUUUUAUACCCCUGUGUGGUCACUUCUGCCCUUGCAAGAGGCCCUCUUAGUAGUUCUGUUUUCUCCCAAAGUUCACCUUACGCCUACUAAGAGCAGGGUCUUUUCUGUGGUAGCACCUGCCUUUGAGAAUAUGCUUCCAAUAAACAGCAGACCAGGCACCUUCCAUCCUGGCAUUUAUGCUCACCUGUUUACUCAAGGCUUUCACUGCAAGGUGAUCCAUCUAUGUUGAUACAGUAAUUUGAUACUCCAAUUUGCAAUGUAUUUUGAAUUUGUUUUAUGGACGCAACUUUUACUGUUUUAUGGUGUUCACCACCAUGGUGGUUUUUGUAAGGUUGACGGUAAUUUUUGCAAACAGAUAAAUAAUAAAACAACAGCACCUCCUUCUCAUGCCCCAUUUGGGGGCCAGGGUGGCGGUGUUAUGCCAACAAAUUUGUUUUAUAACAUAAGCUUGGCAACUGGAGAUCUUGUUUUUGUGUGUGUGUUUUUUUACUUGUGGUGUCGGACUGAGAAGGAAGAAGGUUAUGUAAGGUAUUUGAUGUUUUCCGGAGCAGCAAAAUUGCAUGUGAAGAAAGAAUCUCUGUAAUGCAUGAAGAAGCGUCAACUUGUAGCAAAGAGCAGGCGGAUGAGAAUUGGGGUUCAAAGGAGGACGGCCCUUCCUCAUUUUGUUUUGGAGAUAUUUUAUCUGUAGUUCUUCUCUAAUGGCACAGACGAAGUGUUAAAGACAGAAGAAUUCUGUGAACUGGAAGGCUAAAGAUAACUAUGCGUAUUUGGCUUCAUAUAAUUAAUUUGCAGAUGACCCGUGGGAAUGUGGCAGGUAGGUUGUGCUGCUUUCACAACAGUCUUUCAACACAAUCCCACACAGGUUUACCCAGAAUUUUGUCUUGCUGUGUUCAGCGGGUUUCAGUCACUAGUAAGUGUGCAGCCUAAUCCAAUAGCAGCUUCUCCCCAACGGUGGACAAGCCACAGGCAGCACCUGGGGAAAAAUACUGAUAUAUGAACUUCGAAAUCAUAGCAAUCAAAAUACAACAAAUUGUUUCAUUCGUUCCCACCUCCACUUGAUUAGCAUUGUGCUUUAAAAUGUAAGCAACCUCUUAAAAACUUCUUCUUUUUUAAUGGAUACUUUCUGUAUCCUGAAAAUAGACCCAGCCUUAUCAGAACCUUGUCUAGCCAUGGAGUGUGUUGGGGUUUUGUUCCUGUUGUUGAAAGCUGUAUCUUUUCCACUCUGUCCCGUUCUUUUUCCCUCCCCACCCGUCCAACCUUUUGAGUUCUCUCCCCCUCACCACCACCCCAUUUUUUAUUUUUUAAGGGAGAUGGCCUUGAGGAGGUGGUUUUGUGUUUCAGAAGCAGAAGGCAAGGCUUGACCAGCUGGUAUCUUGAACUGACACAGGUGCAAAGACCACAGGGGGUGGGAUACAAGAAUAAUUAUAGGUUUCUGAAGCAUCAGGCCUUGCCUCAAAGGGGGCUUGCGGAGAACUGUUCUUUAUGGAAAAUUAAUGACAAGGCUCGAAGUCUGUCAGGACCACUAUGAUUGUCAUAAGAGGAGUAAUGCCUUAAAGGGACAGCUCCCCCCCUUGCCCUCUCCACAGGAAGUUAGGAGACCAAACCCAGAAUUUUAAUGUCCAGGCAGUGGAGAAUUCAAAUGACUGGCGUUAGACAUAGCCUCCACACUUGCUAACCUAGGGAUUACGUGCUCUUAAGAGUUUUCUGUGCAGCAGAGAGUAAACCGACGCCAGGAAAAGAGAGAGAGAGAGAGAGAGAGAGAGAGAGAGAGAGGCAAAUAUUUCAGCCCUGUGAUAGAAAGAAGGAACAUCCUAAUACAGUAAGCCCUCAACUUACACAGAGGCAGCGUUCCAGGGAUAGCGCCUGAAGCCAAAAUCAAGUGUAGUCAAACCGUAUUGAGUGCAAUGGAGGGUGGGGUUGCCAAAGACUUUUUUUCUCCUCUGCUCAGUCCCGCUUUUCGUUUUGCUUGUUUGCCAGGCAUGUAAAGCUGAAUGCACACACGUUAAAUGUGCACCAGUUGCAUAGAAUACUUACUGAAUUCUACCGGGGGGGCGGGGGAGUGGACCUUACACUGGUUUGUAUGUUAUAGCAACUCCUAUUCUCUGGGUGUUUUUCCUUGACUACUCAGCAUUGCGUGGGAAGGCUAAAAUGUAAAAGGCUGGCCUAUAUAAAUGGACAGCACUUUCGAUAUCCCACUUUUCUGUCCCGGUGGCCUGGCAUUUACACCAACAGCCAGCGGUUCCGAGCAGAGCCUCAAGGAGCUUUCCCUGCUGGUUCCUCUUGCCCUGCUGAAAGGAGCUAGGAGCCACUGGGCCGAAAGCAACCUGGUUUGCACUGCAGAGCCCUUCCUGUGCCUUUCGCCCCACAAAAAGUAAAGCUUCCCCUGUUUGGCACAGAGGUAUUUGUGCCAGGACCCCAGAGAAGAUGCAACUGCAGCCUGCGAAUAGUCUGCUUGUGUGCUAAGCAAACAUUUUGGGUGGAUCGGGGAGGGGAAGGAAUUUGACUGACUGUGGUGCAGCCUCCUAACGUUUGGGGGUUGGUUCACAAGUGGUUGCUCCUGGGGUUGCUAGGCAACUGGAAAGGGCCUCUGCUGUCCUCCAUCUUCCUCCCAGAAUGGAGAAGUGGCACUUGUAGCUGUUAUUCUGUAGGGAAAUUCAUAGAACUGUGGAAUUGGAAGGGAUCUUGAGGGUCAUCAUGUCCAACUCUCUGCAAAGCAGGAAUCUCUUACCCAACAUGGGUCUUUGAACCAACCCACCCUGAAAUGAAAAGUCUUGUGCUAUACCGACUGAGCUAUAGCACAGCAGAUAAUUUAUUUCUCCUUUCUUUUCUUAUGACUGUUUUGGCCUAUCCAUAUGUUUCCGCCAAUUAGGGAAGGGAUGGGGCAGCUGUGGCCCUCCAGAUAUUGCUGAGCUACACUUCCCAUCAUUCCCUUUGGCCUUGCCAAUGAUGGGAAUCGAGUGGUACCUGGAGGGCCAUGGGUUCCCUAUCCCUGUUUCUGUCUUCUGUUUCAAGGCAGUGGCAACUGUUGGAUUGGGUGAUCUAAUGACGUCUUCCUUCUCUGUCUGCAGACAUGCCUUGAGCUGGAACGCUACCUUCAGACGGAGCCCAGGAAGAUAUCUGAGAGCUUUGGUGAUGACUUGGACUGUUUCCUCCACACUGCCUCCGCUCAAGACACAGAAGACACCAUCCAGCAGCCGGACCCCCUCUUGUUACCUGUAGACAUGAGUCCUUGCGACAAGAAUUCCAACAUGGACGUUAUCGUCUCGCGGGACAAACUCUUGUCCGAGACUUGCCUCAGCUUGCAGCCUACCAGCUCCUCCACAGAGGGCUAUACUGCCGUUAACCAGGCCCAACUCAACGCAGUGACCUCACUAACGCCUCCCUCCUCCCCUGAGCUCAGUCGCCAUCUUGUAAAAACCUCACAGACUGUCUCCGCGGUGGAUGGCACAGUUACGCUGAAGUUAGUUGCAAAGAAGACCGCCCUCAGCUCUAUAAAAGUCGGUGUGGUAGCACCGGCCAGCACAACAAAGUGUGCGCUUAGUGAUAGCGAGCAAGGAGGGACGGGGGCAGAUGCUUUGCCGGAAAACAAGAAGAGGGUUCAUCGCUGUCAGUUUAAUGGGUGCCGGAAGGUUUAUACAAAGAGCUCACACUUAAAAGCGCACCAGAGGACUCACACAGGUACUUACGUUGGAUUCUUGGGUCUCGUGCUUGUUUGUUUGUUUGUUUGUUACGUUCAGAGUUGGAAGUCCCUAGAUGAGAGUUGUCUAUUGGAAGAUGGUUUGGAGCAAUGUGUUCCAUGUGUUUCUGAAGUGGGGGGUGGGAAUUUGCUAUCUGAGUAUGACCUUGCUUGCGUGGAAGACCCCUGAAAGAGUCUCAGGUUUCCCUGCAUUUGGUACACGUUUCAGAAUUCCCCCAAAACACUGGGGAUGCAAAGCCUGUGUUCACAUGUAAUGCUAUGCCACAUCUUCUGGUUUACUGUCAGCAAGCAGCAUUUGCAAGACACGAUCUUCAAGCGAACAAAGCAACCAGGGCUUCAACCAUGAUUGUGAGUUUUUAGGUAAUGGAAAGCCAAGGUUUGCUGGUUUGUUUACCCCACACAUGCCAGGGGAGGAGCAAAGUGAGAGCAUGCUGGGAGCACAUUGUUUGUGGAAUCUGGAUUACUGUUACAUGCAAACACGGCCAAUGGGGUGCACAGGUCAUCGGAUGUGAAAAGCUUUUUGCUAUUUGUUUGAACCAUCUAGAUUUCCAUAUCUUGGUCACAGAAAGCACCUCCAAGUAUAGCAUAUAUUCUCUCCGUGAAUGAUGCGGAUUAAUGUAGCAGGAUUAAUGCACUGUCAAUGCUGUUAGCUCGAGGGGGUGAGUGAAUUGGCUUUAUUUCACACCUGGUUUAUGAGUCUGGCAGUUCUUUGAUGGAAUGAGUUGAGGACAGAAGAGUGGGCUGGAUUCUAAUCAGUUUAGCUUUGUAAUGGUCGCAUGCAUUUCAAGUGGUGAAGUCUGUGAACUAAUAGGAUUCUGUAAAAAACCUUGAGGGAAACGGCUUUAGUCCCAUUGUCAAAAGAAAUGUAAACUUCGAAAGACCUGCACCCUGGUUCCCAUCCCAGAAACAGUUGACGUCUGGACAGCAGACUCAGCAAACACACAGGUCACAGACUUUCCCACUGGGCUGAGACAUACUGUAUUUCUGUUUAAACUAUAGUGAUUAUUUAUAAAGGUGCAUAUAUGUGCUUAGGUUGGUAGUUAAAAUGACACUUCUCAGUGUGCUUAGAAAUGUCACUUGUGCCGGGAUCAAGGAAUUUUUCUGGGCGGUGGUGUUUCUAUGCCUUUGAGCUGGGGCUUCCUCUCAGUAUCUUAAGAGUACUUUAAAAAAAAAAGGUUUCAAAUAAUUGCAAAGAAACACCCCAAAACUUGAGAUGUGCCCUUUCCUAGGAAUAAUUUUGUGCUGUUGAUUUUGCAUCAUCAUCAUUACCAUGCCAUCACACUUGUAAAACACCACCCCCUUAAUUCUUUCCAGAGUAAUCUUGCAAGGUCAUUGCUUCUUCCCAUGCUCAGAUGUGGCAGCUGACAUAGAGUGUUUUGCCCAAGGCCACAGAUACCUAUGGCUGACCACAGGUUUGAAUCCAGGUGUCCCAGUCAGAGUUUAGUUUUUUGUCUAGCAAAUUGUAUCCCCUUCGUGUAGAGCUUUUCACUGUGUGAACUACAGUGGUACCUCGCAAGACGAAAAACUCGCAAGACGAAAGAGUUUUUGGUUUUUUGAGUUGCUUCGCAAGACGAAUUUCCCAAUGGGCUUGCUUCGCAAGACGAAAACGUCUUGCAAGUUUGUUUCCUUUUUCUUAAAACCGUUAAUACCCAGGGUGCAUUGCUUCGCAAGACGAAAAAUUUGCAAGGCGAAAAAACUUGCAGAACGAAUUAAUUUCCACUGUACAUCACAUUAGAAAUAAAUUUAGACAUUCAAGGAGGCCCAAGGUAUAAACCUCUAGCUGAACUCUACAGUCUUAGUAUGCACAAUGUGGAUUGCAAAAGUCCUUGUGUCAGAAUUUCUCAGUGGAAGAAGGGAGAAAAUGACAUAUUGAAAUGAGUGAGCUUUUAAACACCCAGUUCUCCAUAAGCUCUUUCCCCUCUAAAUAUUCGGAUUACAUGAGUUGAGCUAUCCCGUCUUCUUUCUCUACACUCUCUCUGCUCUCAGAACAUUUCUCAAAAUAAUUAUUCUGCAAUUGAUUAAUGUCUCUGCUCUCUUUCUCAGCUUUCCUCAUGAGGAUGAUACACUUCCAUGACUGCUGUGCUAUUUUUUGCUUCUAAAGGAACUGCUGAGUCAGUUUCCUCAAUUUUGCUGUUGAACAUGCAGUCUUUGAUGAUAAUGCCACCAUGCCAUUAACAUGUCUUUAUACAAGAGAGGUUUCCACCCUUAUAAAGAUAAAUUUCCUGGACUAGUAGAAAUUAAUAUUAUGCAGAGGAUUUUCAAAGACUGAAGUAUUCGCAGUGGUGUAGAGUUUCUGCAUUGUGGUGGCUUUAAAUCACCCUUUGUUCAAGGACCACCUUGGCCACAUGCUUUCCAUGUGGUGCUGGGGAAACUGUGGGUUCCUUUCCAGCAGCACACCAAACCAUGGUUUGCUCUAAUAAUAAUUUAAAAUCCAAACUAUUAGCAAAAUGAUGCUCAUAACUAUGUUUUGUCAGUUUGGACAUCACACCAAAGUGCUCAUCAUGGAGCUGGGAGUUGAUGGCAUGAUGGGAGUUGUAGUCCAACAGCAUCUGAGGGCUAGUGGUUCCUCAACCCUGGUGUAGAUGACUGAACUAGGUGGACCGAUGGUCUGAAUCCAUAAAAGGCAGAUUCUUGUGUUCCUAACGUAAAGUGAAGUGCUCUGAACUCCCUAAAGUGCUAUAUAAUCCAUGUUUAGUAUUAGUGCCUCUCAUGCCACUGGAGCUAAUAAUUUCAGUUUACUCAUAAGUUGUAGAUGAGCACUGUUAUCUGAUUGUGGCACACUUUGGUCCAUCAGCUUAGGUUGAUAUUUGAAUGGUCUGGUGUGAGAAGAGCAAGGGGGUUGGGUUUCAUGGACAUUUGGUGAGUCUAGUUUUCAAACCUGAUACUGGUCAGAUCGAGACUUCCUGGCAGCAGUCAACUAGCAGCGGAAAGCUGUGUCAUGUUCUAGGUCAUCGGGAGGCAGCCUUCAGACAUUCAGGACUAGAACUUCUUUGAACAAAAGGUGAAACCAGGUGUAAAAGAAUGACUUCGGGGAGUGGACACAUCCUUGAAAUUAAGGUUCUGGCAUGAUUCCUACUGAGCUUGUGCUCAGAAGUAGAAUCAGUAUUUAGUUUCAGAACUGAACUCCGUCUUUCCUGGCCCUGUUCUAAACUUUGUUCAUUUCAUUUAGUGAGGCGAGAUGCUUUUUGUAGCUUUCAGUUGGGAAUUUCCCUUGCCAUUCAAAUGCAAAUCACCCAGAUAUCUACCAGUGAAUCCCAAUCUACCUUCUGACCCCCCCAGCUCUGGGCCACACCUUUCAGCCUUGAACAAAUUCACCGGAAAGAGAAAGAAGGUCAGUGGCUAUGUGCAGGAUAUAGCCCUCCUAUACGUGUUGUCCCUAACACCUUCACAUGCUAGAUACAUAGAAUGAAGCACCCUCUCACCUCGCUUGUGUAGUUACAUUUCUGGACCUGAUCACUAUUGCAAAUGAGAUACUGGGCUGGGUGGGCCCAGAAGUCUGACCCAGAACAGCUGUGCUUAUGUUUACAUGGCUUGCCUUUCUCAAUCUGCACCGUCUGAUCCCUCUCGACAAUAAAGCUAGCAUUACUUAUGCAGGAAGAGAGCUAAAUUGCCUCCAAAACCAAAAUAGGAAGUAUUAAAGGGGUGUGGUUUGGAAAUUUUGGGGUGUAUUGUCAGGAUCCUAAGCACACGUACCCAAGAUUACAGCCACGGAGCAGUUAUUUUGCUGGGUCCUUUGUCUUUCCACGCAGCCGUAGCUUCUUGGACCCAUCAUCAGCGUAAUACACUGUCAAUUGUGAACAUGCUUGGCAGUGCCAAUGGCUGCCAGCCACUUGGCUCAGUUGACAGCUGAACUGAAGGUCUGAAAAGAUUGUGAGAUAUUAUUUUUCCCUUUGGCUGCUGGUAGCGCUCUCAUGUGCAGGAGAAGAGGAGGCUCUGUGUGGCUUAAUUGCUCCGCAUCUCUACAAUAAAACAGAAAGACAAAGGCUUCUCUCUCCUUGAACAUAAGUGGAUGGGUUUCUUCUGCCAUGCAGUGUCUCAAGCAAUCAUCUUGCAAACUCUGGUGGAUGGAUGAGAUUUGCUGUAGGGCGGCCUUGGGGGUGACCACAGAAUGCACCCUUGAUUUUGCCUGUGAAAAAUUUUGCCUGACUGCAAAGUUGACAAUCUCUGUGCAGGGGGAAGAAAGCAAAGCACAAAACACCUGGUCCCUUGCUGUCGAGGGGACUGAAGCAGGCAGAAGGAGAGGGGAGAGGACAGAGAGAAGGGAGGGUUUCCCCACUUGAUUUGAUUUAUUAUAUUUCUGUGCUGCUUUUCAUUCAAAUGAACCUCAAAGCGGCUUACUGACAGCAAAGAACGAUAACCCAACGGAACACAGUAAAACAUCACAAAUACAGCUUAAACCAUAUAGAAGGAAACAAUGACAAUCUAUAAAACACUGUCAACAAUUUAAAAAAAUAAGCUGAACAUCACAAUUAAAGCAAAAGUCAUAUUAUAUGAUUAACAAAUCAACACAGCAUUUAUACCGUAUUUUUCGCCCUAUAGGGCACACCGACCCAUAGGGCGCACCUAGUUGGGGGGGGGGAAUAAAGGGGGGGGAAAGGCCCGAGCUUCCCCCGACCCAAGCCCCCAAACAGGCUGCUGUCCGCAAGCCUUGGGAGCCCGGUAGGAAGCCCCGCCGGGCUCCCAAGGCUUGCGGAGAGCUGCCCGAAGCCCGGGGUGUGCUCCGCUGCGCUCCCCAGGUUUUGGGCUGCAGGCUGCUGUCCGCAAGCCUUGGGAGCCCGGCGCACCGACCCCUCUCGCUCUCCAGGCUUCAGCGAAAGCCUGCAUUUGCCCCAUAGGACGCACACACAUUUCCCCUUCAUUUUUGGAGGGGAAAAAGUGUGUCCUAUAGGCAAAAAAUACAGUAAUCUAUAAAGCAAUGUUAACAUUCAGAAAAUAGCAAUCAGAAAAUAAGCUUAAGCGCUGUUAAGUUCAUACACACCCUCUCCACACCCCUAUGACUCGUAAUCUUCCGCUCUGUUAAAACGCAGACACACAUAGCUCAACGGUAGAUCAUGUUGUGCAAACCAAGGGUCCAAGGUCCAAGGCAGGGCUCCCGAGUGACUCACAUCUGAAACUGGUGUGCCACUACCAAUCACUAUGGGCCAGAUGGAUCCAAGGUCUGACUUUGGCACGAGACACAGUUCCCUCUGAAUAUUGUGAUUUCUGGCAUAUGAAGAGUUUGGAAUGCAACUGUUUGGUGGAGCCACUGUGUAGGGAAAGGAGUUGAAUUCAGCUGAGCAGAACCAGAAGCAGAUCCUUCUUUUUAAUUAUUUUGUUGGUCUCAGUUAACUGAAGGGGUUUUUUUUAAAAAAGUGGUGGUGCUAAUUUAUGUUGCGCCAAGGAGACGUUGCUAAGGACGAACGUGCAAAAAGGUGGGACCAGAUUUUGGCCCGGAGUAAAAUGGAGAAGUCGCUUGUCAUAUGGGAAAAGAUGUGCGAAAGAGCACUCUGGGUGGCAGGGGAAAGUGAGGUCUGCAGUUGAGAGAAAGAGCACCUAUUUCGUGGGUGUGAGGAACUGAAAUAGAACUGGUACUUAAUUGACUGGGGGCAUAAAUCUAGCUUUAACACAUUUGCCCCCUGUUUUAAUUGCAUGGCAGAUACUUCUGCAAGCAGUGACAGUUUGGCUUCUUGGGGGGUGGGGGGUGGAAGAGAAUUUUCCAGCCCCCUCUCAGCAAAUGCCACUGAAUCAAGUGACAGAAGGAGAGCUAAUUUAGGUUGAACAAAAGCAAAAAAAAAUGUAAUUCACAGAGUAUAAAUGUGUCAUUGUCUAAGAAGGGAAGCAAGAUAUUUUGAUGGGGAAAUGUGCCUUAAAAAUUAAAUGAAGACCCUUCUAUGGAAGGGUUAGUUUGGCUCGAGCCUCAAUUUGAAUCCGAAAUGAUGCUUAGAGCAGCACCUUGUAGAGACUUGCAGUGCUUUUGUUGCAGAAACAAAUGGAAUGGGGAAGCUGCUUGGGGCCCAAGCUUCGUCUAUUCAGAAGCAGCACGAGGUGAUGGCAGAGUGGGGUGACUGAUGCAACAGGGAAGCAACCCUGGGUCAAGAAAGAGUUAAUGGCAGCAAGGAGGGGCAGGCAGGGGAGGGCAGUCAGCUGAGCCCCAGGUGAGGCAGGCCUGUCAAGAUGGUUGAUGAGGAGCCUUAUCCUGUUGGGAUCUGGAAUCCAGAGUGACCACCUAGGGAGUCCUAGCAGGGGAUGGGCGCCUGAAGAUGUAAAAAAGAGAGAGAGAAUGGGGAGUAAAGGGGAGGUAACAAACAUUAAUGGCGUUUGUUAAAAUGGCAUAAAUUAUGCAAAGGAACCAGGCCUUGGGCUCAGUUGCCAACAUCUAUGAUUCCUUGAAGAUGAAAGGGACUUGGGGGUUUUUUUUUUGCUUCAUUUUAACUCACACGGCGGCUCAAGCAGCAUAACUAAUUCCAAUAAACUUUGGUGCAAACGCAGUGCACUUUUGAAAUGGCUGUGAGGAAAAGGCAUCCUUGAUGGGAUGCAGAAAAAUGACUCAGAAUUGUUGUGCGGAUUUUAUGCCCUGCAAACCUGUAUCUUUGCACUAGGGCACUUCCCUCCUUAAGUGCUCAGAGAGGCAUGUGUUGAUGGUCACACCAACAAAAUGUCCAUUAAAAAUGGGGGGGGGGUGAAGGGGCCGUUGUUGGUAGGGCUUACCUUCCAUGUGCAUAAGGCCUCACAUUAAAUUCUUGGCAUCCCCAGUUUUUUAAAGGCACACAGAGCAGAUGGUGGGAGAGCGUUCUCUCUGCCCAAGACCCUAGAGAGCUGAGUAAACAAGACUCGACUAGAAAGACAACUAGGACUCAGCUACACAGCUUCAAAUAAAACAUUUAAAUUGUGUUUUGAAUGCAAUAUACAAUGUGACGCUAGAUAGCAAUGGUGAGUCUUAUGGAAAAAUUCAGUGUGGUUUGUUAAAAAAAACAACGCUUAAAAAGAAGAAACAUUUUCAGAACGGUUUUUAUUUGUGUGUAGAUUGCACCCUACUCUGACCAUGUUAGGCAAAUAAAACUGAUCAAGAGUUUUGGAUUGGGGAGAAUAUAUUCAUGGGGCCGAGACCAGCUCUUUGGGAGUACCAGUGGCUGCCAAGAAUGUGCCGUAAUGGGGCAAAGAUUCUGAACUGCAGUGCGUCAGAUGCCUCUGGUGAGCAGCGCACAGUUGCUUCAUGAUUUAGGGAGCCACAUUUGAACAAGUUUCCUGCUAUGUGUAUUAUUCUGUGCAUCAAUCUAGCGUGUUCAAUAUGGGGCAGUGGAUACUGUUAACCCUGCGUAGCAACCUCGCCAUAUUGGUAAUAUUUAGUCCUUUGUGUUCGGUCUGAUGAUUGCAUUUUUUCAGACACAGAUCCACAAAAUACUGGUAUCUGCUUUUAAUGCUGUGCACUGCUUGCUAACAGACAAGGUCAUAAAUAGACUUCUGUUGGAUAAAAUGAAAAGAAAAAUGCAAAAUCAUAUAAAAAUCUAUAUUCUGGCUUUUUUUGUGCCUACGUGCUACUCAGGGCAGUUAACAAUUGAAACCUAUCACAACAUACCAUAAAAUUCCUCCUCAAAUGCAUUAUAAUAAAAUCAGAGACAACUGCAGUGAAUAAGAUGGACAUCAGAUAAAAAGCAUAUCUAUCCAAUAAAACAGACGCUUGCCUAAACAGGAAGGUUUUUGCCGUGUGGCAAAACAAUGUAAGAGUGGUGGUCCAAGCUAGCGGUUACCAUAUUGCAAAUGAUAUUCUAAGAAAAGCUUAUACGGUGGGCUGAAAUAUCGACGUCUCCCCGCUCCUUAUUUGCUGGUUUUGCAGCUGUUGGCUUGUCAUAUAUCCAGAGCUCUUAGUGCUAAAGUGAAGUUGAAACUAAAAGCUCUUAUUACUUUUUUUUUUUUUUUAAGUUCUCCUAACCUCUCCAGGGACAAAAUAAUAAUAAUGGCAAUUUAAAGCAGCAGAGAGUUGUCAAUUAGGGCAAAAGAAAAGAAAGUAAUGGUUUGAAUGAGGGGUUGGGGGGGGGGGAGAAAUGUGAGGGAAGAGUGUGUCGCAGACAGACUUUUGCAUCCUGUUGCUAGGAAACCACAUCAGCAUUAAAUACAGUGUGCUAAUUGGCUAGCUUGUCAGUGCCUGGGUACCAGCCUGGGCCUGCUACACAGCUGCUUCUGCUGUCUGGUUGCUAGGCAACUGCAUCUUCUCUCCCCCCCCCUUUUCUUCUGGCACCUAAUUGUCUACUUUUGCUGCUGGUGUUGCUGCUGGGUACCAGUCUGGGCCUGCUGCUCUGCUGUUCUCCCGAGGGGCUGAGUUGGAGGGGGGGGGGGAAGGAUAUGUCAGCAAUUAAUGGAGCAGAAGGGCACAUUCUACAGAAGGCCUGGCACCUGUGUCUCCUAAUUCUCCCUCCACCCCCAACAAAAUCCUUCUGUUCUUAAUGCACAUCAGGUGCCUUAGCAGCUUCUUUUUCUGCUAAGCUUACAAGAACAGGCUUUUAAAAGGAAUUGGAAUUGAGGAAGCUUUGUCCCUUUCAUGAAGUGACUAGCAGGGGAAGGAUAACGUACCUUUUCUCAGUGUGCGUUGUGUCAGUGGGCUAGACGCAAUGAAUCGUUGCUUUCCUGCAUAUGGGCUUGUGGGGGUGUGUGAUAAUUGAGUGCGGGUAGCUUAAGCCCUCUGAGACAUUUUACUCUUGCUAAGAAGCAUUCUUUACCCGUGUUGAGGGAAGAGUCUAUUUUUCCUUAUUUCGUUCUCCUUUUCAUGCUUCACAUUAUAUGCAGAAUGACACGUGAAGGUUGUCACGGACACUUAAGUGACAGAGCCACUUAGGAUGUGGUUCGCCGUUGAUGUGGGUAAAUUGAUUGAAACAGCGCCUUUUCAUUCCUUAAAUGGGAACGACCGGUAGCUGCCACACAAGGGGCUGCCUGUCUCCACUCAGACGUGCGCAUUGACCAUUCCAUGGCUGCAGCAUGAAGCAGUGACUGGUGUGCUGCGAGCUCUCACAAAUCCAAUUCCCACAGAAAGGAUAGCAUUCUGUCCCCUUACGUAGAGUUUUUCAGUGGAGUCGAUUCACUGAAAUGUUGAGUGAUCAAAUAAUGUGUGAAUUAACCCCAAACGUCAAAGGGAGAUUGGCUGCAGCAAGGCUUUGUACCCGUGCUGAAGGGCUCAGAGAAGGUGAUGUAUUGGGAUCCUGCCCCCAUCCCCAGAAGGAGUCCUGGCUUUCUAUGGUUACGAUGUUCCUGCCACUUUUAUAAAUUGCAAGGUCCCACAAAGUGUUGUUGUUUAGUCGUUUAGUUGUGUCCGACUCUUCGUGACCCCAUGGACCAGAGCACGCCAGGCACUCCUGCCUUCCACUGCCUCCCGCAGUUUGGUCAAACUCAUGCUGGUAGCUUCAAGAACACUGUCCAACCAUCUCGUCCUCUGCCGUCCCCUUCUCCUUGUGCCCUCAAUCUUUUCCAACAUCAGGGUCUUUUCCAGGGAGUCUUCUCUUCUCAUGAGGUGGCCAAAGUACUGGAUCUGUCCUUCCAGUGAGCACUCAGGGCUGAUUCUAUUUAGAAUGGAUAGGUUUGAUCUUCUUGCAGUCCAUGGGACUCUCAAGAGUCUCCUCCAGCACCAUAAUUCAAAAGCAUCCAUUCUUUGGCGAUCAGCCUUCUUGAUGGUCCAGCUCUCACUUCCAUACAUCACUACUGGGAAAACCAUAGCUUGAACUAUAUGGACUUUUGUUGGCAAGGUGAUGUCACAAAGUGAUCCCACAAAGUAGCAUGCUUGAAAGGAGAAAAGGCAUUUUCUGGAGUAGAAUUCAGAGGGCUCGGUUCAUAAUAUGGGUUACCAGCAGGAUGAUGCAGAGUUCUUAACAUUCCUGUUUUGUAGUCAUUCAUGCCAUUCAUUGGGAACUUUGAAUUCAGAACAGCCUUUCAGGCCAGUGUUAAGCAUGGGAUGUUGGUGCUAAAUCUGCCUUCAAUGGGCAUUUUUGUGGCUUUCGGUGCCAUUGAUCUGCCUGUCAAGUCUUUCAACUAGAGGCUGUGUGAUAUUCCAUCUCAGGUAGGCGUUUUGAUUCUACAAAACUGUGUGGGAGCAAAUACGUUGACGGAAAGGAUGGUCGCAAUGGUGGUGUGCUGCUUUUCAUCUCACACGUCUGCCAUGUUUCUCUUCUUCAUUUUUCAGAUUAAUGUGCAUGCGUAAAUUGCUGUUGAUGGUGUUUGUCAAAAUGGUACCGUACACCAUUUCUCUCUCUAAAUAGGAAUGGUACAGUACCCCAGCCACCUUAGUAAUGAAUUGCACUUUUUCUUACCUGAUGAAAUCAACUAGAGGCACAUUCAACAAUGAAAGAAUCUUAAAAGAAACCAAAACAGAUUUUUCUAGUAGUUUCACUGUGACUGGUUCAAGAAUGACACACAUACUUUAUGCUUGGGUGAUAUUUUCUCUCUCCCAAAUAUCUCUCUCUUUUAAACAGCUGUAUCUGUUUGUUUGUUUGUUUGUUUGUUUGUUUGUUCUCUCUUUGUCUAAAAAACAACAAUUUGUUCCAUCUAUGAACCCUACUUUUACAUAAUGUGUUUUAAGAUUAAAUGCAAGUCCCGGGGGAUUUCACAUCCAGGAUAUUAGAGGGAAUGAUUGCAUCGUCAAUCAUUAACUUACUAGUACUGUGAAAAGGUGAAAUUAUUUCCAUUUCUAGCUUUUGGAAAUGGAAAACACCAAGGUUAUAACAUAAAACUGCAUACAUUCAGAUUUUUAAAACUCAGCUGUUUGUUGAAUUUGUUUAUAAAUCCAUUUAUGGCAAAAGCUCACUUCACAGGGUUUGGGCCAAGAUAUAAAUCUGUCAUGAGUAUGAAUGUUAAAUAUAUUCUGGGGCACAUCAAACUAGAAUAACCUUAAUACUUCAAGAUAAUUUGGAGCAAUUUUAAUUUAUAGGGCUUCCAUUUUGUUACAUUGGAAAGACAGUCUUCCCUCCACCCCUACGUUGGCACGUAAAUGCGUCAAACAAGCCAUAGUUCGGCUUGUUGUGUCAUCCAAAAGUGGACUGUGGUUUACUUCAAAACCUAGAAAGCCAGAAAUAAACGAAGAAUUCUAAGGACUGUGCAGGCAGUCACAUUCAUGAUUAAACUAUGGUUUAUUACAAACUUUGGUUUAUUGCUGCAUAUGAACACGACUCUUACCGAUAAGGCAGGUGAGUAUUAUUUCUGCGUUGCAGGUAGAAGGUCUGUGCUGGGCUCUUGAGUGAAGCAGAGAUUCAAACUGAGAUUGCCUUAGCUGGCUGAGUAUCUUAGCUGUUACACUACAGCAUGUGAUGCCCGGCUGAGAUCACAGUGAAUCACGAGGGGUGUUAUGUAUCUCCGGUGCUACUUUAUCUCUUCUUUAAUGUCUCCUUUUAAUUGAUUGUUUGUAUACGUAUUAGCUAUUUUUGUGACCUUUGUUGGUUUAUUUUGUUCACUAUCUUGAACAAAAGCAGUAGCAAGUAAAUGACCUAAUAGUGGGGGUUUUUAGGUGUGUGUGAUACUCAGUCCAGGUCAGGCUACGAGAUCACUUUGAUCUGAAAAGUGCUCUUGUUUUGGCACCAAAAAGAGUCUGGUCUGGUGAGUGGAGGAGGAGGAAGAGCUGUUUAACACAGAGUCUCCAUGGCACUUUACUGUCUGCUAGAAAAAAGCAGCAUUAAUCUUGAAUUUUCAACAACUGGAGCUGCCUUAUACAGAAUCAGACCAUCAAAUUCAGUAUUUUUCACUCUGGCAGUAGCUGUACAAGAAAUCUAGUUGAGGGUCUCUCCUCGCAGUCCUGCUGCCUACAGACUAACUGGAGAUAAAAAGAUAAAGGGUAAAGGGACCCCUGACCAUUAGGUCCAGUCGUGGCCAACUCUGGGGUUGCGGCGCUCAUCUCGCUUUAUUGGCCGAGGGAGCCGGCGUACAGCUUCCGGGUCAUGUGGCCAGCAUGACUAAGCUGCUUCUGGCGAACCAGAGCAGUGCAUGGAAAUGCCGUUCACCUUCCCGCCGGAGUGGUACCUAUUUAUCUACUUGCACUUUGACGUGCUUUCGAACUGCUAGGUUGGCAGGAGCAGGGACUGAGCAACGGGAGCUCACCCCGUCACGGGGAUUCGAACCGCCAACCUUCUGAUCAGCAAGUCCUAGGCUCUGUGGUUUAACCCACAGCGCCACCUGCGUCCCGUGUCCACGUCUCAGGUAUCUGGAGAUACCUGAGAUUAAAUCUAGGCAUAUGCUCUGAACUUAAUGUUCUUCUUUUACCAGAAAGCUACAGAUUGUGUAUGGAUAUGGAUAGAAAACAACUGCGUAGAGGGUUCCCCCUUUUUAAAUAAUUUGUUUAAUUUUGUUAAAUAAAUACCCGAAGAGCCUUGCAUUUUGGAAACUUGUGUCCUUGCUUGUCCUGCUGUGCUCAUGCAGAGGUGGAAAGCUGGGCAGGCAGAGUUGGUUAGAAAAAAAUAUAUCUGUAGAAUAGCAGUAAUGAUGAGCUUGCUUCUACAGAGUUGUUGGGAUGGUAAACACAAUCUUCAAAGCUCUUUUUCAAUUGAAAGCACAGAAAUUAUAAAUAGAUCAGAGCCGCUUCAGUUCUAAACAGGUGGCUGUAGGUGGAUAUUAUAUGAAAGUAAGUUGCCCUCUUUUAGCUUCCUGAUUUUAUCCUGCAACAGCUCAGAAAAGUAGUACAGUACGUAAAAAAGCAAGAAUAGACGUUGAAUGUUCAGCUCCUAGUUUGAAUUCAACCUAGGCCCUUCAUGAAAGCAACUGCUUCUUUUGCAAGAUGCUACAGAAUGGGACACGGGUGGCACUGUGGGUUAAACCACAGAGCCUAGGACUUGCCAAUCAGAAGGUUGGCGGUUCAAAUCCCCGCGACGGGGUGAGCUCCCGUUGCUCGGUCCCUGCUCCUGCCAACCUAGCAGUUCGAAAGCACCUCAAAGUGCAAGUAGAUAAAUAGGUACCGCUCCGGCGGGAAGGUAAAGGGCGUUUCCGUGCGCUGCUCUGGUUUGCCAGAAGCUGCUUAGUCAUGCUGGCCACAUGACCUGGAAGCUGUACGCCGGCUCCCUCGGCCAAUAAAGUGAGAUGAGCCCUGCAACCCCAGAGUUGCCCAUGAAAGGUAAAGGACCCUUUACCUUUACAGAAUGGCUAUAUUGUGACUACAGUAUACAAUAAAGCAAACUCUCAGAAUCCAUUUUCUGCACUCGUUCCUUAAAUGCUUAUUUCUUCUGCUCCUUGUCCGUAAAACACAGCACAACAGUACACAAUGUGAGAAGAUGCAAGAAGGUCCCAAAGGUUUAGCACUUAUGAAACCCAGAUUGCAAUCUGUGGAAUGCAACUGUAACAUGCCUUUAAAAAAGCAAUCCUUGCCAUAAGAAAUUUAAAUUUAGAUUAUUAUUUUCCUGGAGGCCAUUGCACUUAUCAGAGGGUGAGAUAACCAAGUGAUGCUUUCUUUAAUUGUUUUCAGGGAAAGGAAAGCAUUAAUGAGAUAUUAUGUAAUGAGAUGGUCACUGUUCCUUUUCCCUGCAUUUGGCUUUGAAGUUUUGCCUAGCUGUCAAGGGGGGCAAGGAGCAGCCACAUCUUGGCUGAGGUCUGAGGGUCAAGGAUUCCUUUAGACAGCGGCUUUUAAAGGUCACAUUUUCCUUUGUCUUUCUGUUUUGUCCUCUGCACUGCAUACAGUAUGCAAGCGUGCAGUCCCUGGGAACACAAGAGACACUGUCUGACAUUUGGCAGCAAGGCAGCUCGUGUUACAAAAGAAAAGAAUCUGAAAAGAAGGCUAGUCUCAGUGCUUGGCAAAGCUACUCUGGAAUGCCCCCGGAGCUCAGCUAUCAUAGAUGUUAGAGGGAUAUCUGACGCUCAAAUAAGUCAGAAUACACUCCAGAAGGCUUUAACAGCCUCUGUGCAAUGGGUUUCAUGCAGCACUGCUGUCAAGAUUAUCCAUCUUGGGUCGUAUUUUUCAGCUGGUAUCGCUGAAGGCCACCCCAAUUAGUGGCUGCAAGAUAUUUUGUUUGUUACGUUAGAUCUUGGAUCGUUGAAUUGGGUACCAAGGGAAUUAUUCACUUCCAUGGCAAAUCAGUGUUGGAAAAUCUCAAGCUGCUGUAGAAAACGAUGGGUCCUUUAUCCUAGAAGGAAGAUGGCUAGGAGCCGGGUUGCUUCAGUUUCUGGACAAGAUGGGGUCUGAUAAGCUAGCCUAGUCAGGAACUACACAAUACUGUCUCCAGCGCCUUCCCUUUAUGAAAGUUGAUGCUUUUAGUCUUGUCUUCAUGAGAAUAGGUGUGCAUUCUGUUAUUUUGACUGAUGACCUGUCCUCAAUCCCAACAGGUCAGGGAACAGUAGGGUAUAAAACCAUGCAUCUCCCUGCUUCAGUAGGUUGGCAGUUGAAAGGCAAGUCCAUGCUUCAUGUAGCUGAUGCUGUUCCUGGAUACAUGGUGUUAAGCAGUUAUUUUCUGCAUAAGAUAUUGUUUACAUAAUAGGUGCAUCUUUUAUAAACCAGUGUCAGAGAGCCACCUGGCCAGGUCAUUUGUUGCACAAGGCACUGGAGUAAAUAACUUGUUGCUGGAGCAGUUGUGUUUGCUGUGCAAGGUGUAUAACUUGGGGGGGGGACACAAAAUUGUUGAGCUUUUUUCUUUGCAAAAUCUCCCCUCCCCACCCCCCAAAAAAUCGAUGUUUUUGAGCUGUUUGAAAGAAAUUCACCAAAGAAAACCCAACACUUCUGAUAUGGGUUGACAUACGUCCGGGUUUCCGCCGGACAUUUUUAUGGAUUUUUCAUCAGCCCUUAUUGUUGGGAUCAUGGGCAAUUGCAUUAAGAAGCAUACAGAGGGGAGGGCAUUCUUCUCAUGCUCAAAGGCACUCAUGAGCACAUAUGUAUUGACAUGUAUUUUUUAAAAUAUAUAUAUAUAUAAAAUUUUAUUAGUUUUUUUUACAUAUCAUUUUCAACAGUAAUUAAAUAUACUUUUAUAUCUUAUUCAGUAUUUUUUUACUUCCAUCAAUCCUGCCUGAAAAUUUUCCAAUCUAAUCUCUUAGUAUGCAUUUCUUAUCUUCCCUAUUACAUUUCAAACGCAUAACCAAUAUCUCUAUCUUUGUCUACUUUGUAACACUUUGUAUAUUUCUCCAUACAAAACUUCUUGUAGUCCUACUAGCAUAAUUUGUUGAUUACAGUUGCUCUUCAAAUAAUUCAUAUACUUCUUCCAAUCUUCUGUAAAUCUCUGGUCCCGCAGGUUUCGAAUCCUUCCUGUCAUUUUGUCCAAUUCUGCAUAGUCCAUUAAUUUUGUCUGCCAUUCUUCUUUCGUCAGAAUUUCUUCUUGUUUCUAUUUCUGGGCUAACAAUACUCUUGCCGCAGUUGUUGCAUAUAAAAACAAUUUAACAUCUUGCCUAUUAAUGUCCUGACCUAUAAUACCAAGUAAAAAUGCUUCUGAUUUUUUUUUUUAAUGUAUAUUUCAGCAUCUUUUUCAUCUCAUUAUAUAUUAUUUCCCAGAAGUUCUUUACUUUUUUACAUUCCCACCACAUAUGUUAAAAUGUUCCUUCUUUUUCUUUACAUUUCCAACAUUAUAUGUAUUGACAUGUCUUAGCGGUUUUGAGCCAUUGAGAACUCUUGAAUUCAAGAGAGUUCCAAUACGUUAUGUGAAAUGAAACAAUGCACUUAAAAAAAACAACAACCUAGAACUCUACCCCCCUCACUUUCCCCUAAGGUUGUUGUUGUUUAGUCGUUUAGUCGUGUCCGACUCUUCGUGACCCCAUGGACCAGAGCACGCCAGGCACUCCUGUCUUCCACUGCCUCCCGCAGUUUGGUCAGACUCAUGCUGGUAGCUUCAAGAACACUAUCCAACCAUCUCGUCCUCUGGCGUCCCCCUUCUCCUUGUGCCCUCAAUCUUUCCCAACAUCAGGGUUUUUUCCAGGGAGUCUUCUCUGGUGGCCAAAGUAUUGGAGCCUCAGCUUCACGAUCUGUCCUUCCAGUGAGCACUCAGGGCUGAUUCUGUUUAGAAUGGAUACGUUUGAUCUUCUUGCAGUCCCUGGGACUCUCAAGAGUCUCCUCCAGCACCAUAAUUCAAAAGCAUCAAUUCUUUGGCGAUCAGCCUUCUUUAUGGUCCAGCUCUCACUUCCAUACAUCACUACUGGGAUGCAAAAUGGAACAGGGUUCCUGCAUCUUCACCUGUUGUGUGGAAGGGUGAGGAUUUCAGCAGGUGUAGCUGGAGUCACGAGCUACACCUGCUGAAAUCCCCUCGUCCCCCAUAACUUUAAAGGCACAGGACCUCUUUGCAUGAUCCGGCUACCCUGCUUUCUCAUUUAUUGCCUUGAGAGACGAGAUCACUUGACUGAUGGGCUGGUGGAUCAAUGGGUGUUUGGCUUUGCUACACCUGCUUCAAUUUUGUAUAGAGUUUCCUUUCUGCAUUGCUCUGCCUUUCAGUUUUAGAUCACUCUCUCCCCCUUUCAUUUGGAAACCCAUCUGAGCUGAGGAUAAAAGGCUCUGGUUGCUGAACUGUAGGAGAUAUCUCUGCCCAUUCUCCUCAUCUGCCUGUGCCAGAUUUCCACUUUAUCUUUGGAGUAGCAGAGCCUAGCUUGCAAUCAGUAAUGUUUCGUAAAUGACUAACCACAGAGAAGCCUCUCUCUUUUUGCCUUCCUUGGGCCCUGAUGAGAGAUGCUUGUGUUAGUUUCAUUAUAAUUUCGGGGCUUAAACUGGAGAUUAAUUUGGGCCUGUUUCAGCUUUUCUCCUGUCUCCAUUUGCCCACUCCUUGAACAUGUGGUUUCUCUUAGACUUGGGCUAUAAAGCAAUCAGAUCUCCCAUUUCGCUCCUUGCUCUUGCUAAUAAUAAAUAACACAGAAGACACAUCAGUGUUUAGGAUUCAAGAAGCUUGUCACUUGAAGGCAGUGGCUGUGAAUGAGCUUUAAAGGGCAUCUUUAAGGUGAUUUCCAGUAUUUUAAAAAUAUUUUCCUCUUCCCUGGUGCUAACAGUUCCUUAUUAAGGAAGCAACAACGAAGACGGUUGUUCUUCUUUUACUGUGUAUUCGCUUCUGCUAUUGGGCCCACCUUUUGUUCUUGCUGAGCUGCAUACUGAAUGUGUAGCUGCGUAUUGAAUACUGUGUGUGUUUGGUUUCAAUAUCAGGAUUCUUUCUCAUGUUAAAAUACGCAGAUAUUGGAGCUGUCCACUGUCUGCAACUAGGUGCUGUCUGAAUGACAACUAGAUUGGAGAGAGGAGACCGAAGCUGAAAGGAUGCGGUACCAUUCGCUGGUCGUCCUCCCUCUGGUUUGGAUUAAUACCAUCUUUCGAAGAGCAGAAUGCUUCGUCAGUUGUGAUGGUGACAAGCACAUUGGCAGACUUUUGCAAGAGAAGGGGAGCAAAAAUGAAAUGACAGUAUCUCUCUUAAGUAUCUCUAUGGUGCACCUGGUUUCAUCCCACAGAAGAAGCAUCAUUGCCUGCUGUUAAAAUCAUUUGCUUCUGUUGCAAAUCAGGUCUCAUUUACCGUAUUUUUUGCUCUAUAGGACGCACCGGACCAUAGGACGCACCUUGUUUUAGAGAGGGAGAACAAGGGGAAAAAAAUUCACCCCCUCUCUGCGCAGCGCCCCUUCAGCGAAGUGGCAGGAGAAACGGAGCCCCUUCCAUUUCUCCUCCCGCUUGGCUGAAGGGGUGAUGCGCAGCUCUCCCUCUCUGCUGAAGCCAGGAGAGUCUUGCUCUCGUGGCUUCAGCAAAAGGAACCCGAAGGCUGCGGAGCACAGUGGGAACUUGCGCUGCACUCCGAAGACUUCAGGCAGCUAUCCCUGAAGCCUGGAGAGCGAGAGGGGUCGGUGCGCACCAACCCCUCUCGCUCUCCAGGCUUCAGCGAAAGCAAUGCGAAGCCUCUGUAGCGCGGAGGCAGCGCUCCCUCUGCGCUUCGGAGGCUUCGCAUUGCUAUCGCUGAAGCCAAGGAGCCUGCAUUCGCUCCAUAGGACGCACACACAUUUCCCCUUAAUUUUUGGAGGGGAAAAAGUGCGUCCUAUAGAGCGAAAAAUACGGUAGCUAGGGUUAAAACAUAACUGCACCAUCACCUAGCACCAGUUCACACAUACAUAUUUCAAACCUAGACCUAAACUACUAGAUGAAUGCAACUUUCAUGUGUGAAUGGGCCCAUCCAGAAUAGAUGGGCUGUUGGUCAGAUUUUAUUUUUUGAUAUUUUUUUUGGUAAAAAAAUAAGAAAUCAAUUACAGUGCUAAUCAUUGAAAAUAGAACCAGUGCUUCCUGUAGUAAAAGAGCCACUUUCAUAAGUGUCAUAAGAGUUUCACAGUCUCAGAUUUCAAAGGCAGCUUUAAGGGUCUGCCUCAGAAUAUCUUGGUUCCUGCACUAGUUUCUUAUUACAGGCCUAUUUAUACAUGGGUUGUGUUCUGAGGCACUGUGCAUUUAAGUGAAAUUGCGUAUAUUGGGAACGCCAUUGAAAAAGCCUGCAAAUACCCUCUAAACUUAUGGAAGCCCUUGGAAAACCCUUAAAAACACACACACCCAAAAAAUCCGCCAAACUCCACCACAAUCGCACCCCACCCCCCUAAUCCCUUGAUUUCAGAAGGAGAGGUGAUAUCAGGAGGGCUUGGAAAUUGAAAUCUCCUGCUUCAAGUUUAGUUUAUUACGGCCAUAGGCCCACAUUCAAUACAUCAUACAGCAGAACAGGUAUAACAAGAUAAAAUUAAUAAAUUAAAUUACGUUUAAGUCAAGUACAUCUCAAUCCGUAAGUUUCUAAAUUCCAUUAAAAUAAAAACAAUAUAGCGCUUAAAUAUCAGAUUAUCAGUAUAAAUCAAUAUUAUUUAGGCAAAAUCAAUAAUCAUAGAGUAAUCCAUUUUUCCUUUUAUAGGCUAGUACUGUUAUCAGAAAUCUGGCAACAGAAAGGGACCUACUCGGAUCAGAAUCUUGCAAUAAAUGUAUUAGCUGUGUUUCCAAGGAAUCACCUGAGAUUUCCAAUAAUAAAGGGGACAAAAAUCUGCUCCGAGAAACUGAAUGUAGUGAACAGCAGAAUAGUAUAUGUUGUAAAUCUCCUGCUUUGUUCAGGGUACAUAGACAACUUGGAAAGGCCAUGAUGAUCUGGCAACAAUACAACCCUCCUCUUUGGCAUGUAAGAUAUUGGUGACCACUGUGAUAGGAAUUUUAUGGUCUUAGAUAUAUGGUAAUGUUCAUAAGUGUACCAACCAAGCACGUACAUAGAUCAGCACAGGAAGACCAACCUGCAACCAUUUUGAUUCCUAAACUGAGCAAAUGUUUUGUCUGCAAGGUCAAAGUGGGAAACCUCCCCAUUGUCUCAUUCCUCACAAAUCCUGUCUUAAGGGCACAUUUAAGAUAUGAAUAGGGUGUGAGCCUGUGACCUGGCCCAGGAACUAAGUAUUUAUCAUUACAAAAGACUGGCCAGGCUACCCAGGCAAUCCAAUCAAGUAACCUGCCAGACAGGAGAUAAACAACGACAGGAGAAAAACAACAUUCACAAUUUCUGUUUUAGACCGCCUUUCUUGUGAUGUAGGUAUGAUGUAUCUGAGGGGUGGUCUUAGGUUACACCCCUUCUGUGAUGUAUGUAUGAUGUUUCUGGGGGUGGUCUUGAUCUACAGGGUGGCAAUUUCAAAAGUCUUUAUAAGGCCUUGCACGCCAUUUUUCGGGGUCCCUCCUCUCUCCUGCGGGUGAGGGGAGCACCCUGUUGCAACAGAUCAAUAAAGAUCAAGCUUACUAGCUGCUUUGCUUCUCAAUAUUCUCUGGUUGGCCUCUGUUAUUCUCUCCUACCAAUAGGGAACCUAUGUAAGGACUCUAUAUGGGCUCUUGGAUACCCCAUAAGGGAAAAGGGCAAUUUUUGUUUAUAACACCAGACACUCCAGCUUUUGGUUGACACUGACAAAACUUAUUCCGUCUUCUUUGCAGGUGAGAAGCCUUACAAGUGUUCGUGGGAAGGGUGCGAGUGGCGUUUUGCACGGAGCGACGAGCUCACGCGACACUACCGGAAACACACGGGGGCAAAACCCUUCAAGUGCAACCACUGCGACAGGUAACUUGCAUCCCACCUAUUGGUUCAAGAGCUGCCCUCAAGGCAACUUGGAGGAAAAUUUUUUUUUUUUAUUUAAAGAAACGCUUAAUGCAACAAUGGCUGCUUAUUUUGGAGGAAGGGGAAUUGGUCACACAAGAGCCCCCGUGAUUGAGCUAUAGGGUUACCUUUCAGCCGUGCAUCUCCAAACAUUUCAAGGUUGAUUCCACUUCCUUGGACGGAAAGGGAAACAGGCCCCGCCCAGUAACCAAACAAGGUUUCCAGUUCAGUGCCUGGAAUCUCCAGUUAAAACAGUCUCAGAUAUUAACAGCUGGAAAAAUCUCUCUUCCGGAGACAUUCAAAAGUUGUUUCCAAUCCUCGCAGACAAUACUGGCUUAGACAGUGGUGGGGCUUGGCUUGUUCGUUGCCGAUACAUGAACAGAGUGCUCAUUUCAAAAGCCCAUAAUUCUGUUGCAGAUAUAAAUAUUUUACUCGCGCAGAUGUGAAUAUUUUAUUUCUUUCCCUAUUAAGCAAGACUGGCUUACCCCACUGGGCAGGGUGAGCAUUUGUCCGGAGUCCAGGGAAGUGGAGCACGCUUUCAUUUACAGGAAUUGCAUGCUAGGAAAUCUCUUGGUAUUUGCAACAGACCAUCAGCAAAAUGCACAGGUACAGAUGAAAUGCUAUGGUGCCAGCCGGCCCUCUUUCAUAAACAAACAAGGAAGUUUGGUGAGGGUGGCCGUGUGUGGUUUUUCCCCUUUCCCCUUCCUCGUUCAUGUCUAAAGCUGGAGCCUGGGGUAAUAUUUGCAAAAGAACGCAUAUGCUGUAAGGGAAAUGAAACUUUUCCCCAUCUUCCUCUCUGCUUGCUAUCACUUGACAUCCUUUUCUUCCCAGCUCAGAUCGCUUCCAUUAUGAGAGACAGACUGGAAGCAAAAACAAACAAACGGGAGCAGUGGGAGGAAACGGGAGAUAUUGGGGGGGGGGGGGAGUUGGCCUUCAGCCCCAAUCUGAGCACAUCUUUUGUUUAAAAACACUCUGUGAGUAGGGCAGGCUUGCUUGGUUGUUUGAACUUGUUACCUGCCCUCCACCGCAAGGUUCCAAAUUGGCCACUUGUGCGGUCACGGGGCGGGCGACAAUUGCGUGCCGAGGUCCCCAGGGCCACCCCAAUAACGCAAACAUCACACAGAAUUUUUGUUUAAGGUUUUUGGCAUAAUUUUGGCCACAACUUUAUUAAAAUACAAAAAUGUGAGUGGUUGCUUAGGCAUUGGUUGCGACUAUCUGCCCCCCAGUGGGGGACAGACUGACAUUCCGCACAAUGCGAAAGUCAGAAAAGGGGAACACACUUGGGGGUAGCGACGGAGCAGGGAACCUGCCCUCAGCCCUCCCCAAAUGCAACCAGGGGUUCAUUGCUAUGGCCAGAGCCCCCUUGACAGAGUGGACAAGCAAUAGUUAGCCCCUGAUUCCUUUAACGGAAUCCCUUGCAGCAGCAGUAUUAGAGGCGCAGGCACAGCCAAUCCAUGCCCCUCAACCAACCAAACCAUAAACCAAUGCCUAACUGCAACCUUACAAGUUGUGACGAUUUGCUACGCAGUAGGCAAAAACCAAAUGGCCCCAGCCAAUCAGCCAGAUGGACAAAAUUCCUACCGGGCCCCUGCCCCAAGAGCAGACAACCCCAUGACAGGCAUAGCAAGGUCAAAGCGAACAACCCUAAUUCUAGGGAGGGGGGGACGGGCAAUCUGAUGCACGGGCGAAAAGAGGAAGCCCUAGCCUCGUGCAAGUAGUUUUAGCAUUUCUGGCUGUCAAUCAACAAAUGGCAACAUUAACUUCCUCCCAAUAACAAGGGAAGCCCCAAUCGCAUCAGUGGCCAACGAUCAAUGAGCCCGCCCCCAACUUUGGAGUGUCCUGGCGGCCCCCACCGCAACACGUGCUCUCCAUGAAGGAGAACACGCUUUGCGGCUCGUCGCACCAAAAUCCUACCGCUGGGAAGCAACACCACAGCUAGGCGACCGUCUGUUGGGGAAUUCCUAGGCCAGCCACUGGGCUUUCCCACCAUCUGUUUAUUUGAAUCCUAGACAACCCAGCCAGGUGGGCGGGCCUUGAGACCCAAUAAAGACUGGGUGCCGUUGGACAAAAAACCAUUUCAGGGAACCUACAUUCAAUGAAACACAUUAAAUAACCUUAAAACCAAAAUUAAAUUACAAAGUUUAUUAAUGCGCAGAAGCGGGGAAGGACCAGUCCAGUCUUAAAUAACUCGGCUGCUCCCCAAAGCCUGCGCAAAGAAGUGUAUCUUGGAUACCUGGCGGGGGAGGGGGGGAAUACGACGACUGUGCCAGGAGCAACUCUGAGGAGAGGGAGGUCCAUAAUUGAGGGCCACCGGACAGAAAAAACAUGGCUCCCCUGUCAUAUAUACCGUAUUUUUCGCUCUAUAGGACGCACUUUUUCCCCUCCAAAAAUGAAGGGGAAAUGUGUGCGCGUCCUAUGGGGCGAAUGCAGGCUUUCGCUGAAGCCUGGAGAGCGAGAGGCGUCGGUGCGCACCGACACCUCUCCUCUCCAGGCUCCAGGAAGCUAUCUGCAAGCCUUGCGCACCCGGGGGGAGUUCCCCCGCGCACGCAAGGCUUGCGGGCGGCAGCCUGCAGCGCGGAGCACGGGGCGCCCUCCGGAGGACGCCCCAUGCUUCGCGCAGGUGUCCGCAAGCCUUGCGUGCCCGCGGGAUCUCCCCCCGGGAGCGCAAGGCUUGCCGGCGGCAGCAUGCAGCACGGAGCAUGGGGCGCCCUCCGGAGGACGCCCCGUGCUUCACGCAGGUGUCUGCAGCCUGCCGCCCGGCUCAUGGGGCGCCCUGAAGCAGAGCGCCCCUCACGCCGGGCAGACAUCGGCCAGCCCCACAAGCUCGGGGGACAACGGGGAGACGCAGCGCCGCCAUUCCACUGUUCCCCGACCUGGUUUUGGGGGGGAAAUAAAGGAAAAAAUUUUUUCCUUUAUUUCCCCCCCAAAAAAGUAGGUGCGUCCUAUGGGACGGAGCGUCCUAUGGAACGAAAAAUACGGUAUAUAGUAUGACCCUGAGAAGGUGACAUGAGAGGGUCUUUGGAGAGUCAGCAAAGAAAAAAAAGAAAAAGGAGGGAGGGAGGGAGGGAGGGGGAGAGAGAGAGAGAGAGAGAGAGAAAGAAAGAAAGAAAGAAAGAAGCCAAGCCUCUAAACGGUGUUAAGAUAAGUCAAUUUAAUUAGACAUCUAAGGACGUGGGUGGUGCUGUGGGUUAAACCACAGAGCCUAGGACUUGCCGAUCAGAAGGUCGGCAGUUCAAAUCCCCGCCACGGGGUGAGCUCCCGUUGCUCGGUGCCAGCUUCUGCCAACCUAGCAGUUCGAAAGCACAUCAAAGUGCAAGUAGAUAAAUAGGUAGCGCUCCAGCGGGAAGGUAAACGGCGUUUCCGUGCGCUGCUCUGGUUCGCCAGAAGCAGCUUAGUCAUGCUGGCCACAUGACCCGGAAGCUGUACGCCGGCUCCCUAGGACAAUAAAGCGAGAUGAGCGCCGCAACCCCAGAGUCGGUCACGACUGGACCUAAAGGUCAGGGGUCCCUUUACCCUUUACCUUUUAAGAGGGCUAUAGGUUUUGGUUUUCAUGCUCCUCAAGGGCCCAGCAGUCCUUUUAUCCAGUUCACUAGGACAGAUGUGGCAACCACUGGCCGCGCAUAGUCACGUGUGGAGACACAGGCUUGCACACGGACGAUUUUACAAUGUAACCUUCUAAUUCAUGCCAGUGUCCUUGUUCUUAUACUUGCAAUUGCCUGCGAGGGUGUCCCUCCCCCCCCCCGUUUUUGUUUUAAAAGAACAAUAAAAAUACAUUGAAGAAGAAAAGAGCAAACCACAUUUCAAACUAUUUGGCAUAAAAUUAUUUAUAUCGCCAUUCGCAAUCACAAAAAUAAAAGCAUGAAUGGAAACAAAUCUAAGCCAUUAAUACAAAAUAAUGGCUUGAAGAAUGUAAAGCAUGUCUAAAUUGAAUAGUUAAGUCACAAAGCAUCCACAUCUAAUAAAUAAAACGUAAAAAAUAAAACGAAACAGAGAGGACUGCAGGCAUAUUGUGCUUAUGAAGAUUUCUGUAGCCACCACAGCCUUAAAGGAAGCGCAGCUAAAAGUGCACUUUCAAGCUAUUUAGCCUUCUUACAGUGUAUUUAUAUAAAGGCAAAUAACUGCACAGUCACUUUUUACCUUUAUAGGCAGCUGUUAUUUGUGGUUGCCUUUUACGCUCAGUUUCCUUAGAAGUUAUGGAGCUCUUGGUUACUUUUGAAAACUUGCUGUAAGAUUUAACAGAUCUUACAGACUGGAAUACUUGGCUCAGUGUACUUUAGACUAUCUGACUGUUAGCAUAGCAUUGGCAAAAUAAAAUCAGACUUCCCAGUAAUAAAAUCAAAUAGCACUGUCAUUGCCAAGCAGUAAACCACCUAAUUUGAGAGACUGGCCAUGCGCAAUCUAAAGCUGAGAUCUUGCCGAGGCAAUAAUCAAAUAAUAUCUUACAUCUGGCCAUGCCAUCUUCUGAAAUCCUAUUUAUAUAUGUAACUUUGAGAGCAGGUUUUGGGAAAUUACCUGUCCUUUUAAAGCAGCCCUCAAGACUUCUGUUGCAAUUAGAAAAUGCUUUUAAUACAAUCAAAUCUCUCUUUAGUUCCUGAACACAUUUAGAUUGCUGGGGUUCACGUAUAGAGAAGAGGACGUAAACAGAUACCUGUUCUCUAACAGGGGAAGAAAUAUUAUCAUUUUUCACAUUCUGUCUGUCUGCUGCUCCCAUUCAUCCCACCAAGUUAUAUAAUAAUAAUAAUAAUAAUAAUAAUAAUAAUAAUAAUAAUUUAUUAUUUAUACCCCGCCCAUCUGGCUGAGUUUCCCCAGCCACUCUGGGCGGCUCCCAAUCAAGUAUUAAAAACAAUACAGCGUUAAAUAUUAAAAACUUCCCUGAACAGGGCUGCCUUCAGAUGUCUUUUAAAGAUAGGAUAGCUACUUAUUUCCUUCACAUCUGAAGGGAGGGUGUUCCACAGGGUGGGCGCCACUACCGAGAAGGCCCUCUGCCUGGUUCCCUGUAACCUCACUUCUCGCAAUGAGGGAACCGCCAGAAGGCCCUCGGCGCUGGAUCUCAGUGUCCGGGCUGAAUGAUGGGGGUGGAGACGCUCCUUCAGUUAUACAGGACCGAGGCCGUUUAGGGCUUUAAAGGUCAGCACCAACACUUUGAAUUGUGCUCGAAAACGUACUGGGAGCCAAUGCAGAUCUCUCAGAACCAGUGUUAUGUGGUCUCGGCAGCCGUUCCCAGUCACCAGUCUAGCUGCCGCAUUCUGGAUUAAUUGCAGUUUCCAGGUCACCUUCAAAGGUAGCCCCGCGUGGAGCAUGUUGCAGUAGUCCAAGCAGGAGAUAACUAUAGCAUGCACCACUCUGGCGAGACAGUCUGUUGGGAGGUAGGGUCUCAGCCUGCGUACCAGGUGGAGCUGGUAGACAGCUGCCCUGGACACAGAAUUAACCUGUGCCUCCAUGGACAGCUGUGAGUCCAAAAUGACUCCCAGGCUGCACACCUGGUCCUUCGGGGCACAGUUACCCCAUUCAGGACCAGGGAAUCCCCCACACCCGCCCGCCCCCUGUCCUCCAAAAACAGUACUUCUGUCUUGUCAGGAUUCAACCUCAAUCUGUUAGCUGCCAUCCAUCCUCCAACCGCCUCCAGGCACUCACACAGGACCUUCACCGCCUUCACUGGUUCUGAUUUAAAGGAGAGGUAGAGCUGGGUAUCAUCCGCAUACUGAUGAACACCCAGCCCAAACCCCCUGGUUUUUCCUCUCACAGCGCUGCCUUCCUUUUUAUUUCUGGACAUUUGGCUGUGCUUUAGUUUGUUCAGAAUGCGGGAUAACAUAACUUAGAGGGAGAUCUCUGGAGCCUUGCUUUUCUUUGCAUGCCUUUUGUCAACUGAAGGAAGAUGUGUUCUCUUUUCUUUGUUGGCAGUGAGAGACUCCUUAAACAAUUGUUGUUCUAUUGUUGUCACUGGAACUAGCUUAGUUCUUCGCAGUUGAGGGAAUUGUCUUCUUGGAGUGAGACCGCUGCUUUCUUGUAAUCUUUAAGGAGAAGCUGACAGGUUUCUGACCUUGGGCUGAAGCCGUUCGUUUCAUUUCAGCAUUGCGUUUCGUGCUCUACAGCAGUUUAACUCCCUUUCCCCCAACCUUAGUUAUUUAUCUUGGUUAGAGCUGUGCACAAACGGCCCUUAAAAACCACCUGCCCUGUUUGUGGGCAGAGAAGUUGGGAGGAACCGUUUCACAAGAUCUCCCCAGGGGCAGGAAGAAUUUUCCAAUGGUUUCUCAGGGGUGAGGCUUAUCAUUAGCAGCGGAAGUAGCAGAACCAACACGUUCCUUUCCUCCUAAGAGUGUGUGUAAGUGUGUACAGCUUGCAGCAGCAGCCUGUCCAUCAUUUAGCAUCAUCUAACUAGCAUUGGGUGGCGCUGUGGGUUAAACCACAGAGCCUAGGACUUGCUGAUCAGAAGGUUGGCGGUUUGAAUCCCCGCGACGGGGUGAGCGCCUGUUGCUCGGUCCCUGCUCCUGCCAACCUAGCAGUUCGAAAGCACCUCAAAGUGCAAGUAGAUAAAUAGGUACCGCUCUGGCGGGAAGGUAAACAGCGUUUCCGUGCGCUGCUCUGGUUCGCCAGAAGUGGCUUAGUCAUGCUGGCCACAUGACCCGGAAGCUGUACGCCGGCUCCCUUGGCCAAUAAAGCGAGAUGAGCGCCACAACCCCAGAGUCGGUCACGACUGGACCUAAUGGGCAGGGGUCCCUUUACCUUUACCUUAACUAGCAUUGUUCCAUAACAUUGUGAAGGGGAAAUGGUAGCCACACUACCAAAAAAACCCCCAAAAAUGUUGGGAAAAAUUCUUCAAAGUGGCCUCCUCCUAAGAGGGUGAGGGGAAAUGCCUCAUCUUUUCAGAAGAAAAGUGUUCUGAUAAAUUUCAGCUUGGCUCUUGUUGUAAUAUUAUUCAGCCCAUUGAACAGGCUGGUGUCUCUGUUUUCUCCUGGCUUGUUUCUAAAGACAAACACAACUAGUCCUUCAUGCCCAAGGCAGAUACAGGGUUGUCUUUCCUGAGCAGAAGUCCUUCCAUGGCUUGUGGCAAGUUGCAUUUGAAACUGAGGGGACAUGAUACAGAAAGGGUGUGUGAGCUUUCCACAGUUGCCUUGGGCUUGCCUAAAGUCGCUUUUUGGGUAGUGGUCUUUUUGGAUUUGGGUGUCAGAAGUACUCAGCUUGAUGUAUGUGAGGGAUGGGGGGAAGUUGCUUCUGUCUCUCUCUCCCUUUUUCUUUCUCUUUCUUACCCACACCCAUACACCACACACACACACACACACACACACACACACACACACUACAGUUUCAGUCUAGCUUCAGAGAGUAGAGUGGAGGAGGUUUGCUUCAGCUCCGUGCUAUAAGAUUUUACAGCUGCUUUUUGAGUAAGUCCGCCUUGUGUCCUGCCUCAGGGUCCUGCUGCGUUAGUUGUGCAGUACAGUGGUACCUCGGGAUGUGAACAGGAUCCGUUCCGGAGCCCCAUCCACAUCCUGAAUGGAACGUAAGAUGCGACGGCGCGUCUGCGCGUGCGUGGGCCACGUUUUGCCACUUCCGCGCAUGCACCUGAUGUCAUUUUGAGUGUCUGCACAUGCGCGAAUGGUGAAACCCGGAAGUAACACACUCCGUUACUUCCAGGUUGCCACGGAGCACAACCCAAAAGCGCUCAACCUGAAGCACAUUCAACCCGAGAUAUGACUGUAAUGGCUACAGGGAGCUCUGUGAAAUCUCCACUUGGCCACAAAGUCGCCCUUUGAAGCUGGGCCAGCCACUCUCUUGGUCUAACCAAAGUCAAAAGGUUGUUGUGAGGACAAAAUGGGAGGGAUUCCAGGAAUAGAGAUCCUGUGCCCCCCCCCCAAAAAAAACCAAGUUUUGGGACUGCAUCUCCCAUAAUUCCAGAUCUUUGGCCAUGAUAGCUGAUGGGAACUGGAGUCCAACACCAUCUGCAGAACCACAGGUUCUACAUUCCUGACGUACACCACCCUCAAAAGACUGGAGAUAAAAAUGUAGUAGAUUUGGGGGGGGGGGGUUGUGGUAGGAACCAUUAUGCAGCAAAUGAACAUCCAGCAGGUUAGUGUUCUACGCUUGUACCGGAGAGUCCAUGUCCUUGGGAGUUUUCCUCCUCAUUGGAAUAAAGGCGUGCAUCUUAAUUGAACAGGCAGACAAAAUAUUUAUUAAUUUCAUAAAAUUUAUACAUGGCUUGAUUGUGUAUAUAUAAAACCACCUCAAAACCAUUUACAAAAACAAAACAAAACCAGAAAACAAUACAUUUAUCAAAAAAAUAGCAAUAGUACUGUAUUUUUCGCUCUAUAAGACGCACCAGACCAUAAGACGCACCAGACCAUAAGACGCACCUAGUUUUUGGAGGAGGAAAACAAGAAAAAAAAUAUUCUGAAUCUCAGAAGCCAGAACAACAACAAGAGGGAUCGCCGUGCAGCGAAAGCAGUGAUCCCUCUUGCUGUUCUGGCUUCUGGGAUAGCUGCACAGCCUGCAUUCACUCCAUAAGACACACACACAUUUCCCCUUACUUUUUAGGAGGGAAAAAGUGAGUCUUAUAGAGCAAAAAAUACGGUAAUUUAAAACAUUUAAGAAAAUGCAAAUAAACAAUAAACUAAAGACAGAUUAAACAUGCAUCAACAUUUUAAAUAGCGGUAUCUGGGCAGGCUUGUCUAAGCAGAAUGUUUUCAGCAGGCACUGAAAAGAGUAUACAGCAGGCAUAGGCAAACUCGGCCCUCCAGAUGUUUUGGGACUACAACUCCCAUCAUCCCUAGCUAACAGGACCAGUGGUCAGGGAUGAUGGGAGUUGUAGUCCCAAAACAUCUGGAAGGCCGAGUUUGCCUAUGCCUGGUAUAUAGCAAGUUGCCUGCCUGAUAUCAAUAGCCAGGGAGUUCCAAUGUGGAGGUGGCCACACUAAAAUACUGAUUUCUUAUGUGGAACGGGUAUUACAUGGCACUUGUAACAAUGCCAGUUCACAGAUCAAAGUGAUUGAGUGGGUGUAUAUGGGCUCAGGUGAUCUCAUAGGUAAACUGGUCCCCAGUUGUUAUGUGCUUUGUAUACUAAUAGCAACACCCUGAACAUGGCCCAGUAGCAAAUCGGCAGCCAGUACAGAUCUCUGAGCACAGGUGUUACAUGCUGACAAGGUCUUACUCCUCUCAGCAAUCGUGCUGCAGUGUUCUGGAUCAAGCGCAAGGAAGCCCCACAUAGAGCACAUUGCAGUAAUCCAGUCUUGAAGCAACCGAGGCCUGAGCUUCUAUCUCCAGGCUUCCCCAGUCCAGGAACAGCCAUAGCUGUCGAACCAAUUGCAGUUGGCAAAAGGCGCUUCUAGCCACUGGGUCCAGAAGCACCCCAAACUGCGAACCUGCUCCUUCAGGGGGAGUGCAACGCCAUCCGGGGGGGCCAGUUGACCAAUUUAUUGGAUAUGGGAAAUACUCAUAUUCAAGCUCAGCUUGUUUUCUGACAUCCAUCUCCCCACCGCAUCCAAGUAAUGGCCUAAGACUGCAUCGUCUCUGUUAAGUUGUGGGUGAACAUAUCAGACGACACAGCAAUUCUUCAAACAGCUCUUGUUUAUUCACAGGCCAGAACAGAACUGAACUGAAGGCUUCAGCAAGCCUGCUUAUAUAGAGCUCCACUAGAACGCAACAGUAACCAUUUUCUGUAACUAUCCAAUCACUGAACGUCACUUUCAAUCCCUUAUUUGCAUAUGUGGACCUGAGUGAAAACUAUCUACAGUAUCCCCCUGCUGGCCCAGGGUGAGAACUUCAGUACAUAACAGUCUCUCCUGAUUCAGAUGUGGUGGAGAAAUAGAGCUGCGUGUUAUCAGCACUCUUUAAGUAAACACUUGAUCUCCAAAUGCACAGGGGGUGAGAGGGUGUAAUGUAGAGAAACCUUGCCAUAUGGAUAAUCAUACAGUGGUACCUCUAGUUGUGGACUUAAUCCAUUUUGGGGUGCCAUUCGCACCCUGAUAAGUUCACAACUAGAGCGCCUCUUCUGCGCAUGUGCGUUUCUGUGCGUGCGUGAAGCGUGCAGAUCGCUUCUGCGCAUGCGCGGGCGGCAAACCCGGAAGUAAACACUUCUGAGUUGGCCACGUUCGUAAGCUGAAAGUCCGCAACAAGAGUGGAACGCAACACGAGGUAUUACUGUACAUAUUUUGUCACUCCCCCCCCCCCAAAAUGUUCGAUUAUCUGAGGAAAUAAGAGUCUCACUGCUUAUCCAGAAACUUACUUCAUUCAAACUGGCAAAAUAGUAGUUCUUUUUAUUUAAUUGUCCCAGCUUGUGAUUGUAACAUUUGCUUUCAUUACUCUUCUUCCUUCCCUAUUCCCAGGAGUAUGCAGCAAUAAUCUCUUUUAAGCUCUCAUUUGUGAGAGAAAAUAAGUCUCUGAUUAGCUGAAUAAGGAUGCUUUCAUGAACUGACAACCUAGCUGAUAAAAGUCCUGUUUUUCUUUAUAUCCGCAAGGUGAUUUGUGAUUUUUGUUUUAACCUCUUCCUCUCCACCCUGUUUUGGUCAGCAGAAGUUUAAUUGACAUGUGACACUGGAAACUUAAAUAGCAAUCAGGGGCUCUAUGUGGGCUUUCAGACUUUUUGUUUAAACUACCUUGCCUUUGGGGAUAGAACCUGCUCAUCCUGCUGCACCCAGAGAGGUGAGGAUGUUUUCAAACAAAAGAAUUGUUAACUGUGAAGACCAAAAAGGGUCAUUUUCUUUGUUUGUUUGCCUGUUCAAAUACCCGAAUAGGUUUUGGUGAUCUUGAGAAAGGCAGAUGGGCAGCAUAGCCCACCAUGCAGGGUUUCUGUAGGCUACAAAAAACCUCACUGGCUUGAGUUCCUUGGAAGAAGUGGCAAGGUAUACAAAUAUAAAAUGAAAAUAAUGAAUUUCCGCUAACAAUGACAUAUGACCAUGUGAAGAUGAAUGUGUAUCAUCAUUCUCUCCAGAAUGUGGUUGCCGCCCUAUACCAAUCACACCAGGCACUGAGUUUCCUUGCUAUGUGGUUUGUUAAAGAGAUCAGAUUCUGGACAUGUUGAAAACUCAGAAUUUUGUGCAUUGCAUGUGUGUACCAGAUAGGUGCCCUCAUGUUGUCAGAGGGCUUUUUGACUGUGGCACUCCUUUAAAAAAAGUGUACUGCCCUUAAUCUGAAGAUCGCAGGCAUUUCACAACAUAAAAAUAUAAACUGAGGGCACAAAACAUAUAAUAAAACAAAGGCAAACCAAUAACCCCUCACCCACAACCACGUUUCAGAGUCUAUAGAAUGUUAAUCAGCCAAAGGCCAGGUUGAAGAGAAAACUGGUGCCUAAAGAAAUGCAAUAAAGGCGUCUGGUAAACCUCCCUGGGGAAAGCGUUCCACAAACGGGGAGCCACCACAGAAAAGGCCUGUCCUUGUGCUGCCACCCUCCAGAACUCUCACAGAGGAGGCACACAAAGAAGAGCCUCAGAAGAUGAUUGCAGGGUCCGGGUCAGUUCAUACGGAAAGAGGCGGUCCUUGAGGUAUUGCAAUCCUGAGCCAUUUAAGGCUUUAUAGGUCAAAACCAGCAAUUUGAAUUGGGCACAGAAACUACUUGGAAGCCAGUGCAGUCGAGGCAGGAUGGCAUUAUAUGUUCAACACAUAUUGCCCCCACAAACAGGCUGGCUGUCGAAUUCUGCACCAGCUGAAGUUUCUGAACUGUCUUUAGGGGCAGCCCCAUGUACAGUGGACGCUCGGGUUGUGAACAUGAUCCGUGCGGGAUGCACGUUCACAACCCACAGCGUCCGCAACCCACAGUGGCGCGUCUGUGCAUGCACGGGUUGCGAUUCGGCGCUUCUGCGCAUGCGCAAAGCGCGAUUUAGUGCUUCUGCGCAUGCGCAACCGCCAAAACCUGGCAGUAACCCGUUCCAGUACUUCCGGGUUUCGGCGGUCCACAACCCGAAAAAACACAACCGGAAGCAUCUGUAACCCGAGGUAUGACUGUAAUAACACAUUGCAGUAAUCUAACCUAGAGAUUGCCAGAGCAUAGACGACAGAAGUUAGGCUAUUCCGGUCCAGAUAGGGGUGCAGCUGGGUCAUCAGUCAAAGCUGAAGGAAGGUUCUUUGCACCCCUAAGGCUACCUGAUCCUCAAGCCAACAGCAAAGGAUUCAGGAGUGGCCCCCAAGCUACAUACCUGGUCCUUCAACCCAACAAGAGCAGGCAACCUCCCAGCCAUCUGGUCUAGGGAACUGUCCACUAACAAGUGCCUCAGUCUUAACCUGGAUUGAGAUUCAGUUUGUUGGCUCUCAUCCAAUCCAUUACAGUUAAAUUGAUGGAAUAUGCUGAAAUGGCAAAAUUGACGAUGAAACUGAGAGGAAGAGAUGACAAUGAAUUCAAGUAAGAAUGGAAGAUGUUUAUUGGAUAUAUACAGAAGUAAUGUACAGUGGUACCUCUGGAUGCGAACGGGAGCCGUUCCGGAGCCCCAUUCGCAUCCUGAAGCGAACGGAAGACGUGACUGCGUGUCUGCGUGGGUCACGUUUCGCCGCUUCCGCACAUGCGAGUGACGUCAUUUUGAGUGUCUGCGCAUGCGCGAGCAGCAAAACCCAGAAGUAACGCGCUCCGUUACUUCUGGGUCGCCGCAGAGCGCAACCCGAAAAUAUUUAAGCUGAAGCGUAUUCAUCCCGAGGUAUGACUGUACACGGCUUAAUACAUUAGUAGGGUUUUAAGAUCACUUGUAAUUUUAUCAUGAAUGAAUAGUGGGUGAUUUAAAUAUGAUAUAAAUAUAACAACGGACAUGUAGUAAGUUGAUAAACAGUAGAACCAGGUAAGGGUUUAGAUGGAAGUCAAGGGAUUCUAGGAAUCCCAAAAGUGUAUUUUGUGUUUAUUUUGUUCUAUUUUUUUAAGAAAUAUUUUUGUGAACGUAUGUUUUUGUUUCUUUGUGUUUUUUAUUAUCUUUGGAAAAUCAAUAAAAUGUGUUAAAACAACAACAACCCAUUACAGAGGCAAGACACUGUGUCCAUCACAUCGCCUGAACGCUCUGCUUCUGGAGUUUUCUUGCCCAGCGCAUGUUAUUUCCCCAGAAUUUUAACCUUUGAGUAUGUAAUACACACAAGCACACAAUUUGUGCGCUGUGAUUCUUCACGGCACUGCCUAUUCCUAAUGGAAGAAAAAGAAUCCCACACAGCUCCCCACCCCGCAAUUAGUUGUUCCAGCUGCGUCUUGCAUCUCAGGUGAGGCAUAUGGAUGUGAGCUGGCAAAGUGUCGUGCAGAUUAGCAACAUCAGCAUAUGUACUGCAAAUGGUGUGUGGGUGUGUGUGUGUGUGUGUGUGUGUGUGUGUGUGUGUGUGUGUUUCUGUGUGUGUUUUGGCAGCAAGGUUGAGAGGAAAGGGAGCAGAGGUGGACCCCAGAGGGGACUGAAAGAGAAUCCCUUGGGUGUCCUUUCAAUAAGCUGGCUACUAGCUUUCGCUAGGUAUUUCUGUUGAAGUGCUCAGUAGGUCACCCUCUGUACUGGAAGGAACGCAGAAGCUGCAUGGAUUGUGGCACUGGGCUUGUGCUCAGCCAGUUUUUUCAGGGUCAAGCAGUUGAACUGCAAGCCAACCUUUGAGGUAGAUGCUGUGUGGACUGCAGUCUCAUUUUCAGUUGUUCCUUACUGAUCAAGGAGCAGAUGCAGGGCUGCAGGGGUUUAGCAAGCCUGGCAUUCUUGUUGAAAUCACACUGGUUUGCACGGGACUGUAAUGGAUUUGGACUGUUCCAAAGACCUACUUCCUACAGGGAAGUUUUUACUGGGAAAUGGCGCCUUGUUGGAAAUAAUGGUGUGGAUCUACCUUCUUUAGGUUUGCUGAAAUACAGCCUUAUGAAAAUGGGUCUAUGAAAACGGCUGAAUGAGUAUACAAUUCAUAAACGCAGCAGGAUUUUCCCCUUAAAAGAGAGCCAGCGUGGUGUAGUGGUUAAGAGCGGUGGACUCGUAAUCCGGUGAACUGGGUUCGCAUCCCCGCUCCUCCACAUGCAGCUGCUGGGUGACCUUGGACCAGUCACACUUCUCUGAAGUCUCUCAGCCCCACUCACCUCACAAAGUGUUUGUUGUGGGGGAGGAAGGGAAAAAGGGGAUUGUUAGCCGCUUUGAGGCUCCUUAAGGGGAGUGAAAGGUGGGAUAUCAAGUCCAAACUCCUCUUCUUCAUAUGAAUCAGGUAUAGGGAAGCUCUGGGCCCUCCAGAUUUUGCUGAACUACAACUCCCAUAAUCUCCUGCCUUUGGCUAGGGCUGAUGGGAGUUGUAGUUCAGAACUGUCGGGUGCGCCAAAGGUCUCCCCCACCCAAUAUAAAUAUGACCAGCCUCUAUUGAAAAAUCAAAUAUGUUAGGAGUAAAGUUUAGCUCUAAAAUGAGUGGUUUGUACCCACUAUUAGGAACCCAUUCAAAACUGCUGUUUGUUGUGGCAUGGCUAAUAGCUAGACUGUGCUGCUUUGUCGGGAUUUUACAGACUGGGUGGUGGUGCAUUGCUUCUCCUAGCCUUAUUUGAUAUGCUGCUGCUAAUAGAAAAUUCUAGCUACAGCGAGUUACUCUAGCACUUGAGUUAUAACGCAGCCUUGUUGCUUCCCGCCAACGAAGGUGAUGCACUUCCUGUUCUUGGAAAAUGAAAGCAUACUGGACUCCUGUUUACUGGCCCAAUAAAAAGGUUGCACCUCUGGUGCUCUGUGUUUUAAUUAUUAUUAAUAUACAAAACAUUAAAAACAUAUAUAAAGGUGAAAAGGUGAAGGACCCCUGGAUGGUUAAUUCAACUAUGGGGUGCAGCAGUCAUCUCCACUUUGAGGCCAAAGGAGUUGGCGUAUUUAGGACAAAUACAGCUUGUUACAUCCCAUAUAAUGAAAUAACCCUUAUAUUCCUUUUCUCAUAACUGUGUAUAUUUGUGAGUUGCAGAAAGACACCCACAUCAAAACCCACAAUUGGUGUUUUAUUUGCUAAGCCUGAGCUCAAGCAUGCAUGGAAGAUUCACAGUCAUACAUUAUUUCUAGAGUGUUCAACACGUACCAGGUGCUUUGCAAAUUCUGCCUUUUUAAGGUUCAGCUGUAAGCAGAGAGUUUUCCAUCCCGUUUGACGAUGAUCUGGUAUACAAAAUCAGAAAAGUUUUCUAUUGUCCAACCCUGAUAUAUAUAUAUAUAUAUAUAUUUUAUUUAUUUCUGCAGGUGUUUUUCAAGAUCUGAUCACCUUGCCCUCCAUAUGAAGAGGCACAUCUAAAUAAUAGAUCUCUCAGCAUGGUCCAGAUGCAGACAGACCUGAGCAUCCUGGGGGGAGGGGAGCUGCCUGUCUCUUGCUGCCUUUCGGAGGAAGAGAACUUGAUCACCUGUACGCAAACCAUGCACUAAAUGCCGUCAUGCACCCAGCUAUACUUAAUUACAUAUGUGUCUUCUCUACACCUUGCCCAACUGGAAGGCAGAUGACACCUGAGGAGGAGGAGGAAAGGGGUGCGAGAAGAUGUCAGCAAGACACGGAUGGUGCUUACAGCACUUCAGGACCGUAGGAUUUUUGUUCCCCGUUUAUUGCCAAUGGAAAUGAAAGCAAACGGGAGAGGAUUCCCUGCCGCAGUAAGAGAAGGAAAUGUAACUUGCUUCUCGAUGCAACUUGGAUGAUAGGGGAUGGGGAACAUGACUUUUGGAGUUGCAUAUUUGUAGCACUAACUUUUCUUUUUAAAUGGAUUUUGGAGGGGAAACUAAUGACCUAGAAAAACCAAAUCCCAGUUUGGUAGCCAAAACGUUAAUGUCUUGGUUCCUUUCUGUUUUUGUUUUCGAGACUCCCUUAUGUACAACGAUGCAUCAAGGCUCCUCACAGACACUUUGACCUGCUCUGAUUAUGGUUCUUCUUUAUAGAACUGAGCUGUCAAGAUCCCUUCAAGUCAAUACCAAUGGCCUUAAUUGGCAGUAGACUGUGCAGUGACACCUGGGACACGCCUACUUUUUCCGCUUGAGAUGGUAUAGACUUCAUCAAGGAUAUUUUCUUUGGUUUUGGCUUUGCUUUUCGUUCCUUAAAUUUUGAUAUUUUGUUAUUGCACAUCAUGUGCACUAGGGGACUGUGAAAACUACUGAUGUUACUUCACAGUGGUUGGCCAGCAAUGUCCCUGAGCAGCACCACAGUAUAUCUUUGGAGCCUUCACCACAUUGCCAUAGUUCGGACUUUCUAUUUAAUUGCCUAAUGAAAACUUGAACAACAGCUUCUCUGGAAGCUUUGAACCUUUUUCUCCAUGUUCAUCAGAACUCAUUUACUCACCUGGAUAUCUGUCUUGGAUUCUGUCACUCAGGCAUGACUUCAGAUUUUCCUUCUGCACCGUGGGGAGCACGCUUGCUGCAACCCACGACGAUUGGUUAGCAGCUCAGGCCGCUUUUGACCCUUUGACCCGGUCAAAAGCCUGGUUACUGAUUUGUGUGUCUGGCACCUGCAAAAAGAUAUAUUUUGGGUUGAGCAGAUUUGUAGAAAUACGAUGAUCAUCAUGAAUGGAAAAGUGAGAACCUCUUCUGGUUAAAAUAACCCCACGCAGCAUUUUUGCUCUGAAGAUGAAACCUACUUAAUGUUCUCCUUUCCCAUUUAUCAAGGUGAUGUGACUUCCCCACUCUUCUGCCAUGAUAAGGUUAAAUGAAAGGGAUUGGCUUUUUGGUGAGCACUGACUUCCUACCAAGUGACAAGUUUAAGCAAAAAUAACAAAUAGAAAACACAUGGGUCCACACUGACCAAUGGUUGAACCAUUUAGUGAUCAAUGGAGGUAUCAGGCUCACCUUUUGAAUCUUGUAGAUAAUUUGAUGGUUGUGACUCAAAGUGGAUUUAAUUUCCCUGUACUUUACACACACACAUACACACCCUAUUCUAUAUAUACAUGAUGUCUACUUCUAGUUAGUUGGAGCUGGCACUGAUUCCAAAGACUGCCUUUUCAAACUAUCUCUCAUGCAGGUGGAGAGUUAGUCAUUGGGAAUGGUUGUGUAUAGUUAAUAAUGCAGGACUACCCGUGCAAGAUGUGCCGAGAAAUGAAAUGGGCAUGUUGAUUCUUCCUUGGUUGCUGCUCUUCCACUCUCUAAACUAGCUCACUGCCCACCCUUUUGACUGUUUUUUUGACUUGCCGACUGUUCAGUAAUUUCCUAAUUUGUGUUUAGGAUGCAAAAACUUUAAAAGUUCUUUUUUUAUAUACAGAAUAUCUAAAAUUGUAUAAUGUAAGUACAGACACAGGGAUUCUUAGCACUUGGCCUUCUUGGCUUUCUUUCCAUCUUUGAUUUCGUCAAACUUAACUGAGUUUUCAAAUAAUACUCUCUUUGCAUCCGAGUUCUUUCAGACGCUGUGGCUGUCAGUGCAGAUACAAGGCCCAGCCCUUUAACAGUGGGAUGUGAAAAGGACCAAAAUCUAACCAUCUGUGUGAGGGCAAAGAACGAGAGCAUUUAAGGAUGAGGGAGGAGAGAUCUAAGUUUUAUUCCAAAGAUUUAUGGUUAGCUAUGAUUUAGAAAAUAUUGGAGCACUGCUUGCUGACAAUCUUGUAGUUCUCUGUAUCUGUGUUCACAUAUUUUCUAUUCCACCCAGGGGUUGAGUGGGCAUUUGAGAGCUUUGUAGCUCGUUAUUUGAAUAUUGUAUGGCAGUUUUAGACUAUCAGCUGAGGUGGAUGUCGGAACAUCCAGACAGUGUGUUAGCUGAAAAAUCUAUACUGUCCAAGAAAUUAUUCUUGUAGCAUCCUACAUAAUCUGCACACAUAUCUGUCAUCACAGUAAUCAUUGGGUACCAAUAUCCAUGAAUGUCGUCAUCUGAAAUGUUGUUAAAUCCUAUUGCCUCUAGAAUUCUUAGAGAUCAUCUAUAAGACUUGGUGACAAAUUUAAUAUAAGCCUGUAUUUUAAAUAAUUCAAUGUGGGUGGGAGGGGGGGAAUAUGGGUAUGGAAAAGAACAAUGUUGAUUUACUUCCCCAGUGUCAUUUGUGGUCUCGCUUAACAUCUCUGCUUCAGAAUGUGAAAUCUUCAGUGCCCGCCCUUUUGCAGCAGAUCAGAAGCCUAAACUGGUCCCCUCUCUAAUGGCUUCACGAAGUUAGUGGUCUGAAAAAGCACACACAUUGGAAAGUAUGACCUCCUUGAAAUAAAUAAGAUGUGCUUCUGAGUAAAUAUGUAAAGCCAGCCCAAGUGUUGAGCAAGGAAGAAAGAGACUUUAAUGGCGGGGAUUGCAAGAUAGGGGAGAGGAAUACUAGUUUCCAGCCAUGCAACUGUUAAGUGGCAGACUGCACCCAACAUGGACCCAUGGCAUCAGUGGCUCAAACACUACUGCUGGCCAGUCAGAAUCUGAGCCCCGUGCUGUCACCAUCACUUUACGGCCGCCGCCGCCACCGCCACCACCACGGAGGCUACCUGGUUGCUCCCUCCCCUUGGUCAUCACUUAGGUGCUGCAACCUCUGGCUUUUUCACCUGUGAACCAUGCCUGAUGGAUGUGCCAUCACAACAGUUCGCCAUGCUUUUGAGGGGUUUCCUUUUUCCAUAUUACAAAUCCUGAAGAAAUUGAAAUGGAGCGUUUGUAAAUAGUUCGAGAACUUGAUUUCGGCACUUGCCCCAUUUCACCUCCGCUUUGCUGUCCUGUAGAGGUUGGGAUUUAUUUUUUUCUUUAAGGAAGAGGGCUUUCUUGCUUCAUUGGCAAUGGUGGACGUCUUUGGUCCUGGGGCUGCUCUUUGUGCAGUGCUCUCAGUACGAGAGGGAGCUGGGCAUCACCUGGUCUCCUAAUCCAGCACAAGUAGGCAUGGGAGGCAAAAACGCAGGAAGGGCCCGGGUGGGGCGAGGACUCGUGGCAUUCCAGUUGGCCAUCAAUAUUUGAGAGCACUGCCUGAAUCACACUGGUAGAGAGGGGCACACAGUUAAGGAGCAGCAAGGCAGGAGAAGGGGCAAAUGUUCUCGUUGCUUCUGCCUCUCAAUUCUCAGUGCGCCAGUAUGCAAGACCGCUGGUCUCUGGUGGAUCCCAUGUUAAAAUUUGACUUGAAAGACAACUCUCUAUUUUCCCUCCCAACCUAUAGUGGGCACAGUGAGGUUCCUUGUAUGGUAUUUUUUCUGAAUGGUGAUAAAGUGGCCCUAAGCUUAUUAUCUCCUCUUGUUGUAUUUAUGUUUUUUUUAUACAGUAUAUAUAAUGCCUUCAUUUGAAGUGGCAAGAUUUGGCCUGAAACACCUUUUGCCAUUUAGAAUCUGGCAUUCUCUCUCUUUAUUUUCUUUUUUCGGGGAGAAGAGCAAUUUCAUCCCUCCCCUCCCCCCCCAAAAAAAAAUAGGGUGGAAGGAGGAACAUAUCAAGAAUGUAUUUAUUACCUGUUCUGAUUGCAAAUGCGGGCGGUAGUGUUGUGUUUUCUUUCUUUGAAAUGCUUAUACGUGACAUUUUUGGAUUCAGAAAUGUAAGAUUGGCCUACUCAUUUUGUUUUUUCAUUAAAAUACAUUGACCGCCAGAUCGCCCAAGCUGGUGAAACCCCAAGUGAAUUAAGGAUCAGCAUACUAUCCAUUUUGCAUUUGCAGGCCCCGAUCUCUGAAAUUCCCCAAAGCUUCCCCACAAGCCAGCUGUCCUGCCAUAGAGAUGACAGGCAAUUGUGGGUGGGGGGUGUCCCAUGCAUUGAUUUAGCGCAGAGGGAGCUUCAUGAAUGUAGCAAUGGGUGUCCAUCCUGCUGCUGCAUAGCUUUGAUUUCGAAUUGGGGCCAAAAUGGUGCAUUUAACUACCUUUGCUACACACAGGUGCCCCCAACAGCUUUCCUUCCAUGCAACAGAAGUGAGUCACAAUAUUGGAUUUGACUUGCCUGUUCUUUACGAUCUGUUGCCUCCUAAGCUAGAGCAACAUGGCUUUUGAGAAUUCAGCAGCCUGAUAGGAUCAGUUGAUCUCCCGGAACAAUUUCCUGGCCUGGGAUAUUUUUAUUUUAAGAAUAAUGUUAGAAGGCACCAAGCCAGAAACCAGAAGGUGUGUGUGUGUGUGUUUCCCCAGCAUUCCUCUCCUAAGCAAAGGCUUUUGCACAUCACCUCUAGCAAUCAUAUAAACCCACCGGAGUCCCUGUUUUGUUAUAAAGGGGUGUGCGUCUGUGCGUUUGUAUAUACUUAUAUCUAUAUAUAAUUUCCUUUUUGCGUGUGUGUUCCAACUUGGUCAUUCAUUUGAAAAGAAGAAGAGAAGCAAUGCCCAUAUAACAACCAACAACACUUGAAGGACUUUCAUUUUGCACUACAGUACAGCUUCCCUUGCGCCAGAUGCGUUUGCCAAGUGCAUUUGGAGGAAACCUUCCGUCUCGUUCUCUCAGGCCUUCUCUGGUAUUUCUAGUAUAUCGCGGAAGUACCCAAUCCUGUAGCCCUCGGUUCUGCCUUUUUUCGGUUGACAUUUUAUUUUUUUUAAGCUUUUUUAUAUAUAAAUAUAUAUAUAUGAAUAUAUUACUUUGUCAAUUUUUUUGGCUGUACAAAAGUCUUAAGAUUUAAAAAAAAAAAUAUUAUUUGUAUUAUAUGAUGGUGGUAU